UCGUCGUCGUAGUAGUAGUAGUAAUAGUAGUAGUAGUCGUACUUUUCCAUGUGGUAGUCGUCGGCGAUUGGCCAUUUGGUUGGCCCGCGCGUCGUGUGUUUCCAACCGUCGUCUCUUGUCGUCUUCGUCGUCGCCGUCAUCCUGUCCGCGUGCCGCUCCAUUCAUCUCCGUGGGACAAUUUCAAUUCGCACGCGGAACACGUGAGUACACCGUUUUCUUAUCGCCCGCCUAUUUUCUCCCAUUCGGUCGACGAAUUUUUCGUAAAUUUUUUACCACACACGCGUAGAGUAUUGAAUUUUCGUCGAUAACGCCGAAGCGAUUUCGUACGCCUAUCGGUCGCGUGCGAGUUUUAAUUUUCCGUGGAUUUCGCCGCUGUCACGUCACGGCACGGCACGCCACGUCUAUACCACACCAUAAUGUAGUCUUCGCGCAACACCGCCGCGAACAUUGCGUUUUUUCGUUUUUAUAAAACCGACCACGUGCGCUAGACGCCGUGUUAUCCGGUCCGGAAUCCCCGCCCCUACCAAUUGACGUUGAACUCUGUGCGGGUUUUCCCCGCGGCAAUUUCUAAAUCGCGGUCGGUUCGAAACGUUCGGCGCCGCCGUUGUUUCCGUUCGGAAUCGACCGCGGCCGAAACCGGUUCGUCGGUUCGGCGGUUCCCCCCGUCGUCGCCGUGACCGUCGUGCGGGUCCGGACGGAACGUCGGGCACGAAAACGCUGUCCGGAGUUCUUACGCCGAGGACCAAAACGCGCGCGUAAGACCAGAUACCUACCGGUUACUAUUACGUGCGAUGGCAGCGUAUUGAAAUAUCCGUUCCCGGCGCGUAUUCGAUAAGAAAAGACGACUAGCUUUCAUAACGGACCGGGAUUAUGUUAUCGUGGGGUUCGUGAUUAUUCGCCGCAGCGUCGGUUCAUUUUACAGUUACCCGCCGUUAUAUUACAGAGCGCGCCGCGAGGCAUUUGCUGUCGGUUAAGAGCAAAAGACACUCCAGGGUGGGGGACGGUGUUGUCUCGUCACCGCGCCCCGCCGGCGUUACGUUAUUAUCGUCGACCGUGGUUUGGGCCCGGUCCUCGGGGUGAAUGUUCCGUCCGGACGCGACGCACAAGACGGCACGGAAUCGCGAGCCCGUGUACGCGAGGACGUUUGUUACGCCGCGAUAUAGCGUCACGACGCGUCAUCGUGUUCAACGCCCUCAAAAGACCGCGUCGGCUGCACGCCUCACGCACACGCGAAUCGCCGUAAUUUUUUCGGACACGGUUAAAUAACCUUCGUUUACCGCCUCCGGUUUUUUCCGCGACCGCCGGGAAAACGGGGAAACAUUCGUAACCGCCGCCGCGUUGCGACGUUUGUUCCGCGGGGUAGGGGAGGGGGAAACCGAACGGACGUCGUAUUCCGCACCACGGGUGGGCCGCUCUCGGGCGCGCGAGAAGUCGGGCAGGCAGAGCGGUAAUUCAGGGUUCGGCUAAGGCCGGCGAUAAUCGUCGCACGAUUCGAACACAAUACGUUGUUCCGUGCAUUUUCCCGUUUGUAUUUGUACGAAAAAUAAAUGCACCGUCGCCCCGUGCGUUUGUUCGUUCCACAGGUGCGAAUAGCUGACGGGAGAGUGAUGGGGGGCCUAGGGCCGACGAAGAAAACAAAAGAUUUACCGAUCGCUAACGCGUUUCGCGCGGUAUUUGAAUUGGCGAAUAGGUUUUUUUUUUUGUUUUUUCCCCCGUCGCGGUUUCCCCGGUUUUCCGUCGGAUAUUCCGGCGGGCGCACACGUGUAGCGCAAAAAAAUGAACGAAAAUGAAACCGAAUAAAUAAUACGCUAAUCAAACGCGCCUGCGCGUCGCAGUCGGCCCUACGCGACGUUGAUGGAUCGCGACGCGCGCGUAAAUGUCGCGGUCGGACACAUUUGUUCUCGAAACAUUAUAAUUAUUAUCGUCGUCGAAGCGUUAGAGAAAAAAAAAAAACACGCGCAGCGCGCAAUUUUUUAUUUUUUUUUUACAACUCGCACGCGUGACGCGUACCACGCCGCCGCGCGUGGAAUUCAAUUAAACGGCUGCGGCGCGUUGUGUUCGAUACACGCGGAAAUCGUCGACUCGAGAACGUGUUCUCCCUGCAGUAGUAGCGUCGUCCACCGUCGUGUGUUGAUGUUGUUGUUGGUGUUUUUUUUUUCAAAGUUUUUUCGUCAUCGUUAUUAUUCUCAGUCGCGGAUAACAAUGAUAACAACGCGAGGGCGCCGUCUACCGGUUCGCCGACAGCCCAUUUCGCUCGCCGACAUCCCGUUUCCUUUUUCCAAUACCCGCCUGCGACGCACGUCGCAUGAAGUACGCCCGCACCCGUGCCCCCGUCCCGCCACACCGGCUCAUGUUUGAAAACAACCUGCUGUCGCUGUCGUUUUCACAGGGGUCACACUAGUUUUCGCUCCGCGUUUGUACACGCAACAAUAUCGGCGGUUACAUCGGUCGGCCUUUUUCUUUAGUCCGGCAGAUCGAAUUUCGAAAAGCGCGUUGUUCCCCCCUCCCGGGGGGGGGACGAGAAAAGACUAACGCGGACGUACUGGCGACGAUAAAAAUCCAACGCGCUUUUCGUUAUUUCCCCUUUCCCCUUCCCCGUCUUCAUAGAAAUAUAAUACAGGUGCACGGCGAAGGUGUUAUAAUUUAUACGCCCGAAAUGGACUGUUCGAGCGCGUGUGAUAAACGCGCGCGGUCCGAUUCAUCAACCCAUUUGGAUAUUUGAUGCGCGUGCGUCCCGGGCACCGACGGUAUUACAACGCGCGCCGCAACAACUUGCGAUAUCCUCGAGAGCGCAAAGUCCCGUUCGAAAACGGACGCGUAACCCGCGGCAACGCGGCGUAACAACACGCAAUCUUACGUACGCGUACGGUGGGGGGGGCAGUGGAGGGGAAACGAAAACAAAACCGGACUUGUCAAAUCGGUGUUUUAUCGUUUCGGGUAUAUUGUUUGUCCGGCCAUCGAAUACACGUGGGGGCGGUGUAGUGAAGCGACCGACUCUGGGUCCUCGGUAAAGAGCGGCUAGAGCACGCGAAAGCCCCUCCUGAGAGUUCUUCCGUAAAUAAUAUCGAGAAACUUGAGAGACCGUCGUCUCUCGUUCUUUCGAUUCCGAGAAUGAAUGGCACAACGUAUAAAACAUAUAAAUAACUAUUGUUUACCAGCGUCCAUAUUGUUGAAACGGAUCCGCCGCCGACCCGGGAUUGAACACCCGCCCGGACGGUGUAUGUUCCGACCGAUUCCGGAUUAACAUCGGGUUUGACAGCUUCCGGAACACCGCGAUUUUCCCGGCGGUUAUGCGCCGAAAUUUUCUUAAAUACACGAUUUCCCGGAAAAUUACCGGAGAUCAGGUACCGAUGAUUGCCGAACGUUAUCGUCGUUGGACGUCGUUCGCUCAUUACCGACAUAUUUUCGUAAAAAAAUUUCCACCGUAUACCUAGGUACUUACUGAUAUUAUACAAAUAGGUAUGCGACGUCUAAUGCGUUUUGUGCGCCCGUUAUCGGCUGUAUAAAUGUUAAGUCUUCAAUGAAAUCGGUCGUUAAGACCGAAAUCGGCCGCGGUUCGGCGGGGGGGGCGGGGCGAAAGAAGGGGCUGGACAGCGAUAAGUUUCAGCCGUAAAAAAACCAUUCGGAAGCGAUUACAGAGCCGGAGCACCGUAAUAAUAAUAACAAUGAUAACGAAAGAAAUACCAUUGCGAUGUACGAAUGAUACGUUAUUUAUUUGUCUGCCGACCGGCCCGUUUCUGACCUUGAAUACGUAUGCGCUCGCGAUAGCUCUUUGAAUGUCGAACGUUUUCAUUGUAUUGACGGAGAUUGAGCGUUUGAAAAACGCACAUUUUAGGAAAAAAAAAAAAAUGUUAAAUUCUAACCAAGAAAUACGCGUAAACGGUAAACCACCCGGACUUCGCGGGGUUUUCUCUCCUACAAUGCUUCCGAACGGAGUUCGUCGGCUUUUUUUUUUUUCUGUUUACGUUCUUAAUGUAAAAAAAAAACGUUCGGCCCGUUCCGAUCGAACGUACGGUAAAUUUUUUUUUUUUAUAACACUACCUAGACGGUAAAACAAUGUGCCGGAGCCUACAGGUACACCGCAUCGACACGCCGCGGUCGUAUGGCGACUCGGGUGCGACGGGCGUCUCCCAAACGUCCGCCGAGGUCGGUCCCGGAAAACCUCCCGGGAAAACUCCCGUGUUCGUAUACGUAUACGCGCGCUAAUUCGUAUCGGUCAUUGUCAAGACCACGCACGGACGCGAUGAUGACGGUCGUUUUCGGUGAUAUCGCACCGGGAAAAAUCCGUUAUACGGCCGCGUUAAACCACUUUUGUCGGAGACGUUUAUUUGUUGUUAUUAUUUCGUUGUUCCCCCCCCAUACAAUGUAAAUUUUUAUUGUAAAAUAAUUAUGAAACGAUUGUAUCGGCGACGUGAUUCAACGAUGAAAACACGGCGCAUUUGUCGCUACGCGAUAUGUAAUGUUGUUACGUCCGUGGAAAUACAUACGCGCGUAAUCGAGGUUUUGAACAUUUCGGUUAAUGUCUCGACCGGUCCGUUGUUUCUAUACUGCAUUGCCAUUGACGUCCCCGAAAAUGCCCAUUUCAUCGCUGCUAGCUAAUCAGUAUAGAUAUGGGGCCGAUAUCACUUUUUACCGAUGUUCUCCCAACCAUGCUACCCGGUGUUUGAAAUCGAAUUUCAUUAUCCCAAUAUUCCCAAUAUGUCCCCGCGUUGUCGUCUGUUCGUUCUAAAUCAGUAUAUUAAACGAUCUAAGUAGCGUACUAAUACCCGUUUACUCCUCCCCCUUUUUUUUUUAUUAUUAUCAAAAAUAUUUAUUUGAAAGAAAAAUGCACGCAUGACCAUUCAAAAUAUGUACAGCAAAUUAAAUUAAUUACGACGAAGAACAAAAAACAACACGAGAAAAUUGAGACGUAAGAGUGCACUCGGCGGAGCUGCCUACCGUGCAUAUUAGAGGGGUAUUUUUUUUUUUUUUUGGUUAUCUUCUCCUUUUUUUUUCUAACCUCCUCGGACGAUUGCUAGAGAUAUAUGAUCCGAGAAGAGCUGAAUGAUAUUAGGAUUGAAGUGGGAGCUAAAUUUACUAUGGAGUUUUUGGGAAGCGGCUUUAGCAUGAUCUGGUUAAUUUGAGAUCAAAGUGUAUAGGGUGUCCUUAGUAUAAUAUACCGGGGAGAGUUUGUAAGUGUGUGCGGGUGGACAAAUGGAUUGGAAGGAUAAGAUUUUUCGCUUGCUGGUUGGAGUGGCAGUACAUCAAAUCUAGAUACCGUAAUACCAUAAUGGGAAGAGUAUAUAGAAGAAUAUAUAAUAAAAUUUUGGAUUUAAUAUUGAGUUUGGCGCGUAGAAUUGUUUACUUCUACUCCGUAUACCCUUAAAUAUUUUCAAAUAAGAACCCCCCGCAUUUUGAAUUCAGAUUCGAAUAGAGCGCAUUUUUCGAGAAAUGUUCGCAUGCGCCGACAUUAAUAUCGGAUUCACCGUUUAUGAGUUAUAACCGUUUAAAGUUUAGACCCGGGAGAGUUGUGGAAAAGUUGUGUGCAAUUUACUAGUCUCAUCCACUACGCCUCCUCCGGUCUAAACUUUAAUCUAACAUGUAUUAGCGUUUACGCGUGUCAAAAUUUCUAGAAAACAAUGUUCAAAUCCAAGUUCGAAAAAUUAAAUACGAUUUUAGAAACAAAACUCGGGACGAUUUCAUGACGGGGUAAAACAUAAAUCGAAUUCACCGAAAAUCCUCCGAGAGAGCCGCCGGUUCGCGAUAAAAAUAUUUACCAGUUCAACAUUCUUUUUUAUAACAUCUUCCCAGCGCAUUCUCGGUCUUUCCAAAGGUAUUUUAUCUACAGGAUUUUGUUCUAUCAUUGCGUUUAGUAGUGGAUUUUGGUUACUCCAAGCAUGCAAGCAAGCCCACCGUAGUCUACUUCUUCUGAUAAUCUUCAAUAUAUCCAAACUAUCAUAUAAUGUUACCAGCUCUAUAUUCUUUCUUCGUCUUCACUCCCCAAUUGUUUCGUCCUUGACUGGGCUAUAUAUUCUCCGCAGCACCUUUCUCUCAAAGACGAAUCUGCGUUCGUCCAUUUUCCUAAGUGGCCAUGUUUCUGAUCCAUACAAUAUAUCAGAGACGUAUAUAAUUGUUCUUUCAUUCUUCGCGAUAUUGCUCGUUGAAUUAGUACCUUAGUAAGUCAAUAGUAACAUUUAUUCCCAGCUUGAAUUCUCGCUGCUACCUCGUUAGCUACAUUAUUGUUUUCAGUCAAAAUAGAACCGAGGUAUUUGAACUGGUUUACCCUUUUAAAUGCAUAGUGAUCUAUUUUUAUGGAUUGACAAAACGGUAGCCCCCGUCUACUCAAAACAUAUACUCCGUUUUCCCCCGUUUUCGUAUAGCCCUACUUUAUACAGCCUACUGAAUAAUAUCUUCAAUGUAUCUUGAGACUUUUCCAUCAAUACUAUAUCGUCAGCAUAACCAUAAACCUAUCGACAUGUCUUGUAGUCUAAUAUCCUCUUGAGGUUCUAUUUUCAUUUCUCUAAUUACCAUUUCCAAAACCACGUUGAACAGAAUCGGCGACAACGAAUCGCCUUGUCUUAGCCCCGAGUUCACUGUAACCGGGUCAGUUAUUGAAUUUCCCACUUGGACCCUUACCAAGGUCUCCAUAAGACUGAUUGAUAUUAGAUUGACCGGUUUUUGUGGAAAAUUAAAUUAUUUCAUAAUAUUCAGUAGGCUCUCUCUAUGAACGUUGUCAUACGCUUUUUUGAAGUCCACAAAAAGCGUAUGCAUUUCUUUAUCAAACUCCCGUGUUUUUUUUUUUUGAUACAAUUGCCUAAUUGCGUGCGUUAAACAUGCGAACGUAUACGCCUACGCGAACAGGUACGGCAUUUCGAUUGUCAAUUCGCGCGUGCGAAUUCCGUUCUUAUUCAUUUUUGGCGGUCGGUUCACGUCGGACCGGAGUUUAUCGAAACACAUCGGUAAUAUUGAUAUUUCUCCGGGGGUCAUUUUUACGGUUUUUUUUUUUUAUAAAUAUAAUCGAAACGCCGAGACUGUAUCGACCUUUCCGUCGACCGCGUCGUGUUAUUAUUUCGCGGAAAACCCGUUUCUCCCCCUCCCCUCCCCCGGCACUUAAUUAUCAAUUUCACAUUUCGGCGGUUUUCGACGUUGUUGCUACGGUCGGGGUUUUCGUUUGCUGCUUUCGUCUCGCCGGCCGUUGAAUUUUUUAUUAUCGCCGCGUGUUUCGUGCGACAACGCGGCGAUGAUAAAAAAUUUUCCCGCCGUCCGUCUCUCGCCCCGGGAUACUUUUCCGACGGGCAGAAUGGCGGACUUUUACCGCGACAAAAUUACGAAAAUAUUACGGCGUUGUCGCUAUCGAAAUUUCGUUUUGCGGGCGACUGUUUUUCUCCUUAACACGCGUUUUUCGAGUACAUUUUUUUUUCUCCAACGAUAAACGCGACGGUAUAAAAAAUACCGUCGACGUUUUUUUUUUGUUUUUCUUUCUCUCUCUGAUUUCCCUUUCCGCGCACGCCGUGCGCGUGACCUCGAGACGCGCACGCCGUCGCUCCUUCUCGCGCGCAUCCCUACCGAAGUGCAACCGCGCGCGCUCCGAAAUAAGGUACGCGCGGCCGGUCUUUGUUCGCGCACGUCUCGUCCGCGCGAGAAUAUUAUUGCGCGCACGUCGUAUUUUUCUUCGCACCAUCGUCCGCGUUUCAAUAACCGACGGCCCGGUACAAAUACGCGUAAAAUUAAUUUUAUUUCGUCUCCGAUUGUUGUCCGUCCGUGUCCUCGGAGAAAAACGGCGAGAGGGGCGGGCGCGCGCAAAUCGCGCAAUGCCGUACGGCGCUGUAGUCGCGUACUCGGGACGUUCGUUUCCGAUACGACAGUUUGGUUGUUUUUUUUUUCGCGAGCUGUUCCCUCUCGAUUAUGAAGCGUUUCCGAACGGACACGACACGCCGGAGGAACGUCCGGGUUUUUGCAUUUCCUCCGUGUGCCGCGGGGCGAAACGUUUUACGAAUAGUUUUAUAUUAAUACUUUUUUUUGUUUUUUUUUAUCGUGCGCGUUAUUUGACCGCGAGAUAAUAUUACACGUGACCGGGUGAGGGGGAGAGUCGUGGAUGAGGGGUGGGGAAUGUUACCAUUCGCCUCUCCGCUCGAAAUAAUGCGUCCCGUAGCAGCGCUAUCGGCAGUACGCGAUACCCGUUUUGUCGCGCGGAUAACAUAACCGUUUCGGUAAUUAUUCAGGCUAAUCGUUAUUGUACUUACCUAUGUAUUUGUACAUACUUAUUUUUUCGCAAUAAUGUUUUCGAGUCGCUGCGUGUUUCAUCGUCAUCGCGCGUCGAAACGCAGGGUUUCAAAUCCUAAAACAGUUUACAACACGCCAGUUUUUAGAUUCCGAGUGUAGCAGAUCAGCGACGACAACCGAUAUAACACCAACGGAUAUGCGUACGUUGUCGUUGUUUUUUUUCUGUGUGCUUCUUCGGUGUUUUUCACGUGGUACCCCGACGGACGGUGUUUUUUUCUUCGCUGUUCUCGGUGCUUUUUCCCUCAAAACUUAAAACGAUUUCCAGAUUUCCCAGACGCCUUUUUGUAGUUUUAUUUUCGUUGAUUUCUGUAAGUUCCGAUCGGGGGAUUGAUGUAGUACACUAAUCCGUUCAGAAUGGCUUUUUGAUUGCAAUAAUUUAACGUUGUGCUCGGUAUACUUGCCCAAUAUAUCAUAUAUAACAUAUCUAACUAUUAAACUUACCGUCUAUAUAGUGGCCAAGCUGUCUGGCCGUAUGGUGCGAAGAACGUGAUGCGGAUUUUUAAAUUUUGAGCGCAACUGUACGUAUUUUUCUGUCCGUUGUUUACGAUUUUCUUUACUAAAAAUAUGUCAAGUGUAGCUGCUUUUCCGAAAGCUAAUUGUGUCUAGCUGGUGUGUUGGCGAUGUGAUUUUUUGAUUUUCCUCGCGUUUUUCUUAAUAAACGGGAAAAAAACGGCGAAUAUGCGGUAUGACGUUUUCGUUGUUUUCAAUUUUUUUUCGCUUCGCCAGAAAGCGUGUUCCGAAUUUGUUUUCGUUGGUAUUUUGGCGGGCGUAAACCUAAUAACGAUCUCUAUGCGUAUACGCGAGUUUGUGUACACGUGAGCUGGAUAAUUUAUACUCGUUCAGAUACGACUUUACCGAAAAAUCUAUUUUGGACAACAUCCAAUGAGAAUACUAUAAUAAUCUAUUCUGUUCUCGCGCGUAGAACAUAAUAGUGGUUAAUGGUUUUAUUUCGAUGACCAAACAACUGAGAACCGUCGUUCAAGUUCAGGUCGCACAGCUGCCGCAUACGCAAUGAGCGCGAAAUAAUAUUUAUUGUAUAGGAAUUUUUUUUUUUAUUUUGUCGUAAAGAUAUCUUUGUGCAGGUGCACUGUCGUCGUUGCACGAAAUCGAUAUUGAACCUCUCUCUCUCUCUCUUUCUCUCUCUUUGUGUAUAUAUAUAUAUUAUAUGCCUAUACAUAUAAUCAUGAUGAAACGACCGAGGGACGUUUGUUUUCCGGCAAAACGGCCGCGAAAAAAAUAUUAUCAUAGAUAAAUCGCAACAGUAAUUACUUUAUUUUAUAUAUUUACUAUCAUUUUCAUGCUGCAUAUGGGAUAGCGAUUUUCGUGUUAAACUUAAAUAUCGUGUCAUCAUCGCCAUCGGCUUCUAAAGACCUAGUCAUUGCAGCCGACCCCUACUGUCAUUCACUGCUCUCUCUAGGUCUGCGAGAGAUUAUACAUUUCUUUAUCGUGUAUUUAAAAAAGCGACUGGCUAUCGGAUGCUUCUUCUUCCCGUAACCUUACGUCUAGAGAUGAUCUCUCCAGAAACGUAUAGUGUCGGACCAUGUGACCCACCACUUUGGCUUCCUCUCCGUGAUGUAUACUAAACGACGUGUUUGAUGUGUAUGUGUUUUAACGAUUUCGCAUUUUGUUUACUUGCUCUAAAACACUUUCGUUAGUAAUUCUCCUAUACUGUCCAACUUAUAGCUAUCAUUCCCAUCUACAUUUCCACGGAUCACGGUCUCCACUCCAUUUAUUUAUUUAUUUAAACAUAAACCGUAUUUAUAACUCUAUAUAUGAGAAAAUAAAAACAAAUAUAAUAUAGUAGACGAUAUCGGGCUUUUUUCAGCGAGUUAAUUUUCGGUUAACAGUUGGCUGCAUUGUUUGCUACUUCUUGGUUUACUAUACAGUGUUUAUUACUGCAACUAAUAUAACCAGGAAAUCGAAGACUGCGCGUCAUAGAUCGGCGAGACGCUUCAAAAAUCCGUAGACAUUCGAUACGUCGAUUUCAACAUCGCAAUACAAGAUACUCGACACUUUCCAAAAUUGUGUCGCGAUACGAGUUAAAAAUGUCGUGUCUAAAAUCGAUAUAUUAAGGUAAAGAUAAAAGGUACUUGUGUCGAAGACACCGCUCGACUUUACUGCCCGUCUUCGACUCGAUCACUCUGGGCCGCUCUUUCGGUCCUUUUUCUUGUCCUGUUUCCAUCUCAUCCGUCACACGCGGACUCUCCUCCGUCAUUCAGCUUUUUAAAACUCCAUAAUAUAUAUCUGGCUCAUUAAAAAAAUGGCCCCUAUACAAGUUGUUGGGAUUCCUUUUAUUUUUUAUUUCUCAAAAAAUUAUUUCCACAAAUAAUGUACGCGUACGCGGUACACGAUUUCACGUAAAUAUAUUAUGUCUAUAUAUAUACACAGAUACCUGACUUCAGACACGUAUCAAACUCAAAUGAACAACAAUUGUUUGUCCUACAUAUAUUGUGAGUACCUACUUACAAAAACAAUUUCGUUGAGUGUGUCGUUUGACUCUUUUUAUCGUAUCCCACGGAUAAAACAUUUGUGUAAUUUUUUUGCCGUGCUCUUUCUAUGGACGCAUAUAUAAUACGGUGGCACGGUAAAACUGCUGUAGUUACUUUACCUUUUUCCAUUCUUAUUAUUAUUACCGUUGCACAAAAAAAGGGGCUUGUUUUAAGAUUUUUGCGUGCAUAAAACGGUCUGAAUACGAAAAAAAAAACGAAAUAAUAAUAAAAAAAACCGUCUAAAUUAUUCGCCGGUUGAUAGUCUCGGUUAUAUUAUCAUCAAUAUAUUAUAUCAUCGUAAAAUAUGUUAUGAUAUCAAUUGUUCGUGAUGUGAAUAUACGUACGUACAGCUGGGUGAUCUCAAUAUCACGACCCGGCGAUUUUUCGGUGGAUUCCGAGUCCGAAUUCGAUAUCCGGUCUUUACCCCGUAAUCGUUUAUAUUUUGUACGAUUUUCAAUUCGCACAUCUACCGCUUAUUGUAUCGAUGGCAACGGGUUUGCGUGGGUUUUGUAAUUUAUAAACUCGAUAAUCAUCCUGAAUCAACCUAACCCCACACCUUCCAAACACCCGAUCCACCUACUAUUACAACGAUCUACCGAUGGCGCUGCAAAUGUACGUCAGGCUUUCCGGAUAGGUUUGUUUUUCACGUUUUUAUUUUUCUGUCUAGAAACACAUUUUCUACCGAAAACCUUAUUCCAAGAUCGUCGACUUUCAGAGCGAUUGUCGGUAGCGAAUUUGCAUUUCUAGCCGGUGCAACGGCCAGGUGUCAUUUUUCGAUUGUCUCCGUAGUUUGCUCGACAAUCGAUAAAUUCCCCGGUGGGCGGGGGAGGGAGGAGAGAUGAUAUUUUUGUAAUUUCGAUUUCGAUAUUUGUGUUUUUCUAAUUAUAUCGGUUAGAAAUAAUCGCAAACGUGCAAUUGUCGCGCGGAAACAACGCCCGACGAUAUCCACCACCGCGGAUGCUUAUAUCCGUAUAAUACUUAUAUUUUAACCCGCACGUACCGAGCAAUCGUUGUAAAAUAAUCGUCACUUGCUUGUAAAUAAUAAUAAUAAUAAUAAUAACAAUGGUAAUUAUUAAAUAGAAUUACCUUCCUAUAUUUUAUAGGUGUGCGUAUAUAACCGAUCGCGAUAACGGCCGCGGUUGUCGCGGGGCCGAAUCUGUGGCCUCGUGAUUGAUUGUUUUUAUUGUGUGUGUUUGUUUUUUCUUUUUUAUCCCCGUCUCUGUCGAACGAACCAACAAACAACAAUAAUAGGUAAAUAAACGAUAUUAUUAUAUUUUAUAACAAACAUCGCGCCAGCGGAGGAACGGAUAAAAACGAAAAAUUAUGAACGCUGCACAGUUUUUCAGACAACGGCCGCUAAUCUGCUGUUGGAGUAGAAAAAUAAAAUAAUAAUAUUUUUUUUAUCGAAACUCGCUGCGCUCCGCAGGUGAUGUUCGUUUGUUCGUCGUCGGGUCGAAAGAUUAUCUCUGACCGAUAGCCGAUUCCCCGUGACGUCCGUCCGUAUAUGUAUACCGCAACCGGCCUCGUAAAUACUAAUGUACAUAAACGUUAUCGGGAUUUAUUUAUUUUUACGAAACCGUAAUUUCUUUUUUCCGAACGUAUUCGCCUUUGACACGUGUGUGUUUCAUUUCUCCUUCUCCGUUCUCGAACCAUAGUUUUCGAUCAGCCGACGCGCGAGCCGUCCUACGGGGAAAAUGUCACGCGUUUUCUCUAUGUAAUAUUAUAUAUUUAUAUAUAUAUAUAAAUGUACAAUUGCAGUACACGGGAAGGGGGGUUUUUUUUAUUAUAAAAAUUAUGCACGUUAAGUAUUUUUCAGUAAAAUUGAUUUUUUUUUUCGAUUUUCAACGACAGUUAGUCGUUUGGCGGAUCGCAUUUUACCCGUCGGAUAUCGUUUUUAUUUGUUUCUCGUGUACAUUAGACGUAUAUAAUAUCUAUACAAUAAUAGUCGUUGUAUACGUUUCAACCGAUUGACGUAUUCGUAAUCAAGUCAAACCGACGAAACUCGCGUUGUGCUUGAACGCUACGUCUCCUCUCGAUCUUACAAUGCGGAGUGCAAGCACAUAAAUGACCUCGACAAAUGUAACAAACGGAAAUGUUUUAAAACGAACGGCUACAGACAUGGAAACGACAAUACAAGCACGGGGAAAAUACGUGAAUCGGGUUACUAUUUGAACGUGUAACGCGCGAUGAUAAGCUCAUAAGACACUCGGGCCAAUAAUUGUCCUCCCGGGGAAAGACCGAGUGUAGGAUAGGAGGACGUGGAAGACCGCGAAUACUUUUGGACACGAAACCUCGGGGAACCGACCGGGCUUAAAACGGCUAAACCGUGUUUCGGAUACCGCGAAUAUUAUAGGUGGUGAUCAGUGGCGUGGCCAGCGGGCAGUCCUGGUAGAUCCUCUUUUCUCCGAAAUUAACACAAUUUGAUAAUCAACAAUUUGCGUUGAAUACAAAUUUGUACCAAUAUAAUACAAUAAUAAUAAUAAAUAGUAAUAAUAAAAUAGUCUUUCCCGUUCAAACGUUUAUAUUGUUUUGUCUGGCCAGCCCGGAAAAAUAUUUCUAGCUACGUCUCUGGACAUAAAUGACGGCCGACCGUCCGUUGGGGGGCAAUUAUAUUGUAUAGAACUUCGAUUUUUUCCGGUGCCACGACGGGAUCGAAGCAAUUUCAAAUCCAUAAAUCGUUCGCCUUCGCGUGUAAACGCUCCGGAAAAUUCGACGCGCCCCCGUCGGUUCGUGCAGUAGGUACGCCACCCGCGCUUUCCCCGACUUUACGCCCGCGGCGCACACCCGCGGCGCGAACCGUAGACAGACGACACUAUUGCUCUCCUCCGCGUUUACGCGUACAAAACGAACAUUGAUAUAUUAUUAUUUAACAAUGAUAUUCGUACGGCGAGGUUUCGGUCGCGGACAGCAGGGCUCUUUCUGCUACACGUACCUAAUAAUAUGCAUAUCGAUUUGUUUGGUGACCGCGUGCGCGGAGGCGUACCUUUAUAUAUAAUAAUAAUAAUAAUAAUAAAAAAAAAACAUAACAAGAGAGAGCGCACGACAACCGCGCACAAUAAUAACACCCGUACAGGAUGUGCAUUUGACAAUUUCUCUAUAAUGCAAUUAUACCAGCGCGCGUAUGGGAAAUGCCGCAGACGAUACGCCCUGUAUAUAAUACGUACCUACGAACGAUAUCCUAUCUCUCCGAACACGCGACAAUAUAUAUAUAUUGUUACUGGUAUUUUGUUGUGUACCUCUAGAACGGAACACCUGCACCCGGGCUGCACGGCACCGAGGGGGGGGGAGGGGUUUCUGCGUGUGGCGUAUAUGUAUUAUAUUAUAUACUUGCGAUUAUUGUUAUUUUAUACCCGGACGGGAAGUGUCGUGAACGCGAGACCGUGUAACACGGCCACGGCGGAGAGGUUGUUGUAUAGAACUGCACCGGGCCGCGAAUGUGGACGUUUAUUUCGUCGUACAGCCGGUCACGUCAUAUAUAACUGGUACGAAACUAUAAGGAAAACCAAAAAAAAGGGGGGAAAAGACCGUGCGUGAUCGAUUUAUAUUUUAUCGCGGGCAGGAAGUACAUAUUACAUACAGGGUGAUUCAUUUAACGUAAAAUCUCAUUAUUUCACAAUGUGUAUGGACUUUUUUCCCCCCGAAAAUCGUAUUCUCGACAAUGGUUUUGAGAAACGAACGGCUGUAUCACCCUACUGCUGUUCUGGGCGAAUCUAUACUUUUGAUUUUCAAACAACGACCUGUUUUUAGGAAUUCGGUAAAUAGAAGUUGGUUGGUUUCAAUGAAUUGUCGAUGUCCAAGAAAAUGUUCGACCCGUCGACGAGAUAUUUCGCCUUUCAGUUUAGGUGAGGGGAAAUGAGUAGUGCUCCAUUAAUCUUCCCCUAUUUAAACGUAUGAGUAGAAGAUUUCAUCAACGGUCGAAAGGAAAUCGAUAAUUUCGAAACUGAAUACAAUUUAAAAAAUAAUACUGCUUCGUUUAUUUAUGCGAUUUCUAUUAAAGGUUACCGCUUGAAAAUCAAAAGUAGGUAACCGUGUUACCGCCGAAAACAACGGCGAUCAAAAAUCACGGUAUAUAGUGUAACACUUUAAAACUGUUAGUUUAAGAGACUGUCGAAACAAUUUCUCUCGAAAAAAAAGUCAAUAGUUUGCGAAAUAAUGACAAUCUGCAGGAUUUGAACAUUUCCUAUACGGUGUAGCAAUCGCGCACGGGGACAUCGUUAAAUCUCGCGAGACACACCCUGUAUAUAUACAUAGGCGUUUUGUAAGUUUUUUUUUUCUUUGUAAACUGUAUGACGUAAUACAGUAAAUGCGUUACAAACAUCAAUGUCGUCGACGGAAUGUUUAGGUUUUUUCGCGCGGCCGACACAAGUAGUGACGGACUGUAAUUACAGUGGUAAUAUAAUUGUGGUACGGCUCUUAUCAAUGUCGUUUGUGCAAAACCGUGAACGAUUAUCGCGCGCAUGCACGCGCUGUUUUUUUGUGACAUACAGACGAUUGAAAAUCUUACAAAAAAAAAAAACGUCGCGACAACAUUUGCGCGAUACGUUUCACAUCAUAUAUUAUAUUUUAUACCAACACGCUUUUGUACGGACGAGUAGGGGACCUUAAAAACCGAUUUCCUCCUCCACAAAAUCCGCCAUUUAUCGUAUUGUUUUUUUUUAUUAUUAUUAUCGUUUUGUUCUCUUUAAAAACAUAUUCUCGUUCGUGAAAAAAAAAUUAAGCAUUAGAUACAUAUAUAUAUAUAUAUAUCAUAUCAUAUAUACAUAUAUAUAUCCAUUCAAAUUAUUUCUUUUUUUCGCAUAAUUUCAAUUGUAUUUCGAUCGUCUCAACUGUGCAUUAUUGCACAAUACCGCGUAGUCGACCCUCGCGAAUAUAUACUCAACUCUAAAUACUAUUUACCUACUGGUGUACUACCGAAAAUAUUCAAAAUUGCAGACUUUACUCAAAAGCUGCGUACAGAUAAUAUCGCUGAAUCUUCACGAUAACAGCCGUAUUAUUCUAUUAUAUUCUAUUAUAACCUAACCGUGGUGUAGUUUUUCCAUAGCAGGAAGCGUUAGGCUAAAAAUUAGAAAUAUACCUGAACAGUUUCAAACCGAAUCCAGUGGUAUACUGCAGUUAUUUUUUCUAAAAUGAUAAAAUACACCGAUCUUGAACGGAAAAGAAAACGAUUUUUACAUUCUGAGCGCGUAUAGUGAAAAAACUCGAAAGCUAUCCUUGAAAUGUGUAUCAUUUUCUUUUCGGAAAACACUUUUUUUAUUGAUGAAUAAACAUGAACAAAUUUGUCUAGUUCCUGGCGGUUUUUCUCUCGUUACAAAAGUGGAAAAAACCCACGACUAGUACUAUAUUAUAAUCUUCCGCUUAGAAUCGAUUUUUCCGACGAUCUAUCGUUGUAUUUAGUAUACGCAAAUUAUAAUUCAUUCGCUGUACAUCAUCCGUCUACGCGUGUACCUUCCCGGCGUAUCCGGUUCAUACAACAGCUAGCGACCUAUAUAUCCGCGGAACCGUAACGAGGAUUUCACGUAUUUCUGCUCCCGUCAUAUAGACUAUAUAGGUACCUAUAUACCGAUGUAUAUAUGCUACCGAUGCUAUAUUUUGAAAUAUUAAAUAAUUUUUCGAAAUGAUCCGGGCCUGAGCCCCAGAGUCAUUCCUGAGGCGCGGUUCUGCGGUUUUCCGUGCGGGGUUUAAGGUAUUUCGCCUACCCUCCCCUGUUAUUAUUUCCGUAUCGAUUAUUUAUUAUUUGCUCUGUGACAACCAUUAAAAUUGUACAACGACGAUAUGUAUACGUAGAAAUAUUACGCGCGUAGAAUAUAAAAAUAAUAUUGUGUCCGUACGACCCCGUGCCGCCGCGGUCUUGGUCGCAGUAUUAUUAUUGUUGUCGGGUAUACAAACACCGCGGCCCACGGACGGAACACGCCGCCGAAGUGUUGUGCGUUUUUAAAACGGUAAAAAAAAAAUAAUAAUAAUAACAGCACUUAAUUAAUUUUUACUCGGCAAACAACGACCACGACGCCGCCGUGACGUAGUAUAUUUAUAGUUUAAACGAUAAACUAAUAAAAAAAAAAAAAAACCAGUAUACCGGCUAAUAUUUAAUAAUAUAAUAUAUACUGUGCGUUGUCGCGGAAAACGGUUUCCCCUCUCGAUUAUAUUAAGAUUAAUAUUAUAUAUGUAUACAGGAUGUCAAAAUACGUAUGCGUGUAUAUUUGCAAUUUACCGACACAUACACAUUACAUUUUUUUUGGCAUUACCGCGGCGGUUAAAAAUAUUAUUCUCGAUUAAUAUUACAAUAAAAAAAAAAAAAUGAAUAUUAUCGACGAUCAGUUAUGACCGGGUCAUCAUACUAUACCAUAUUAAAUAUGGAGACGAGAAGACGAUAAAACGUGGAUCGAAGAGAAUCCAUAAGGAAACCGAAUGAGUGUUGGAAACUUGGUCCGACACAGAUGACGGCGCCAUGUGUUUUUGAAAUAAUCACAUAGUAAAGUCAGAGUUCGAAAAGGACGUGUUUACACGAGGAAGACGAAGGACGUUCGCAAUAGCUACUAUACUGUCGACAGUACAACUGUCGAAUAUUUUGUUUUUCAGUGCCGAAUUGUUCGGGAAAACUAUAGAAUAUUUCGAAGAAAGAAAAAAAAAAAACUGUUCGAGAGUUCGACGUUAACUACAUAUAUUCGGCUGUGCCCGUCACUAAAAUAUUCACAUCGACGCACACCGAUCGGGUGUUUUCCACUGGAAUUUCGAACGUUUCGUCUAUUCAACCGGCCACAGUGGCCUGACCGUGUGCAAGCAUCAUCCUAUUUAGACAUCACCCUGUACAAUUUCGUCAAACAAUAAUAUCUUUUAUUAAUUCGUGCCGCGAAACGUCACCGCCGCCGUCAGACCGGUUCGAAAUCAAUUUAGUUACAAUUUAUUAUUCGGACGUUUUCGUGCGCGACCGUUUUUUCGCCGGCCCGCUCGUCUCCUCCUAAACCAACCGUACGGGAACAACACACGCGCCUAUAACAAAUAUUAUAACGUAUUUAACGUUAAUCGGAGGUCGUUACAUAUUAUUAUGGCACCCGUAAUUGUAUUGAUAAAAAAAAAAAAACUAAGCGCGGGGUCGUCGCUCUUCUCGUGUUUAAUAGUAUAGUGCUAAACAGAUGACGCUGUGGAAAUCGCACAACGCGCGUAUAGAAGAACUCGAUCUGCUCGUAAAAUUUCCUGUUUUUUUUUCUCGUUGAUAGAUACAUAAUACCAUAAAUCGAUUCGAAAUUACGACUGUUUACCGUAGCCACGGUUUCGUAAAAACUUGCCCGUACGGGACCGGCGUUGUACCCAAAUAGGUGUAUACCUGUAAUAUUAUAUUAUUAUCCGAAUGCAAUAAUGGGCAAUUUUAUAGCCGAGCCCCGUGAUCCGAGACCAAUAAUAAUUAAGUCGUCUUGACUCUGAGUCGUAUUAAUUUAGCUGUGUACAAUGGAAGUAACGGUUGAAAUAUGAAUGCGAUGGCGUGUUAUACCCAUUGCGUCGAUCACAUGUUUUCGGAAAUUUUGAUUACGCGUACCGUAAUUUUUAAUUUUUUUUUUCAACGACUAAUAUCGCCGGCGGCGCAUUCUCGAGUGCAAUAUAACAUGUUCUAUGGAAAUCAUUGUAAUAUUUUUCCGGGGUAUAGCGUAGGCGCCGUGUCGACCGCGAUGACCGGAGAACUCGGCGGUGUACGUAAAAAAAAAAAAAACCCCGUUCGGAAAUCGAUUCGAUUCGACGGCGUAUUCAUAUUAAUAAACCUGCCAUAUAUUAUUUAUAUUUUUUCGGUCACCGGCGGCGGCGUCCGUCACGUCGUUUUCGGUUUCGCGACGUGUUACAUAAAGGCGGAUUCGCUAUACUAUGCAUAUAUAUAUAUGUAUAUCAGCUAUAUGCAUGUACAGGGUGUAAAGGGGCGGGCCGGCGAACUCGAACGUCUAGGAUUUCUUCGAGACAACCCGGCAGUGCCGGAUGGAAAUUCAAAAUCGCCGAUUCGAUAGCAUUCUGUACCGCGUUAUACGAUGGUGCGCAUUUAAAAUAUCGGAAUAUUAGAAUAUUCUUCUCCUCGUCAAAUUUCGAAACUCACGUUCAACCCGCCAUUUCAACCUAAACGUCACGAUUUGUUAAUAUUGAAACCGGCAAUUGCGGAAUUGUACUAUACAUGCCGAUGCGAAUGCGAGUACCACGUCUUGUUAAGAGAGGACGUGGUACCCGCACAUUUGAAUUUGUUGUUGUUUUUUUUUUUCUUAAUAUUAGAGCGAACCUAUAACCAGCUAUUAUCAAAACGAAAGACAAGCUGAAUACAAUAACCGUGGGCGACGUUGGCGCUGGUUUUUUUUCGAUAUUUUAAUUUUCAAGCGGGAUACGAGAAUGCGAAAUUUAUGUCACAAUUUAUUUAAUAACGCUUAUCAUUAUCUCGCACGGAAAUCGGAAUAUCGCGAAAAAACAGCGCGAGUUUGAUAAUAUGUCGGAUUCAUUAUAUAUAUAAAUAAUAUUGAAAAAACAACAGCCCUACGUUAGUAUGUCGUCUCUUUGGGACAUUAAUUUGCUAUUUGUCGUACGUUUACGACACGUCCUCUGCAUCUUAGUCGUACGCAGUUCUAAACAAUUGUGGAAACCCACCGAUGUAAAAAUUAGUUGCUAUUCGAAAUAUCAUCGAUUUGUCGUUUCAUUUCUCUUAUUGUUCUCGGACCGAUCUCUCGAGAUAACAACGUUGACUCGGUUAGGUAUUUUCGUGGCGAUUGUCUCGAUCGAAUGGAUUUCGGACGGCCACGCGCCAAACGGAUUUGCGGACUCGCCAUUGUAUAGACGAAUUCGAUAAAAGAUGGGCUCGUCGUUUUUGUGUUUAGAAAAUAAAUAAUCGCCGUUAUCCGGCUCGCCCGCGUUUGUUUCGCGAUCAAUAUGUAGUACGUAUAUAGUCGUCGUAUAAUCGAAUGAACGUAUUAUUAUUAUUGUCGCGUAAAAGUGCGACAGAAAAAAUAACCGACCCCGCCUCUAUAGUUUUCCAAUUAUAAUAAUAUCACGUUCGGAAAUCGCGGGCGUCCGUAUCGGUUUUUUCAUUUUAGAUUCUGAGCGGAGGGUGGAACGCUAUACGAUGACGUUUGUUUUUUAUUUCUUCCGUGAACAAUUUUUUCCACCAGAAAUAUCGCUCCGAUUUGCUGCAUGUGUAGCGUUUUCUCCGAAUGGAAAUCUCACCAGAGCGGCGCUCUAGGCAGAUCGUUUUUCGAUUUUCCCAGGGGUUUUGAUAAAAUAAACGGGAUAAUCUACGAAACGUAUAUUGUUUUCAAAUUCUAAAUAUCACGGCCUUUUUUUUUUAAAAAAAAAAACACGUUUAUACAACCGAACUCCCUUCAAAAUCGUUUUUCGUAAGCAACGAUCAUAUUAACCGCAUAUUUCCCCUCUCUACCUUCCCGAUUUCUCGCCUACAACACAACGCAAGCCCACCCGCCGUACGAUGCGUGUCAAUUUUUUUUUCCUUUGCGUUUUCUUCGCGGAAUUCACCUGCUACUAUACUAAUAUACGACGGUCCGAGGGAGACGCUACAGUAUGCAAAUCUUUUGGCACGGAUUUACAUAUUUUUUAAUUUUUUUUUCAUGUUCUUUUUAUAAUUAAUAUUUACGGAUUUGAAAUUAAUACCAUUAUUUCAUUCCGUCGUAAUCCAUACGGUGAUAUUAGCGCUAAAAAUAACAAUAAUAAUAACUGUGCAACUCGACCGCUUCCCCAUACACGCGCCCGUUCGCCUAUACUACCCCGCGGCCCGGUGUCGGCCGCUUGUACAAACUGAUUAAUUCCGAUUUCCUUGUGUUUCACUGUGUAAUAUAUACGAUAUAGUGCAGCGUAUAAUAUUGCAGUUAUUGUUUGCUGGAUAUUUGUAAUACAUUUACACGGUCGUAAAUCGCGUACACGUUUUAAAACGAGCUCGUAUUAUUGUUGUAUAUUCGUAAACCUUUCGCUCGCCUCGGUAAUCUCCGGAAUAAACCGCGGUGGCGUACACGCGCCGCGCGGACAAAGUUUACAUUAUUAUUAUUCCUAUAAUUCCUGCAGUAUUAUCCCACGCGAGCGCGGCGGAAUAUAAGUCACGCGUUUUAGAUCGAUAUUUCAUAAUAUUAUAUACCGGAAUUCUGUUUACGUUGUAGCUCGAUAAAAUACUUAAAAAAAAAAAAAAAAUUAAAAAAAAAAAAAAAACCAAUCCAAAAUUGUUUAUCCGGUUUAAAUCUCGUCCGAUUUCGUCACUCGAUAUAAUUUCUUACUAGGAAGUUUUUUUUUUUUUGAAAAUAUCCGACUGAAAUAAUCGGCACUUAGAAUUAGUACAGCGGUUACAAGUUUUAAAGGGUAAGGUUAGGCUAGGUUAGGUAAAUAUAUAGGUUAACACCUAUGUAUAUAGUCCGCCCUCCUGUUUACGAAGUGCUGAAACAACUAUACUGUGCAGAUUAUUGCAGUGAGUAGUUGACUGCGGGUUGACGCCACUGGUCAAAUCCAAGUAUCAUUGUAUCGUAAGUUCUGGUCAGACCGGUGGCUCUUUACGCGAUAAAUGUGCAGGCAGCGCUCGGGUCACUACUCGAAAUAUUUAACGGAAGAAAGAUAAAAGUGUUUGAAAUUACGAUUAUUCGGAACUACAGUUUUCGCGGUCCGACAAGAAACAAUGGCGGACAAUACGAAAUAAAAAGUGUCGACGGAUCAAAUGAUAAUAUGGCGAAGCUAUAUAUAUAUUAUAGUCCAAACUUUAAAUAGCAGUAUAGAAUGAAUAAGACGGGGUAGUGUACUCGGGUCGCGAAUAAUUAUUUCGAUUGAGUGCCCCCCCCCCUGUCCCUCUGACGUUUAAAAAGUUUAAAAAAAGAACGUUUUGAAAAUUAAAAAAGUUUAAAACAAUAAAAAAAAAAACUAAAAACUUACAAAACGGGUAACAAAUUAACUUCAAUGAGAUUUUUAUCUGAUAACGUAUAUAGUCUCCGUCGUAUUAAAUUAAAAAAAAAAAAAAAGGUCUUGCGAUGGAAAGACCCACAGGACGAAGAAAGCUUUUUGGAAUCGUGCAUAAUAUAUUAUUUCAAAAUGUUCAAUUGCCCCUGUCCUUUUUUUUUUUCACUCUUGGGGUUUGAAACCACUACCGCUUUUUGAUUUUCGAAUGACACUAUAAUGUAUUUCAAAUUCCAUAGAUAAAUAAAAAUGUUAUAACGUUAUUGAAACAUUUUAGAAUACGCGGCUCAUGCGUGGUGGUUCCAAUACGAUAUCACAGAGGUCGAAGUGAGAUAAAAAUUGUUAAAAUGUCACAUAUAGUACAAUAGAAUUUAACGAACGGUCUUUUUUUUUCUCGUUUUUGAAAGAAGACGUUUGUUGUUUCUUCUCUCUUUAUUUUCUAUUUCAGCUGGCACUUUGAAACUUUGGUUAGUUUUGUUUUUGUAAAAGAAAAAAAAACGCAGUUUUAAACCGUUGUCUACCGCCUGAUAACGUUAUGCGUUUAUGUUAUUAUUUUCUGCGGCCUUCAGUUUUUAUGCGCUUAUCCCGCGUAUUAUCUAUGUACUGCAGGAGCGAGAGCGGCGUUUUUAUUGUUAUUUUUUUUUUUCUUAUUAUAAUUAACGAAGAGCUGUUUCGAAACGAAACCGACGUAUUGAUUUGAUCUGAAAACCGGCCGAAGCGUUAGAUUUUAAAAUCAUGGAUCGCACGCGUGACUUGAUUGAUACCGCGCUAUACGUUUGAAAGGAAAACCCAUUGGAAUCGGCCGUAGCGCGGAAUAUUCGAAAAAAUCCGUGUUACAUUAUUAUAACACUGUUAAAUUGUAUAAUUGGCUAACAACGGUUGAUAAUAGCGAACAUAGACAAAAAAAAAAACCCUCGGUAAACUUUUCGCCUGUAAACUGCACGCGGGUUAUCAUCGGCUGCCGGAGACGUUAUUAUUAUAUUUAUAAAUCGUUUCGAAGGUUUUUUUUUCCUUUUUGUCUUUCGAUUUUUUUUUUUCUUUUUUCAAUUUAGUAUAACAUUAUUAUAGUUGACAAUUAUUAUAAUUAUUUUUCCUUUUUUUAUAUUUUCUUUUUCGACCGCAUUAACGCGAUUAGUCGCACAAACGCCAGCGUGUAAAUAAAUUACACACGAUUCUUGUCUGUGCAGUUGCCGCGAUAGCUGGGCGCACUCCGUGUCAUUUGGAAUAUUAUAAUUUAAUUGAAAUGGAUAGCGCGACGGCCGUCAAAAUAAGUUUUUUGUUUUUAUGAAAUAUCGUAGAAACUUUUUCCCUCGAAUACCUAUGCGGUUUUUUUUUUUUUUUUUGUAAUUUUAUAUUUAUAUACCGCAAUAGGGGUUAGCGCCGUUCCGUUAUUAGAUAUUACGUCGGGCUAUUGUUAUACGCGAAAUAUACAGUCGAAAAAUGGCAAUUUUCAAAAUUACAAAUUCAGCGCUAUUUCGAUGUAAUAAUAUAUAGCCGUAGGUUUUUCGUAUACGCCCACUGCAAUACGGAACGCAUAAAACGAAAAGCAAUGGCGAACAAAUCCACGGAAAAGUCACAUCGCUGUAAUAUAUUAAAAUGUAUAGGUGUAGUAUAGCCAGGCGUCGCUAAAGUUUUUCUAAAGUUCGUAACCUUGAACUUGCAGCAUUAUCGAUUGUUUUCUCGGUUUUUUACUUAUUUCCCUUCCGAAUAUCUGUACGAUUCAACGGAAAUGAACGGCGACUCGUAUACACGAAUUUGUGUAGCGCGUUAUCGUUACGUAUACGAGCAGAUCGUCUUAAAUCCUCGGACGGUUGUUAUCUAGAAAUUCGUUGGUACAAACCGGUGUGGAUUUUAAAAUUCUGUUGAGUAACCGGUGUUAAAAUUGACGACGCCGAUUUCAUUCUCUCUCAUUUCCCCCUCGAAAUAAUAAACGAACAGAUAAAUGAUUAUAAUAAUAACAAUUUAAUUGAUAACAGUUAAUAUUUAAAUUAAUUUUAAUGCCCGUGAUAAUCGACAAUUCAAUAAAAUUACCUAACAAAAGGACACUAUAUACUUGGUAUUAUUAUUAAUAAGCGGGAAGUAUAUAUAGGCUAUAAUUUAAAUAAUUAUGAUUAAUAUUUAAUUAAUAUUAUUAUUGUUAAUUAUUCGGGACAAUGGUGGGCAUACACUGAUUUCCAUCGUCGAAUAUGUACGGCUCUUGUGAAAUAAUCGGUAUCGACUGUUAAUAAACCGGUACAAAAUGUUUCAGUUUGUACCAACGAAUUUAUUUGUUAGUAUAUUAGUUAUAUUAUAUUAUAUUAGUACGCAAUCGUUUCUCGUCAGCAGCGGUUUAUGACGAGACAUAAAUCAAUCCUACCGCCUCCGACUUCCUUCCUAUAGAACGGUGCACGUGACCACCGACAACUGCGGUCCGCGAUCGUUUAUCAAUCGGCCCGCCAAUAUGUACUGUUAGAUCAAAAUCGAAAAAAAAAAAAAAAGAAUCGACUUCAAAUUUCCAAAAAUUAACACCCGCGACAUUUUUUCUCUCUAGCGGUCCGUUCCGUUGAACGUACCGCUGGCCUACCAAGAAUUAUUGUUAUUUUUCAUGGCCCUCUGUAAAAAAAAAAAAAAAAGUUAGGUCACCAAUUGUCAGAUAAAUGUAAUGUAUAAAACAUCGCGGCGGUACACGCGUCAAGCGCGCGCGGUAUCGGCUUUUUUUCCCCCUUCUUUUUAUUUUUAGUUUUUCCAUAUUUUAUAGGGAAUAUUUAUAAUGCGAUUAUUUUUAUGCACAGGGGUGACACGAGCAAAAUGUCCGUAACGCGCUGCGCCAUAUUGACGUUAAUUAGAAGCGUUUUCCCGUCGCGCAGUGCGAAACGGGCGGUAUUCAAUUUACCGGGAAUAUCUAUAGCGCGAUGACGAAAUCGCCGCAAUUACGCUGCGCGAUAAUAUGAUGACGAUAAUAAUAUACGCUCGCCAUUGUACUGUACUUAUUAUUGUGUUCAUUCGUUGCGCCGGUGACUGUGAAUUUUUCGUUAAUUAAUGGGUUGAACGAUAACCGUCGCGGGGUCGGUCGUCGCCGCGAAGUCGGAAAACUUAAUUAAAACGCGUUUCGCCCCGCCGGCGUUCGAUUUCCGUACGGGGCGAUGUUUUUCGGUUGUCACCGGGAUCCGGCCGUUCCGACAUCAUCAUCUGUGCGCGGAGGGUAUUGUUCGCCGGUUAUGUGUGCCCGCAGUACUUGAAAUAUCGAUUGCGGGCGGGUUUUUUUUUUUUUGCUCUUUUCAAUCCGCGUGUAAAAAACCGUUUGCUUAUAUAAAUUCGUAUUGUGUUUAAAAAAAAAAAAAAAAAUACUUUUCCGACGUUAACCUAAUCGAACGCGAUGACGAGGGGACGCGCUAAAAUUAGUAUGUCCGUCAUCCGGAUGUUGUGUAAAAAAUAAAAACUACCUUACCCACUCUAAUUAUCAUUAUUUUUCAACGCAAGGCACUACAACACACCUCAUCACCUCGCCGUUUAUGUCGCGGGGACAUGCGCCGAGCCGGGAUUUUUGGUAACGCCCUAGCGUUUUUUGUUUUAUAUUUAAAUACGACUUGUGCGGGGGCGGGGGCGGGGCUAAACACACGAUCCUCCGCGGGGUUAAACAAUAUGCGCAUUGUUUAACGUUGACGUAUUUAUAUUUGAAACAAAAUAUCCUUAACUGUGCAUGCGAUUUCCAACUGCGGCUGCAGGCACUUCCGCGGGUCGCGGUAUACACUCCAGGAGACGACCACCACAAUUACCUUAUUAUCGCGUAUAUAUUUGACACAUCGUAUAUACCGUCCACGACCUUCGUGAUAAAUAAUAAUAAUAUCAAGUCCGACAAUACUACGUCCAUACCGUAUCGAUUUUGCGAGAAUUUAACUGACGUAUGCGUGCCCGUUAUUAUAACAGCGGGCGUUUUAACACACAAAACGUCCCGUCGUUGCGGCUACGCGCUGCGGGCUGGGGGAAUAACAGAAAAAAAAAUCCGCCGUUACCCGCGUGUAUAUAUAUAAAAAAAAAAAAAUUCAUAUUCCCCAGGUGAAUAUAUUUGUUCGCCGCAUACGACAAUGGCGGCGUAACAUCGUCGCGGGCGUCGUUUUCGUUAACGAUGAAUAAUCGAGUGCGCUUUUCGACGCGCGAUAAUACAAUACACGCGACGUAUCUGUUAUAUUGUGCGUCGGUCGAAAAGCCAUCGUUCCGUGCGCGAAAAACGAAACGAAAAAUCCGAGAUAAAAAUAAAAAUAUCGUUUCCCCGCGCGCGCGCGCGCGCGACGACGGCGACGGGACGCGGAUGGUAUCGUCGCGACGGGGAAUACGACGUCGGUGAAAGUUGGGGAGAACCUCUCGCUCGUUAAUUUUCCGCCGUCCUGCCGCAAGAAUAUAGGCACCUCUACCUAUACACGCACCACCGGCCGUAUAUUUCCGGUCCAACAACUCGCCUCGGAGAUAUUCUGCCGAGAUUGUGUUAUUAUUAUCGUAUAUACAAACACACACACACACACACGCGCGCGCGCACACACACACUUUUGUCGUCGCAUUAUUGCGCCGGGGCGACUGUGUGUGUGUGUGUGUGUGUGUGUGUGUAUAGGUGCCGCAGGUUUUCGGUACUCGCGCGCGUAUCUCCUAAACACUCGAAUUCGCGUCGCGUCUGGCGCACAGUGUUAAAACUUAGCGGGCGAAAACCGCGCGUUCCCGAAACCGUUUGAAGUGUACCUGCGCGCACGCGGUUACAACGUUAUACGUAUAGUGUCCGGGACAGGUUUUACGGGCUUCUGUACGAUGAGUCCUUUCGCCUCUCACUCUCUCUCUGCCAAGUAUUAUUAUGUAUAAUAUAAGCGCGGCCCGAACUCAUUUCGUCUGCGUUUACAGUGUUAACGCGCGACGAUUUACUCACUCGCCGUUUACCUUACCGUAGCUGCCGCAUUAUACGUCGCCCUGUAGACGAUUUCGGAUAUAGGUUACGACGCUUGCGAAACGGCGGGAUUUUCGAUCGCGCGGGUACGCGUGCAAGUACGGCGCGUGUUUUACGAUUCGACGGCCGGCCGUAUCCACUAUAGGCCGGGAAAUAUACUCGAUUUGUUGUUCGGUCGCGUAGCCAUGAUUAAUAAAGAAAUGAAAAUAAAAGACACUAUAGUCGAAAUGACGUGCAGAUAGUUGCGGAUUUCGCUCGAAAUUAUUAUACAGGAAGAUAUAAGGGAUUGCUGGUGGGGGGUACGUUUGGUUUUUGUUUUCUUUGUAUUCAUUUUCGUUUAAAGUACAUUGUAUUCAAACGCGCGCGUUGACGCUUCACCGAAAUUUCUCGUAGGGUCAAACGUCCUCGCUCGUUUUAUGUCUUCGCCCGUGUCGCGAACGAAACCGUAUUUGGAGUCCCGCCUCCUCUCAUAUGCCGGCUAUUAUAAGCCGUUGCUCGGCCGAGUUUCGAUGGGAGAUAACCUCUUCUGCAAGCUUCGUAUCUAUUAUUCACGCAGAUCCGCGAAACCCGCGAGGAAACGUUAAACGCGUUAAAUGCGUUUUUUUUUUUUUUUUAUACGUCGACGGGGAAUCUCGCGGCAGAGGAAGCAGUCGGUCACGGGCUAUUAGGCGUUCGAAAAAUAAAAAUUGUAUUGAAAAAAAAAAAAAAAACCCCGUUUCUAUAAAAUGUUUAUUUUACGCGACGCGCGGAAAUGGAAACAUAUAAAUUAUAUCCUAUAAUAAUAUAACGAAUGUGCAGUAAUAAUAACGUGCGUAACGCGGCCGUAUAGAAUUGUAAUCGUAUUAUACGUUCGACUGUUGUGACCCCGUUUUGCGUUUGCGAGUACGCAAUUUUUUUUUUUUAUUUUUUUUAUUAAAUCGAUAAAUAGACACCCGUCAGACACCGUUCAUACAUUGUUAUUGUACGUAUUUUAAUAUCAUAAUGGUACUCGUCGAAACGCGUAAAUAUUCCGCGACGCGGUUUGUUUGCUAUGAUUAUUAUAAUAUUACGCGAAAUAGUAUUGUGGGUAUAUUAGUCUCCGAAUUUAUCGUGAAAUGUUAUAAUGUUGUUCAGAAUUUAUUCGCGUCGAAAAACAACGAUUUUGAAAAAAAAAAAAUUCGGAAAAGUCUUACCAUCGGGGAUUAUUUACCUGUAGAAAACGUGCGGUUUAUUACCGCGAACCCGUACGAAGGGCAUUUUUUCCGGCGAAGAAAUUGUUGUAAUUCAAAAAUAUAACGGGGAAGCCUAAUUAUAUAAAAUUGAUUCACACGUGUAAGUUAAUUAUAAAUUUGAUUACCUUUCUUCUUCAGGCGGCAAAUUGAUCUGUUGAAUUUAAUAAAGAUGACCGAAGUAAAUAAAAAGAUUUUAAUAUAACAACUGUUUCUUUUUUAUUAAUUUUUUAAAUAUAAAACACUGUUCUAGGUUCCCGUGCUUUGUAAGAAUCUCUGCGUAGUCUUUUACACUCGCUUGUGAUCAUCUGUCCAAAAGCAACGGGAACAAUACAUACACUGUGUGUGAUUAGAAGUGGCCGGCCUCCUUAUAACUGGAGAUCUAUGUGUGUAUGCGUGUGUAAAUGUGUUAUCUUAAUCUGGUUAACACUAGCAACUUAAUCUAAUACUUAAUGGCUAUAAAUUAUUAUAAUUAUUUUACAACAUUGAUUAUACAUUUUAUUUUAACUAUAUAUGAUAGCAUAUCCUUACGAUGAGUAGAUAUCGCAUUAAAAUAUAUGUUAUUUGAUAAAAAAAAAUAUGGAAUUGAAUAUAUAUGUUUAAUUUUCGUUCCUGUUAUUAAUUGUUUGAUUUAUUUCUUACAUUACAUAAUAUGUUUUUUACAUAAUGUAUGAUAACUUAAAUAGCAUAUCAUUACAAAAUAUAACAAUAAUAAUACACGCGUAUAAUAUUUAAACGGAAAUCUGUAUUAAUUUUUUAUGGUGACGUAUUUGUACACGAAGAUUUAUUAGAUUCUGAGCGAAAUGAAGAAUAUGUGUAUAUAAUUGGUUUUACUUCGACGUGUUUUUUUUUUAAAUUAAAUUUUUUUUUUCGUCUGAAAAAAAUCGCUUUUAACGGAAAUCGCAUACUCUGAUCAAACACCUUACGGAACCUUUCUUGUAGCUUUUUUUUUUUUUUUUUUUAAAACAAAUUUCUGGUUGGUGAAUUUUCGAGAUAAUUUCUUGAUAUUUCUCGUAUAGUAUUAAUAAAUAAUAAAAACCUACAAUUUUCGGCAACAAGGGAAGAAAUACGACCUAUAACACUCUCUGCUCAGAAUCAGCAUUCGUUAGUGUUCCUAUAUGAAAAUGUAUCGAUUCGAAACCCACUUUGAACUGUACAAUAAACGAUCUUCGAGUAUUAACAAUUUUCGCCUGGAGAAUUUAUUUUGUAAUUUUUAAAUUUCAUUCGAUACGCGAAACAGAAACAUAUAAUAGUACCUACCAUAGGCGCGAGAGAUCACCAACUUUGGGGGUGUUAAAAUUAUGGACACGUGGAGUCUGUGAUGAUGUGUAUGGGGGUCAUCGUUUCAACAAUCCCUUUUACACAGCACUUUUAAUGAGCAACUACACAUAUCAUUUAUUCAUUUACAAUUUUUCAUGUAAAAAUGUAUCAUACAUUUUUAACUUAAUUUUGUAUACACACAUAUAUUGCAAUCAUCUGCAGAUAAUCGGUAUUUUGUUUGGUUUAUUAAUUAUGAAAUUUAUGGAUAAAAUAUAGUCAAUACUAUAAAAAAAAAAGCCUUAUUAGGUAUUUUUGGGAAUACUUAAGACCCUCUAGCAACCUUUCACUCCCUCCCCCCGGUGGCGCCUAUGUCUUUCAGAAGGGGUUUAGAGAAGAAAUUCGUUUGGUAAAACACGUACUAUUUCCUAUAGGAAAACUAUGUUUUUACGCGCACACGAAGGUCGUCUUUACACGCGUAUACGAAAUAUCGUUUUCAUCCGUACUUGUCCGUAUAAUUGUAUGCGAAAAAAAAGUCCCCUCGAACAGUAAAAGGCGCGCGUACUUUUGCGUGUAUAAAAUGUAUCAUAAUUUUAAUCCCAUUCGUAUUAUAUAAGGUAGGUGCUGAAAAUCAACGGCGGCCAGUCCGUCCGGCGACACCGCUCGCAAUAAAAUACCGUAAAAAUCGAUCCGGAGUCCAUUAUUAUUGAAUUCUCGGAGAAAACGCGCCGGGACAUUUUCGCCGUCGCCUUUUAUAAAUUUAUAUGGGUUCGGCGCCAGCCGUCACUCAGUCACUGCGUCUACGUGUCGUGUAAUUAUACGGACAACACUGUGUGUAGGUACGUAUGUACGCAUACAUACGGUGUAAAAGUUACCACUUUUCUUCUUUUUUUUUUAUUAGUUUUCGCUCAACCGUCAUUGUCGCGCGUACACAGAGUGUUGUACACCCUGUAGUAGCAGCGGCGGCACUGCAUUGUAUGCCGACUCCCCGUUCUAUCCCUCAAGUGCGUCCUGUUUUGAAUUUUGCCCUUUUCUGUAGCCCAAGCGGCCAAUAACCGCUGCGACCGCGGGCAGCAUUUCUCCUUAUAAAAACCGAUGAGACUUCGUAAUUAUUGGUGACCUGAUCGAAUCGAAGUUCGUCCUGACAUUGAGGUUAAACGAUGGCGUUUUUAUUUUGAAAACAGUGGCGUUUAAACGUCGAUUUCUUGCGUAAUAUACGUUUAUAUAUAUGAACACUCGACAAAAUUGUAUUUGCGUUCACUCAACCACCAGGCAUUAAAAAAAAAAAAAUAUUAUACAGCUCUGACUGGCGACUACUAUCAAUUUGAAGAAAUUUCGAAUUAUAAUAAUAUAUUAUAUAUCAUUAUCUGUCUAUUAAAUCAUUAAAACCUAGAAUUAUGUGUUGUUUAUUCCAGGUAAGCAGAUACUGAUAAGAGCCGUUUAUUUUAUUAGUGAUGAAAACCGUUUUAUUUAUUUUUUUUUUUACUAUUUGGUCGCACAACCAUAUUGUAAUGCGUGUUAGCCGAGAUAACGAAAUGACCAAAUAAUUCCGGGGUGUAAGCCAUUGUUCAACACUUGUAGUGUGCCUUAACUCCAAACGAACCAGGACGCAUUUUCUGGCUCUACGUUGAAAAAAUGAUCUUUUUAUUUUUUAUUUUUAUUUAGACGCACUCGUGCGAUACUUCUUAUUCUAGACGCACUAAUUACGUUGUUAAACGGCCAUUUCGGGACGCACUCGGACAACCCCGAAUUCCCGUUUUUAAAAGGAACUUCCCAAACGGCGAAUAUGAUAUGCGAUAUUGUCGCGCGCCGACAUUUCUAACGGCUAAAUCCGCGGAAAAUUCGAAUAUAAAAAACUCGAUUUUCUCGACUUUUUGCGACAAAAAAAAAAAAAAAAAAAAACUCGUAGAGAGGGGUGACGCGACGUAUCUAAUUAUCGUGUACGUUUUUCAGGAGCGUUUAAAUACAUAAUAUAAUAUAUAGGCGGCUUUAGCGUUUUUUUGGCUACGUCGCGUUGUAGUCGAACAAUCAGUUUACAUACAUAAGUUUCCGGUUGACUUUAACAGUCGCAAACACGCCUGUAACAGUAAUAACGGUAAUAACCGCGAAACUACACGCAUAAAAAACCCGCGUGUCGCCUAUACUCGGUUCGACCGAAAUCGUCGAUAACAAUGAUAUUUCGUAACGAACGAAAAUAUCAUUCAUUUUAGAGAAAGAAAAAGACAUAUCGAAUCUUGGCCGACGAGAACACGCGCGCGCGACAGACAAAUCGAGCUAGCUUUUCGCCGCGUAUACAGGUAUAUUGUACUCUCCUCUGGGUCGUCCUAAAAUUUAAAAAAAAAAAACCGUUUCAUUUUUUAUACACCCAAAAAGAUUAAGUAAGAUUUCCAGAGCCGGGCAAUUAAUUUAAUCGAUUCUGUACCGUUCCGGUCUCCGGGAUAAAUAAUGCGAUAUAUUUAUUAUACGCCGUGCAAUUCGGUUUUAGGAUUAACGCGCGAGAUCAAUGCGGGCGAUUUAAAUAUGGUAGCGAAACGUAAUCGAUUCGUCGUUCCGUUUUUUUUUUUUUUUCAUCCGGAAAAUUCAGUUUACCGCUCGCCGUUUAUCGCGCGGUCCGUAUUUCGAACACGACCGCGGUGAAUAUAAUUUACGAACCGACGAUCAAAGCUGACCGCGUAAUCGUCCGCGUUGUUCGCCCUCCCCGUUUAUUAUAAUACGUAUAUCAUAUCGCGUUAUUAUAAUUUUAUAUGACGAGCGACGACGGCGUUUCAAACAAUAUAAUAACGAAGAUUCCCCGAAAAAAUUUAAAAAUUAAGCUCGGUCGUCCUGCGGGAUACGAGUGGGCGGAGAGAGGGGGAGACUUUCAAACUCUCGGUUCAUUUUUAAUUGAAAAAAUCCGUGACUCGGAAAUAAUCUCGAGGAUUUCGAUCCCGGCCGGACCGGGAUUAAUGACUAUAGUAUUUUGGGGUUUUUAUUUCACGGUAAUUUGGGCAAAAAUAUUAAUUUAACUAUUAAUUAUAUCGCGUUAUGAUAAUAAUAAUAGAUUAUCGUCGGCGACGAUAAUUAAAGCGCAUCUCGGCGACGGGCGCAAAAUCCAGAAAUUACGCGCAAUAUAAAUCCGAUGAAACGAACAGCAGGGGUCACGAGCGGGGAAAUUUGUAUGCUCUCGCGGGCGCUCAAUUGCUCGGCAGAGGAGGGGCGGCUAUGCCGACGAGGGAAGACAGAGAGAACGAGGAACCAUUACAAAAUCGCUGUAUCGGAAACCGGACAUCAUCGUGUACGGUGCUGGAAAACACAUGUUCGGGAGACCGGAAAAGUCGCGGAGGAACUGUAGAGGCGAUAGAUGAGACCAGGAAGUAGAUCGGAUAUGGAGCAUCGCGGGUAUUACGGACGACGGGAGUCGAUCUGGAUGUUUUGUGUCUACCGUGACCGCGCAGUGGUAUCGUGUAACGACCACGUGUCCGAUCCGAAUCGCGGCGGUCCGUGCAAGGCGAUUUCUAUGUCGCGGUCCGGGGACCGUCCGCGAAGAUUUCGAACAACGGGGAUUUCGGUUUUUUUCGUUUAACGCGGGUCUUGUAUACGACGUUUUCCGAAUCGUCUGCAUUCCGCGCGUGUGCCGCGAAGCAGCGUUUAGUACGUUUAGUUUAUGGCGGCGACUUUGCAGCGCGCGGGUGUCGUGAUCGCUUCCGGCCGUGACAUUGGAUCGGCCGCGUGCGAGUGUCCAACCCGGAAAGCCCGCGAUAAAAAUCGCUGUCGACCACCACCGCGAGUUUUCUUCCCGCGAAAUCGCAACGUGGUGUGUCCAAUGGCGUAAACGCGCGGUUAGCCGCAAUCGAAUCUGGUAUAACGUCGUCGUCGUCGUGAUAUCAUCGUACUUAAUAUUACGAUUAUUCGGGCCGUGGCGCGUGCCGCGAUUCGAUUUUCGAAUACGGCGACGACCCGAGUGUUUUAGGGGGGGGGGGGGGUGAGGGAAAACGGAGCACUGCUGCUGCCGCGGACGACGAUAGCGAUCCCGUAACGGAUAUCGAAUCCGCCGACGUUUCCGUCGCGGAACGUCUGGGCCCGUUCUCGACGAAAGAAAACCACCAAUCACUCUGUACGUUGAAACAUCGCCCUUGGUACGUGUACUAUAAUAACCGAAACGGCGACGUUGUUAUAAAAUACACGUAUUUCGCGCAGCAUUUGUUCCUGUUCGCCGUUUGCUCGCGUCGUCUCACACGUAUAAAAACGUAUUGUAAACUCGGUUUUUUUCUUCUUUUUUUUUUUUUUUUCUAUACUCGAAUUCCGUCGCGCAGUAUCCGGGGCGGUGUAUAAUAAUAAUAUCAUUAUCGUGCGCGCAGUGUUUAUAAUAACGUAAACAUGUCGAUAUUUAUGAGUUGUUUUGUUCUACGCGCACAAUAAAUAUGCAAACACACGUCGCGCGCUCGUAAUAAUGUUUUUCAUGUGUCGCGUAUGGAUUUAGAAAAAAGAAAUUAAAAAAAAACUGUUUCUUUCUGUAUAGUUCGAUUUGCGCAAGAGCCGGCCGUUAUAAUAUGAUGUUAUACGUUAUAUUGUUCCGUUCUGGUAAAAACGCAUUGUGUUACGCGCGACUAUACGCGACUGCAGAGGCAGUCCGUUUUUUCGCGGGAAACGCAACAAAAUAGUAAAAAAAGGAAAACAACAAUAUUCGACGUUUAAAACGAAAAACAAAAAAAAAAAAAAAAAAAAACACCUCGACGGUGCGCGUAUGUCUCGGGUUCCCAUCGCGCGCCCCGGUCGUUUCUCUUUAUCCGAUACUCGAUCCGUAGUUUUCUAUGUGUAUAGGUAUUUCGACAUAGGCGUGGGCCGUAGGAUGCGGCAGGCCAAGGAGGCUAUAGCCCCCGAAUUCUCCUCUAACCCCCUCAACAUUUCUUACAACUUCUCUGAAAAUAAGCAGAGGCAAUUAAAGGUUUUCUAGUCACCUUUUAUUUCUAUGCAAAAACGUACAGAACAAGUGCAGUUUAACCCCCUUAGCUCCUCCCCCCACAUCCUACGCCCGAGUAUUUCGACUAUAUCGUAUUCAACUGUUAUUAUUAUUUUACGCGACACUAUAUAUAUAUAUAACAUAAAUACGGGUAUAUGUUAUGUAUGUUUUAUCGUAACUGUGGUAUGGCGUGUUUUUUCGGCGGUUUUUUCACCGGUAUGACCGCGCGUAAUAAAUAAUAGUGCGUUCGAUUUUUAUUAACACCGUAGUUGUUGUUUAUGCGUGUUUUAUUUUUUUAUUUUACAUAUAUAUUUCUGUACCUAUACACUUUAUAAUAUUAUAAUGUACAACGGGAGUACCUAUACUAUUCGCCUGCGCUGUCGAGUGCGGUCGCCUUAAAAAAAAAAAGAAAAAAAAAAAAGAAAACCGUAUUCAAGUAGGUACGGUACCUAAUAAUUUGUCGUCGUUAUGUCCUGAAAUUCGUGUUCGGACGUUUUAUUAAAAAACAAAAAAAAAAUCAUAUAGAGGACGAUAAUAUUAUGUUUAUUGUUUGUAUAGCGGUCGGGCUUUCGUCAAUGCGAAAUUCUCAUCGGUAAUUCGUAGUAAAAAAAACCAAAGAAUAUGCAACGCGUGACGAUUACGCAGUUUCUUCUGCAAUUACGCAUUUAUCGGUUAUCGGUUAAAAUAAAUUCGUAAUCGGAGGUCGUCGAGAUCUUGAAGAAUUGUUUCCUCAGGAAAAAAAAAGAAAUCUAAACUGUUACUGUCGAGUAUAGUUCGACGCAGACGGACAAAAAUAGACUAUUUUUUAUUUUUUUUUUUUACCGAAAUAGACUGCAUCUUUUAUUCACACGGUCUAUAUAGUACAUUUUUCACUGCUCUCGGUGUUUUUAUUUCAGCAAUUCGAAAAAACCACUCUUCGAUAACGCUGAGUUUUUCGUCUUAUAAGUACCUCCGAACAUUAUCGAACAACCAUCCGAUGUCUAUGCGUGGAAAUAGUCGAAUUUUGUCUUAACCUAAAACAACCGAAUUGCACACUCGGGUCGGAGAUACGCAAAUGCACUUAGGCCAUUAAAAAUUAUUCUCCGAGAUAAUUUGCCGAGCUUAAAUAACGAUUUUUAAUCAUAAACAUAUUAUAUACCCCUAUACCUAUACAUUAUGUGCAGAUCGUUUUUCCUAUAAAAGUAUAGGAAUAAACUUAAUUUUAAAUCGGGUACCGCGCUGGAAUCGCAUUAGACCCGUUAUUCGGACUUCUGUUUUAUACAGUCGGUAAGUUCGUUUGCAUUUCGUAUAAUUGUUUCGUUAAUCGAUUCAGAAUGGCGCGGUGACACUAUAAUACACUACUGACCUUAGUUGUUUAGAUGUUGAAUAAACAUUAUUUAUUAGUUUUGUCGUUAAUUACGACUGUUAUCAUUUUGGUAUUCUCGUUUGAGGUUGACGUGUCGUCUCGAAUUUUCGUUACUCACAAAUUACGAACACGUGUCCUGGUGUACAGAUAACCAACAACUGUGUACGGCCCGAUGAAAAUGGAUUAGAAAACGAAUGGUCCAGUUCGGAAAUUCAUAUUCCGUUUCUGGUAAUAUUGUAGGCAUAAUACAAAUAUCGAUUAUUGUUUUUAUUGUAUUUUUCAACCGUUUAAACCGGGAAUAACGGAAUUAAACUUUUUUCGUAAGAAUUACGAAAUUGCGACGUUCUGCGUGCGAUCCGACUUUACCUGUCUGGGCGAAUCGGCACGAAUGAAAAAAAAAAAUAAUUGUCUGCCGUAUUUCGUGUUAUUCGCAGCGGUCCAACGGUUUUCGUUGCAUUAACGGUGGCGCGUUUCGAGCAGGACAAAAACCCGGACCUUACGAGUACACACUGUACGCUACGUACGCGUUUCGGAAAUAGACCGAUCUACACGGUUACGAGACUCGGGUUUUCCGAAAAUAAUGAAAAAAUAUCGUGAACGCCGGCGGAAAAACACGCUAUACUAUCACCACAAUAUUUUACGAUAAGCUCUUUGUAUAUAUAUGUACAGAUGUACGUAACAUAAUGUUUACGAUCCGGUCAUCUUUUUAAUAACCCGUGCACCGGGCACGCAGUUCAACGGCCGUGCGAUAUCAAACGUUACGAUUUUCCAAAGAAUAUAACAAUAAAAUAAACGAGUAUUAAAUCGGUAUUUUACCGUUGCGUCCGUUCCGUUACAGGUGUUGUUUUAAAUCCUUUAUUUAAACCGCGGUCUAACGGCUGCGCUUAUUCGGAUGAUAAAUAAUUAUUUGGUCGGCGGGAAAACGUACCGGACAAAGUUCAUUCCGACUAUCGUUUUAUAUCAGUCGACAAACCGGACAGUAAUGACGAUUUAAGAGGUCUCCGCCGUCUCCGGUGACCGUCCGACCCGCACCGCGGCUAUUAUAGACCGUUUUUUAUAUCUAUUACAGGUAUAAAAACGGUCGCGCGACGUGGAAAAACAUUUCGACCGCGAAAUGUUCUUAUCGCAGCCUUUUUUAAAAAAUUGUUUUAUAAAAAACACGGCUGUUAUAUCAAUGGCCGUGUCAAAAACCUGCGGUUACGCAGCGCGAUCCGGUGCGAGCAAUACUAAUUUAUUGGAUAUUAGAGGUAAACCCAUCAGUGUAAUAUAGUUAAGUCAAUGUACGCGUAUAAUACCGCAUUAUAGUUCGCGGGAAAUACACAGGGUGCACUGACGGUGCGCAGGUAUUUGAUAAGAGCUUUCGGUGCCGGUUUUUCCAGUAGUAGCAUAGUCCGUCGCGCAAUCACUUAUACAUCCAUAGCCGUGUUAUUUAUACACGACUCUAGUGCAACGGACGUUUUCAGCGACGCAAUUCGUUUGGUUAUAGUAGUUUUCGGUUUUAACCGUGGUUCGCACGAUGACUUCAUUUUUUUUUCUGCGUGUGUGUGUUUUACGACUGCGAUAAAAGCAUUUUACAAGUAUGCGUUUGUACGAGUAGAUCCGAACGGCGAUGCUGCACCCGUCCGAAACGGUGUCAAAUUGGUUUAUCGACAGACGGGGAGCGCGCGUUUCAUUUAUACGGACGAACAGAAAAAUUGAUCGUUUGCGCGCAAAUGUGACCUAUUUUUUUUUCUCCCUGCAUUAAAACAAUAUAUAUAUAUAUAUAUAUAUAUAGGUAAGUACUAUAUUAUUCCCGUUUGACGGACGCGUAAAAAGAUAUCCCUUCCAGACCCUGUGUCGACACAGUUCGUCGUAUCGCAACAAUUCGAUUAGCUAUAUAUAGAUACGUAUCUUGUCAUAUCUAAUAGAUUGGAUAUCCGAUCUACGUAUGCAUAAUAAUAUGCAAUAUAAUAUAUUAUACACAUGUUCGUGUCCUAAUAAUUGUCCCGUGUACUAUAUAUUGUCAGACGUCUGCUUUUCGACACGGUUUCCAGAAAACACCCUUCCCCCCAUCGAUGAACAUUGAACGAGUUAAUUACGGACACACCUGUAUGUAUAGUUUUAUUAUUUUAAUGUGAUUUCGUCGGAACCGAUUGCUAUAUGUGGCUGGCUGUGGUACACCGACACCCGGGAACCGUUUCGUAGGCGUAGUGCGUUGGAACUACAGGUUGCAUAUAAUAUGUAAACAUAAUGUACGUUAGAAAUCGGUAAAAAACAAAAACAAGAUGCUAACACUGGGGAUGGGAGUGGCAACUGUUGUAGAUGAGAAGUUGGGAAUGUAGGAUACAUCAGGUUAUUUCAUUUAUAUUUGUAUGCAACGAUAAACCAUUGCUUGACGAAAGACGAUUCCUAGCGCAGUUCGGUAAUACAUAAUUUGAAGUGCCGUGAAAUGCAAAAAUUAAAAUUCCUCAAAAGCUCAAAAGUUUUGGCAACGAUACCGUAAGAAAGUAAAUCGAAAAAGCAACAAAAAUGGUGUUUUGUGAUUUUUCGAUUAAUAAUUUUUCUCUGAUAGAAAACGUGUGGUCCGUGUUUUUAUAAAAUAAUGAAAUCGUGAAAUUGUCCGUUUCCCUACGUUUUUUCCCCAUUUAAGUGCUUUUAUUUAAAAAAUUGCGUCGAAAAUCAAAAGAUGACUUCUCCAAAGUGCAAUCUAGACAACUUUCAGAAAAGUUGAUACACGUAAAAGUCAGAGCAAGUUUACUAGGAAAAAACCGUGUUCGCAGACUAGAACAAAGAAAAAAAUAAAAAUAAAUAUCUUAGUAUAACCAAUAGCUCCGUCGCUGCGUUCGGGAUCCAAAAAGUUCCAAACGUCCAAACGGUCUCCGUAAAAAAGCCGGCAAUCACAUCACGCAUUCGUGGCAGCGCCAGCCUUCGUUCGAUUUAUUUAUCAAAUAACUUAUUUCUCUUGUACAGUAAGUACGUCAACGGCGAAAACAACCGACGUAUUCUCGUUUUCUAAAAUUGCAUCAUAGCGCACGCGUUAAUAAAGCCGCAAACAAUAACGGCACAGCUACUAUAUCAUAACGUAUACUAACUAACAUAUAUGUACGUAUAUAUAUAUAUAUUAGGCAGCAGUAGUUUUUUAUUCCUUUCGAAUAUGUAUGUAUGAAAGGCUUGUAAAUCUUUUCUCGCGGUUUUCACAUAAUAAUGCGAUGUAUGGAAACCGCGUUUAUGUGUUACAUUAUAUGUCAGCUGUGUUUUCUUGGACGGCCGUUUUAUUACAAUACCGACUUUGCAAUCUUAUACGCACGUGGCCCUGGAAUUGUUUUUUUUUUUCAUUGCGUUUCCGCCCACGUAGAUUCUCGGCGCUGUUUAUUAGCCUCCAUGUUUCAGUUAACCGCACCUGCUGCACGUAUAUACGUCAUUCAUAUCAUAGGUGUGCGCGAAUACUGUGUAUAGCAAGGCGACAGAUAUAUUUUUUGCCAAUGUUCUCUAACGCCUACCUAACCCUAAGGGCGUUUUUCCCCGUCGAAGAAAUCGCUCGCUUCCGGCACGUCGGAAUUCGGAUACGCAUGUACAGGAAACACCGUCGUAUUAGCUAUUUUUUUUUUUCUUUGACGGUUCUAAAGCCGGAUCGAGGGGAGCCAUUCGACGGGCUCAAAGAGAACGCCCGCAGUUUACAAGUAAUGCGUUUUUCAGACGAUUCGGUCCGCCGGGUCCUCUGCCGGUCUUGUUUCCGGCUGGUUUUAAAAGAUUUAUUCGAUAAUAAUAUUAUAAUAUAUUUAUUUCCGUAUACAAUCGUUUCCCAUGAUUCGCGGUCAUCAUCGACCGUGUCAUCGUUAAAUCUAAAUGUAUAACAGAUUGUUUGCGGAUAAUUUGAUCCACAGCCGAACCAAGCUGAGCAAAAAAAAAAACGAAAAUCCUCUAGUGUGGGGGCGAGCUAUUGUUGCGCAACUGUGUUCCCUUUAUAUAUUAUAUAGAACAGUUUGGUUAACCGCCAAACGACAGUAUCGGCAAAAACCGCGGCGACGGGUCGGAACGUCGUCGUCGUCGUCGUCGUCGUCGUCGACGUCGUGUAAUAAUAACCGAACGCGUAUAACUAUAACGAUAUCGCGAAACAGAAAAGGAUGUCGUGUAUGGUUUUUUUUUUUGUUCGGCUACUUCUCCCAGCUAUCACGAUAAUAAUUAUGCGACGUUGCGGAAACUGCGGAUCGCCGAAAAUCGACGAGCGAUUCGGUAAAACCGCGCACCGCGCAUCUCGAGUGACUAAGUAGAAACGAUGGCCGAAGAAGUAGAAAAAAAAUAUUCGAAUUCGCUUUAGAAUAAAUUUACCACAUGCGCGGUACCUAUACCACAUGUAUGGUAUUCAUUGCGUGACCGCGAAACACCGGGGAAAAUGACAUUUCGAAGUGAUUUUCGAAAGGCAAAAACUUUACCAAUACACCGCGCGUAAACCAUAAUAAUAUAUUCUCGAGUGAAUCUCGUCGACGUGUUUCACAAUAAUACUGUCAAUGUUCCGGUCGAUUCUAUCGACGAAACAACCCUAUCUCGUACUAUUAUAGUCGUAUUAACUAAUAGCGGAUUGCUCAUUUUAUAAUACGUCCUUUGGAUCGCCAGAAAAUUAGACAACUGUCCGGUAAGCGAAAAACAGUGUCCGGGACGAACGAAAUUAAUUCGUCGCGUUUUAUUCGCCACAAACUGAUUGGGCAUCGCGUGAUUUAUCGUCAAUGAUAGUAUCACAUAGACAAACUGUAUUGUUAUAAAUCUAUAUUAUCUGCGGCAUUAAUAUUUUAUCGAUAUGCUGUUCGUUGUAAAAAAAAAAAAAACAAAGAACGUUUCUUUUUUGCUUUAUCGAAUGUAAUCCUGUUCAUUUUCACGCAGCGCGCUGUCCUGUCCACCUGUUAAUUAGACCCAUGGAAAUUUAACUGUAUUUCACGUAUUAUUUGUUGGAAACGACUGUGUUAUUACUUAUUAUAUAAACCGUAUACAGACUGUAAAACAUCGUUUAUGAAUACCGAGCUCUGUCCAUUCGAACAAACUCUGUUUUGUUUUAUAUUGUUUCGCCGCUAUAGUGCAUAUUAGACGCCUAUGCACAUUUGAUGACGUGCAUAAGGACGUGACAGGUAUAUAACGUAUUUCUUGUUAAAAGCGUACGCUUUUUUCGACCAACAAAAAAAAAAAAAACUUAUCACAAAUAUUAAUAUAUUUCGAGAAAAAAAUACCCGCGUCUAAACGACUCGUACGCGUAGUAAACAUCGUUUUCUGUUAUAAUAGGUUUUUAUUUUUUAUAGUAUCGACUACCGCCCCCUCCCCCUCACCCGUUUUUACGGAUAUCUAUGUUAUAAUACCUAGUAUUAUACUCGUACGUAUGUUUACGGGAUUCGUUAUGUCGCGGUUUGUGUGUUAUUUUUUCCUAAAUGUAUUUUUAAACUCGUCUUCUUGCCGUUUGUUAUAACGGCGGCGACUACGUGUGCGCGACGCGUUUCGCGUUGUUCCGUAAAAAUAGAAUCGGUUAUUAUCGCGCGUAUAAGAUUUCCGCCGUCUUCGUAACGCUGCGCGUUGUGUUUUAACGUUCCGCGGCUUCGCUAUAAUAUUGUUUUUUUCCCCCGUUUUUUCACCCCGACACUUUGAUGUCUUUAUAGCCGCGUUAUUAUUAUUAUUUUCAUUACAAUCGCGGUCUGCCGGAGACGGCGGCAGAAGAAAAAAAAAAUACACUGUUUCUAUGCGGGGCGGGCGAAUAACACGGGAUCAUUAUAAUAUGGAGUGCGCGUUAUUAAAAAAAAAAAAAAAAAAAAAAAAAAAAAAAAAAAAAAAACACAAAAAUAAAAAUGAGAAAAAUAAACAACACUACGUUGUAUUUUCAUGUACUGGAAAAAUUCAACCGUAAACUAGUCUGCGGAAAAUUACAUACACACCACAACCGAACGGAGGACCGUUAUGAUAUCCUCGGUCGCCGUUAUUGUGCACCAACUCGUAUAUACCGUCGUUUCGUUAUUUUAUCUGUAUGCGGAUAAUAUUAAUUAUUAAAACACGGAUUCGUCACUAUCGGCGUUCUCCUAAUGAUAAGAAUUCGAGACCUCAUUUUGUUUGUUCCACAAACCGUAUAGUUGUAAUACAAGAAGUGUAUUUUGUUGUAAAAUUUAUGUAAUUAAUAGAAACUAUGUAAAAAACGAAAUAUAUUUUUAUAGACGUUUCUUCACUAUGUCUACGCGUAUUAAAGUCGAACGUUUUAAUCAUAAAAUAAUUAUUUUGGCGGUUUCUCUUUGCGAUAAUUGAGAGCCUCAAUAGUCUCUCCUUAAAUUUCCCACCGGGACCGCGACCUCAAAUAUAUUUUACAUCAUAUGCGAGGCUUAUCCGCGUUUUCAUUAUCAUAGAUGCAAUUAAUGUGACGUCAUACUGUGUGAUAACGAUCCCUAUCAAGUAUGAUUGGCUCCAAACGAAUACAAAUGUACAUAAUACCAACUGUAAGUAGGUAUAGUAACUUAUAAAUAUAUAUAAGGUAACACUUUAUAUAUAAGGUGUUCUUAUAGUCUAGUCUUUAGAUAUAUUUUAUUUUAUUGCUAAAAUUUCAUUUAACUCUUAUUUGUUGAUAUAGUGAAAUUUUAGUUUCUAAUUAAUUGUAUAAGAGUUUAAAAAUAUUGUGUGUGUGUGUGUGUUUUUAACUGGACUGUUAAAUCGCUUGGAACCAAAUGAUCCAAUUACUGAUACGAAUAGUAGGUAUACUAAUAAUUGCCAUAAUAACUUAUAAUUCUCUUAAUAUAAAAUUAUCAUAGUAUUAUUAUCGUCAUAACGUCAUAGAUCUGGGUGUGAUCAUUCUUAACUUAUCAGUGUUCCGGGAUUGAUUUAUAAAGUGAGGCGUUUUCCAUUUUCUUUUAUAGCUUUAUACAUAUCAGCUAUGGUGGGAACUGAUAAUUCGCCAUAGUUUUCCGCUAUCCAUUUAUUUAUUAUCUACGGCCGUAUAUCGAGUCGUACAAAUGUUAGAAACACGCGGUUUUUUUUUUUGUAAUAUUAUCUGAAUAAUAACCGAUUACGAGGAAAGUAUGAUAUAACAGUAUAUGUCGGCGUAUUCGCGUAUCCAUAUACAAUAUGAUAUCGUUAAGAUCGUCGUUGAACAAUAUCGUCGGCGUAGUAAAAAUAAAAUUAUACCGGUGAAAACUUCUGUCGUAUUCCGGAAUCGUAUAGUUAAAAAAAAAAAAAUAAUAAUAAUAAAGAAAGAGAAAAAGGAAAUGCGUUUUCCGCGGAAAAUUGUCGAUUCGUGCGUGUGACGUGUUCGUGGUACAUUAUUAUUCUCGUAUCUUGUGUAUAUCUAUAUAAUAUAUUUAGAGUAUCUCUAUCGUGUUUUCGUGACGUAGUCGAAUGUUAUAUUGUAUAACGGCCAGCUUUUUUACCCUGCAGGCACCCGGCUUUGUCAUGUCAACUUGAAAAUUAUGUCUUGAAUUAGUUCCUUAUUCGCUGUAAUUUGUUACGCGGAAUUUUAAAUUUUUUAUCUCGUUUUAACUCCCUAAAAUUGUCAUUUUAUUUUUAAGUACUAAGGGAAGCUCACCCCGGCACUAGAAUAGGUAAAAAAAAAGAUUAACCGGAAACCAUAGGAGGUUUUAGAGAUAACCGAUUCCGAAUAUCGAUUACAAAUUACAAUAAAUAAAUUAUUCAUUUGUGAUCUAAUUUUCAAGUCCGAUGCUAGGGGGUUGUAACGGCCGGAACCGUAACGUAGUGUAACUAUUAAUAUUGGUUUUAAGAGUUUUAGGAAAUUUAUACAAAACAAAUUAACCUAUCUGUUGGUCCAAACUUGAUUAUGUUUCAAAGAAUUAAUAGUUAGUGUGUAAUGUGUAUUCUAUAAGUGUAUAACAGCUAGAACCUCCUUAUGGGAAGGGAUCGUUUUAAGUCGCAGUACGGAGGCCCGUUGAAAUAUUAAUACUUUGUUGUAGAUUUUAUUAGAAGUAAUGACGACGAAUUUAUUACCCAAUGAUUUUUUUUUUUAUUUUUGCUCAUUAUCAAAAUAAGGUCCCAUACAAAUAUUUAAGUACAGGAGCCCGACAUUUUAUGUGGGGCCCCUGACUGGCAACUAGUCGAUGUAAAACCACGACGGAUAGUAUACUGUCUGUGCGCCCGGGGUACCUAUAUUAUACAUAGGUAUUAUUAUUUUAUCCGCUUAUUUUCGGGGUAAAACUAAAAACGAAAAACUUUUUCGACGGGAACCGCGAGAACCCGCGGGCUAUACUCCUCGACAUUACAAUAUUGCAUAGUUAUAUACUCGGGAGGUCUCGUUUUUAUCCAGAUUCGUUUUUCAGUCGUUUUGUUGGUUAUAUUGUCGUAUAAUAUUAUGUAUCGGUUAAAAAAAACUGUCGGUAAUCUCGAGAUAAAAAUCCGCUCCGAAUGAAUAAGUACCGCUGGGUGAAAAAUCCUCGUCUUUUUGCUGUAUGACCGCGGUAUAUAUUAUAUACACGCGACUGUGAAAGUUUUCGAAAGUUUUUAACGAAAAUCUCCAGAGAAAAAAAUAACCGCACAACUCUGCAGUAAAACCCUAUAAUAUCGCCUUCUUAUUGUUGCCGUAUAUAGUUGGUUCGCUCAGAGUACGAAAUCGAUACCUAUAUAUAUAUAUACGACCAAUGGCGUACCGAUGAUACGGGGUGGCACUACGGCGGCAAUGAGCCAUGGGCCCAUGCCUUUUAGAGGCCCCCAAAUCAGGGCCCCGGGUAUUAUUUUUCAGAGGAUGGACGGUUGAAUAAAAUAUAUAUAUAUAUAUAUAUAAAACAUGCGAUCAUGCCGAUGUUUUGCUAAAUUGAUGUGGGGGGGAGGUGUACACAUACUUUUUUUUUUUUUUGCUUAUCGGCCCUUUUUCUUUGUUGUUUAUGAUACAUUUUGAAGAUAUUUUAGACCGAAAUUCAGUAAAACAUUUUUUUUUUUUUUUUUAAGUAGUUUUUUUAUAGAUUCAGUUUUAUAUUCAAUAACGUACGGUUUGAAUCAGUUCUUUCACCGACCUUCACACCUAUAUAUAUACAUUUCCAAUAUCUAUAAGGUGUAUGUAGAGUCAGUAAAUUAGUCGAUUUAAUUAACUGCCCAUGUUUGCCCCUUGGAAAACUGUAAUACCAUGUUGAGUUCCGGCCGCCCUUUUUUUAAUAUCAAACCAUUGUGCGCGACCGACAAUCGGUCUCGCUAAAAUCCGCAGGCAUACGGCACGGCGUGCCGUAUCGUCGACAAUCGUCAGAUCCGUCCGCCGUUGUUUGUCGGAACAGCCGCGUUAUUUUUUUUUUUUUUAUAAUAAAAAAUAAAUAAAAAAAAAAACAGUACCGUGAGAUAAUAUUAUAAUUAUGCAGAACGAAAGUAACGAAUAUAAUAUAGUAUAAUACACCGGAGGCCACGCGGGUCUCCUCUACGCCGCUGUCGCCGGGCGCUUUUUUCGCGCUGUUAACGCGGGCGACCGAACGAAACGACGACGACCGCGCGAUGUCCGCGAAGCGUCGCGUGGUUACCGACGUCGAUGAAGACGGUGUAAAAGUGUUUUUUUUUUUAAUUUUUUUCAAUCCUUUUGUCGGAUUGUGUACCCGAGACGACGACGACGGCACGACGAAGUUUGGCAGGUAUACGCACUUGUCGAGUCGUUGACCCCUCGCGGCGGCUGUGCGGGUAAACCACCGCCACCGCCCCCGUCGUCUACGCGUACCUGCCGUUAGUGUUGCACGCGCACGCGCGUUCGCCCGAACACGCCAUUAACCCGUUUUUUGUUUUGUUUUUUUUUUUCUUAAAAAAACUUUUUUUUUUCAUCGCGUAGAAAAAUAAUCAUCGAAAAAAAACACUACCACGGUAUAUACACACGAGAGACGCCCGUAUUAUGAACACGUUCGCCGUAUAAUUCACAUAACGUCAUGUAAAUUAAUAAUAUGAUAUUUUAUCGCCGCCGCCAAGUUUCGAUACAGUUUGCCGUGUCACCGUUUGUUUGUAACGUAGACGUUGGCGUUUUCAUACGCAUACUCGUACUACACGUUCACAGAAUACCUUACAUCCCACUUACACAGGGCGAUACGCUUUAAACGUGUUCACCCCAUUUUUACGGAUACAUUUUGCAUAAUGUAUUCAAAUAAUAUUUGAAAUUUUUAAGCGUAUAUAUAUACAGUUAAAGCCGAUAUUUUCGGAUGAAAUACGUUCGGACGAUAAAUUUUUCGUCUAAAAUACUGUUCGGAUACUUAACGCGUUCCCGUUUUAGUUACUAUUCGGAUAGGUAAAACGUAGUAAUCAGCAUUGUUCUGAUACUUACCCUCGAAAACAGCUAAUUCCAGUUAAAUCUCUAAUGCAAUUUCAAUCGUAUUUUACAACAUUGGCCGGAAAAACCCACAACGAACAAUCACCACGCGUAAAUGAAAAAAUAACUUCUUACGGCUAUAAGAAAAUACAAUUUUGUGCAAUUUUCCACACCACCUUGGCUAGGCAAACGACUAUAAUAUCAUUAUAAUGUCGUUAUUGGUUGACGUCAUUCCAAAGCACGGGGUAUUGCACGAGACGCGUUUUUUUUUUUUAUAACGGUGUCCCCAAGUAGGCUUUAUCCACCAAUCGCACGGCAGAACUAAUUAUACUAUUGGGUUACUUGUUAAGAAUUAUUCGAUAUAUGAAUAGUUCUGUAUGUAUUAUAUAUUAUGAAUGAAUCGUCGAGUACGUUUUCGGCGGUUGUAUAAUAUUUAAAAUAAAAACUGUUUCUAUACAUUUUAUUAUUGUCUUGCGCUAGAUUGAUCACUCUACGUAGGUAUAAAAUGUAAUGCACAUUACAAAGAACAAGUAAUUGUUAAUUGAUAAAAUUCUAUGUGUUAGAAGGCCAAGAUACUAUAAAAACGGCCACUAUAAAAACCUCCAGGCAAAUUACCGAAAUCCAUACUUAGGAUAACGGGGACGGGUGCAGUUGAUUUAAUAUACACCUGUUUUGCCAUAGGUACAUCUAAUUAAAAACCGAUAAUAUAAUAUAUUAAAAUGUAUAAAAAUAUAUAAAUAUUAUGAAAAAUAAUAUAAAUUACGAUGGUUGCAUUUUAGGAUACCCUUUAUUAAUUAAGUUAGGCACCCGUGUAAAUUACGUAUCGAUUUUUUAGCUAUAGAGUAAUAAUAAUUAAUUAAGUUGGUAUGUUUUAUUUUUACUUUUUUAACCAGGAAAAAAAUUAAAUUAAAUUUCGCCAAAUCAAAUUUGCCAAGCGAUUGCUACAGUUGAUUGUGGAAAAGUAGAAAACGUAGGUUCUUCGAAGAAAAGCCGGCAUAUGUGUGCAAUUGCUUGUAAAAGAUUCUGUAUGAGCUUCUUAACAAUCAAUCCAAGAAUGGCCAAAUUAUUUAACAGUUACUGUACCGAAACUAGAUCCAGUCCCUCGGCGUGUGUUUGUCUUUAUGAGAAGUGUACAACGAAGUUAGUGCAAAACAAAUUUGCGAAUCGAUUGCCACAAUUUAACAAAGAAAAGUGGACGACACAGGAUUUUCGAUGAAUCACCUUAUGUGAUUAUUAAGUUUCAUCAAUAAUGGGGACGGGUGCAGCCAUUGAGAGGCUAGGCCAUUCAUAUGGUAAUGGGCUAAAUACAACUAUUGGAAGACUACUAGUAACACCCCAAACUAGAAUAAACAGUUUCAGUCAUAAAGAUACAGAAGAAUGAACUCGAGUGGGAUAUAUCUUAAUUUUAUAAGAGAGAAAAGACGGAGGCUUUAUACCUGGAUGAUAGAAGCAAUACCUGCUGAUCUCAACCCUGGUGAAUUGUUUUCGUCGGCCAUAGAUGUUGGUAAAUCUAAUCGAACUGAAAAUAGGUACACACAUUUAUCGCAGUCUUUCGGGUCACACAAGACCGCGAUUGCAAAAGAAAGUAAUGCAUAUUGAGAAUGAGAUGGAUUAUAUUAAAUAUAAUAAUUUUGUUAAAAGUACAAUAAAAUAAUAUAAAAUGUAUGUUGUUGCCAUAAAAGUUAUAUUAACCAAUAAUAUUAGAACGGUUUUUUUUUUUCUUAACUGAUAACGAAGUACAAAAAUGAUGUAACUGUGAUGUUAUAGUACUUGUUUGGAUUGAAAGCUUUUGGGUUCACAAAAAAAAAAAAUAAUAAUAAUAUUAAUAAUAGAAACUAUUGAAAAACGCCAAAUAUAUUUAUUUUCCGUGUGACCAAUCCGACCAACGCGUUCCUUGGUCAAAUUUUUGAUUUCACCAUUUCUUCACUAAAAUACGCCAGGUGUAGAAACGCGUAUUCUAGGAAUUUUUCACCGACACACACUAGAAAUUCGUUUAGUUAUACUGGUAUGAAUUUCCCUUUAAAAUAAUUUUUUUUUUCCUCGUAAACGUCCAAAAAGACUAACGAUACCGACUCGGGCUGUCGGGCGAGACUACCGCAAGAUAAUAAUAAUAUUAUUAUUAUAGACAUGUGCAGUUUACCGCUUUGUCACGAAAUCCCCGCGAUAAUGAAAUCGUAUUGUCUACGAUAUAAUAAAUAGGAUAUAUUAUAUUGGCAUAUACUCGUAUAUAGUAUACAACGAUACGUAUUUUUUUACGUGCGGUCAAUUGAGUUUCGAUUUUUCCGCUCCGCCUUUGCAAAUAACGCUAAUCGCGCGGCGUCUGUCGGGUCGUAUUGUUUUUGUACGCGCGCACGCACGAAAACCGAAUAAUAUUUUCGACGAUAUUUCAUCGAUAAUAAUAUAAUCGUUACCUCUACUAUAUCGUAUUAUGUUCCAAGACGUGUUUUCGUCGCCGUCGCGUCUACGUUGACUGAAUAAUAUACGGUAUAAUUUAUUAUAAUGUUUUCGACGCCGACUUCGAAUCGCAUAACCGCGCGAAACGUAAAUUUACGGAAGGACACAAAAAAAAAAAAAAAAGAAAGAAUUACGAUAUUGUACGUUUCGCCGCUGCGCUAAGUGAAAUUUUAUCUCCGCGUCGAUAGACCGGGUAUUAAAUUUUCGGAGCGUUUUUACUGAACCGUAAACGUUCGGCUAGGCCAGGUUAGGUGGUUAAAUGGUCGGGCGGUGGAACUAUGUAGGACGCUAAUCUGCCGGUUACACUUUGCCGGGAAAGUCGACAAAAUCACUCCUCCCCAUCUUAAUUAACGUUAGCUGGCGCAACCAUCGAAACAAACCCGUUCGUUGUACGCGGAGAUAAUAUGAUACAAACGGGAAUGUAUAUUUUAUAAUGUCGCGAUAACAAGUAAAAAACACAUCUCACUCCGGUCGUCGCCGCUGGUGUUCACUUCAGGUCGCGCUGUAAAUAAACAUUCGGGCUUAUCUGCACCGAUCGGUCUGUACGAUUUUUUUUUUUUUUUUUUUGUAUUUUGUUACUUUUUUUUUACUUGGCGCUGUAUAAUAGGCGUUAGUAUACAGUCGGUGUACAUAUUCCUCCCCCUUUCCCCCCGAAUUGGUCGUUUAAAGCCGUUCGCAUCGUAACGCAUUGUUUUGGAUUAUGUUUUCAGCGCGUAACAACCGGACGUCUACGACUUCGAAAAAAAAAACACUUUUCAUUCGGUCCCGAACGCGUCCGCGAUUUUGGUGAUGUCUGUUGCGUGCACGCAAUCGGUGCCCGCCCGGUGUAACAAAAAAAAAAAUCCUGUCUAGUACCUAAAGUGAAAAAAUAAUUUUAAAAAAAAAAAACCGAAAAAACACUAGUACGCCGCGUCGGUUUUAUACAUUAUUUAUUAUUAUUAUUAUUAUUAUUAUUAUUAUCGAUACUGCAAUGUGACGUACGCAUAUGUCGAACUGCUGAGUCUUUUUUCGUCUCGCGGGAAUCGCUUCCGGCGGCUGCGGCAUCGACAAAGUAACACAAUAUCCGAUGAGUUUUAUAUUACCAUUACCAUUAUUAUAAAGGCGACGACGGAUUGGAGGAGAAGAGUGUAUUAGGUGCAUUAUACGAUUUUUUUAUUAUUAUUAUUAUUAUUAUUACCCGUCUUCGUCGUCGUGUUAUUAUACGUGUGGGCGUCUGACGGCUAUACAAUGUGCGUACGUAUUAUAUACAGGGUGUGUCCCGCCGCGGUGUUUGACGGAUUUUUCUAGAGCUGCAAAAUAUUCAAUCGUUUUUUUCGAUUUGAAUUUAUUUGCAAUCCGAUUUUCGUCGAAGGCGUAUAGUAGCGUCUGCUGUGCCUCGAAAAAUUCUGUUUUUUUUAUUUUCGUCCACUAUAAACGCUAAACAAAUGUAGAAAUAUUGAAAAAGUUAUAAAUAUUCUGGCGGACGAGGACGCUUAAUAUUACUUACGAUGAUACAUUGUAAAUUUCAGAACAACACCGUUUACGACACAACCGAUUUUGCAUUGCAAUCAAACGGAAAAUGUUUAUUUUUUUGAAUUUCUGUAUUUUAGCGAUCGGAAUAUGAAAACAAAAAGCGAACUCGCGUGCUUCCGCCGUAAGAAAAGCAAAUUGAAAAAUAAAAACAAUUUCCGAACAGCUAUCUUUAUUAAAACACGUUGAACACGGGGUGGGACACUCUGUAUAUUUGUACGUAUACAGGUUGAUUUUUUUUUUCAUGAACCAACAAUUAUCUCAGAGGAUUUUAAGUGAAUUAUAGAGUAUAGGGAAGGGCAAUACAUUACCUAUCUAUAACCCUUCCCUAUUCCUCUAAACUUCUAAACUUUAACCUGCAGUUACAAUUCAUAAACGGUGAAUCUGAUAUUAUUAGUGUUAUGCAUCUCAAAUUGUCUAGACAAAUAUUCUCUAUUCGUAUCUGUGUUCAAAAAUAGGGAUUCCUGUUUGAAAAUCAAAAGUAUAUACAUACUUAUUUAAAGUAUAUAUAUAUAUGGAAUAGGGGUAAAAGGUUAAAAAUGGUUUUGAUAUAAAUCCCAAAGUAUUCCAUACAUUAUGAUCAGUGAAACAUAAAUCGAAUUCAAUAAAAAAUCCCCGGAGAUAAUUGCUGCAUCAUGAUAAAAAAAAAAUCACCCUGUAUGUAUACACGAGCGUUGUAUAUCGGCAGUAUUGUAUAUUAUGUAAAUAGGUAUAUAUAUAUGUGUGUAUUUUUUUUCCCCAUUCACGUCCAUAUAUACCUAUAUAAACGCACGAGCACACCGGGAUUUUCAAACGGCGGCGCCGAUUCGAGGCCGAUAAUCGGCCGGGGCGGCGGUGGCGGCAGCUGACGGGAAGAUUACGUAUUAUUUUUAUUGAAAUAAAAACGCGGUCGGUAGGGCGCCCGGUUGUCGCGCUCAACAGGUCCCGGCCGGCUGUCGCCGCCGCCCGUUUACGAAAUCGAUCGACGACCUUUUUCACGGGCACCGCCGCCGCCGAUCGCCGUGUUCGCUACAAUAUCAUUUCCCUUAACCCGUUGGCCGCGUUUCGCCGCCCGGCUGCCGUCUAAAGCACACUGUUCUCUUCAUAUCUGAUGAUGUGUGUUUCAAUCUGUCUACGGUCGUUACCAAAAAAAAAAAAAUUCAAAAUUAAACCGCCGAUAAACAUUAAUAAUUUAGUUAACUCGGUUCGGAUUUCCGAAAAUUGCAUUUUCCCGCCCGUCUGUGUUUUUGUCGAACAAUCGCUAUCACCUCGGUGUAAGUACACGUGUGCUGCGGACGAAUACAAUACGAUAACCGCGUGGAUUAUCGAAUUACAUUAAUGAUUAUACACUUGCGACGCCGAUUGCGAAUAAAACACUCAGCAGCGAGCGGCCGUAACAGGGAGACCGCGCGUGUCGUGGGCUGCGACUCAACCCUGAAUAUCGACCGGGAUUGUUACGGCCCCCGGGGGCGAAAUAUAAUUUUCCCGCCCCACACACGGGGUGUUUACGCGGGUACGCCGAAACGUUAAACGCUUGUUACCGGCCAUGACCUUCAUUACGCUUCCUCUUUCCUCUGAUAUCGGCCACCUAAAAUCGUCAACCGUGUAACGCCGCCGAAAUUUUGCAGAAGGAUUCUAAACGCGAUUGUACCGAAUACGAUUUCGACAUUUCGCGGCGCGGCAGAGUAUAACGAACGAAGAAGACGAAUUAAGGAAAAAUGGCAAAUUCGGAAAAAUCGCAACAACAAUAUGAGGUGUGGUUUGCGUCGGGCCGUGUACUGUAUAUGUAUUAUACACAACGGCAGUGUUCGUUGAAACCGGAAGUGGAUGACAAAAACCGGGGGACGGAACGUGAAAUACCGGAAAUUCUCGGGUACUCGGGCAUUGGAGAUCCGACGGAUUUUAGCGCGCAAGUAUAAAUACGCGGACACGGGAAGGUCCCGUGUGGCCGUCCAGUCGAAAGAUCGAAUUACGCGGAAGAAGAACAAUAAUACAGAGUACAAAAUACCAUUAUAUUGAAUGGUUACCGUCGACCGGGCGAUACGGUGUUUUCGUACGGUCAAAAAAAAAAAAAAACAACAGUCUGUAUUAUCGUCAUGUUAUAUAGUGUGUAUUUUCUUCGUAUACAUUAUGUUUUGUGUACGAAAAAACCGCGCGGGCGCGCACACACGUGAAAUUGCGUCGAGUAAAAAAUCGUACCUAUAUAUGUGUAUGUAUCCAAACACGAUAGUUACGAAAAUAACGUAUAAUAUUGUUAUUAUGUUACAUUUUUCAGAAAAAUAUUGUCCUCAAUACGAUAAUUCCGUUUUUUCAGCAGCGGCGGUGAUCUCGUAUUCGAGAUCGAUUGUUAUAUAUAUAUUUUUUUUUUUUUUGUAUUUUCACUCGCGUCGGCCGCAACGGCGACGGUAAAAUAAUAAUAAUGAUAAUGAUAACGUUAUUAUUACAAUCGUUUAUUGUCCGUUCGCCGCGAUAUACGAAUCGGUCUCGAUAAAUCGGUCGCAAACGGCGGCCGUGCGCACGCACAUAUUAUUGUUGUGCGCCAGUCGGUGAGAACGAUGUGGUUUUUUCUUCUCCCCCCCCCCCUCUCUAUCACUCGUUUUUCUCUCACUAACCGGUACGUUGUAUCACGUGAACGGCCGCAAUCACUCGUAUAAUAUGUAUUGUUAUUAUGUACGCCAGCCCAACUUCUAUGCGUAUACGUAAUUGUACAGAAACGCGUAGGAGGCGGUUUCGCCUCGGGAAACACGUACACGGCGAAAUUUCGCCCGCGAGAACCGAGGCCGAUUUUCACCCGUACAGGGUAAAUGAGAAAAAGACCUUGCUCUACCCUCGGACCGUUUAUUUCCCUUCGAAACGUAUGGUCGAGCUUCUAUUUUUCUUACCCGCGGGCCCGUUAAAAGUGUCUGACUCUGACGUUCUGUUGUAGGAGUCAUUGUUUCCGUUUCUAUCAAUCGAAAUGAUUGUAAAUGUUGACAUAUUUACAUAUUAUAUAUAUGUUGAGAAUAUGCGUGCGCUUAUGCCGUUUAGACAAAUAAAAGUACAUAAGACGACAUUGUUUUUUUAUAAGAAAAUAGCCGACAACUUAACUUAAGCCCUUUUUAUCCCCGGGAUCGAUGCGAUACAAUCUAUAGGGAGACCAAAACGGUACAUAUAAUAAUGUAUACUUUUCGGGAAGACUUAAUGUCCCUAAAGGCCUACCGCGCCGCCGCAAGACUACACUUACGUUUGCCCCUGCCGUUUUUUUUUUUUCUGUUCAUUUCAUUUCAUUCGCGCUAAUAUAGAGUCCACCGCAUUUGUCAUCGUCGUCCGAACACUGCCUAAUAUAAUAUAACAUCAUAUUAAAUAUAAUAUAAACGAUGGAAAACACGUCGCGCAUCGACAUGUACAAUAAUAAUAUUCGCAUUUAUUUAUAUAAUAUAUAUAUACAUAUACUUUUUACCGAUAUAAUUUUUUUGAGUGAACGGCGUGCAAAUAAAAAUUACUCUAUACAAUAUCGAAGUCAAUCCAUUUUUCACGUCCUCGUUUCACUCCCCUGCGCCGCCGCCGCCGCCGUCAGUUUUUGUUGUUUUCGCUCUUAUAACAAUAAUGGCAGUUCCACCCACAUUCGACAAUUUCGCCAUUAAUGUAUUUUCGUUUAAUCGCGUAGUCGUUUUUAUUUUAUUUCGAGUAUAUUAUAAAGAAACUGUAUUGAAAGAAAAAAAAAACAACGAAACAAAUAUUACAAACAUCAAUAAUUUCGCCGGAAAAUACGGACGUCGGUUUUUUUUUAUUUUAAUAUGCCCAAGUGUAGGUAUAUACAACUGGGUUACGCUCUCGUGUGUGCUCGCUUUAUAUCAUUUUAUUAUUAUAUAUUAUAGUUAUGGUAUUGAUAAACAUAUGCCUAAAUAAUUAUUAGAAACUGUAACGACGCGAGAUAUUUAUUUCAAAAAAAUCGUUAAAUAAAAUUAAUUUCAACUUUGACAACUUAUUUCUGUGAUUUUUGACCGUUUAAUUUAAUAAAUCUUUGAGUCAGUUUGGUAUUUAUACUUUUGAUGUACAGUUCUCCAUUUUUGAAAUAUUUCAGCAGAGCGAAACUCUUCUGUACCUACACAGCUGUACGGACUAGAUAACGUAUUUCUUCAACCGUUAUUGUCUCAAAAUUGAACAAAACAAAAUAGAUUACUACCCAUUCUUCCCUUAUAUGAGGCACUAUUGUCCUUCUUCAUAUUAUAUAUUAUGAGAAAAAAACGCUUAGCCUAUUAUUUCGAGUUUCGUUUGUGUUUGAGCGGCUUGGAUUUCAUAAAAGUGAUGGGGAGUAUAUAUAUAAGUAUAUAUACGUGUGUGUGUGUAUUUUUUUUUGCAUUUUCUCGCGAUGACGUUGCAUCAAUAUGCACGUGCAUAAUGGCUGCGGAGUAUAAUGACAUUUAAAUGUGGUUUUCACGGACACGGCCGCAUAUUAUUAUACAACACGCGCGCUUACCGGUGUAUUGCCACUCGUUUGAUCCGGAUUAAUUAAUUUAAAAAAAAAAAUCCCGCUGCUAUUAUUAUAAAACGUAGGAACAAAAAUAUGGAUUAUUUUUUUUUUACCCGUGUCCUUCACCCUUUAUAUUAUCAUCGUGCCCGAUUCCGGCGCACGGUAACCGGAUCCUCGCGAGGAAAUCCAACAAAUGUUCUUGCCCGACCGCCGUGGAAUAAAAACGUAGGGAAAGAGGGGCGGAAAACAAUAUUAUAAUACUAUCGCGUCCGCGAAAUAUGUUCAAACGGAAAUAAAAUAUUGUGUAUGCGUCUCGACCGACUAUAUGUAUACGAUUUAUAUGUAUUUCAAUAUAUAAUCGGCUUAUGUUCGUACUAUGUUAAUAUCGCCUCGUAGUAAACAAUUUUUUUUUUCUGUUACCAGGUGUAUUGGAAAUGAGCGCCGCGACCGAAAGCGGUAUCCGGUUGAGCGGACAUACACUGGACAAAGCGACCAAAGCGAAAGUCACCCUCGAGAAUUACUACAGCAAUCUGAUCGCUCAACACAUCGAACGGAAACAGAGGUGAGCAUCGCGCACGAGUAUUGUUACCGAAAUUUUUUUUUUUUUUAACGCCAUAUAUGGUCGCCUUUGCAUCGUCGCCGCGCCGUCAUGAAAAAAUUGACCGUAUAUUUUAUGUAUUAUUAUAGCGUCAAAAAGUGACCAAGUGAUGUUAUAUACGGCCAAAUGAUGUAAAUAGUAUAACUGCGUAGUAUACAAGGCAUACUAAAUAACUGUUUAGUUACUAAAAAUCGACCCAGUGACGAUUUUAUGGUACAGGGGAGGGAGGAGUUUUUCUGUGUUUUUAGACUACGAAAAGUAGAUUUUGUGUUGCGAUUUUCAAAUUAAACUUAAACUAUGUUGUUUAAAACAUAUAGGUAAAUACAUUCAUGUAGAAAGGCAAAAUAUAAUACGUGAGUUAAUAAAUACAUUAUGUAAAUAUUUUUUCAUGUGUUAAAUAUAUUAUAAGUUAAUACCUCACCCCGCCUCCCCAGAAAAAAAGUUCAAAACCGCCACUGAAUCUAUCAAAUUAUAUGACUAUAUUAUACAACUGUAUAAUACUGUUACUUUUCGCUCCUUAUAUAGAACUCUGGAAGUCGACGAGUUUGCAUAUUAUAAUAACAAUAACCGUCAUCGCCACGAAUAACGAGUUAACAUACCUAUCGUUACAAUAUCGUGGUUUAAAAACUAAGUUACUUUGACAUUUUCGAAAUUCUAACGUACAAUUAUUUAGUGAAUAAAUUCUAUAUAUUCUUAUUCGUUUAAAAUGAAUACGUAAAAGUAUUAGGUACAUAAUAGUAUUGUAUUUAAAAUUUAAAAUUAAAUAAUAUCUCCUAUGCAUAUAUGUUGUUCAAUCUUCUUGUAAGUAACUUCAUCAAGUAACAUGACUUAGUUCUUAUUUCACAAUGAAUUAUUUUUUUCUUGUAGUUACUCGUAAUCUACUAUUUCAUAAAUAUGUGUAGGUGCCUAACCCACAAGGCAAUGUAAUUCCGUCAAAAAGUGUCGAAAAUGCGACUGAAUGAAAAAAUGCAUAACGGAUAGUGUUGUAAUUUAAAGCGUUUAAGAUAAUUUUUCGCGGAUUUUUUUUUUUUUUUAAGGACAAAAAUCCAGUAUAACCAGUUUAUGAUUUUCAAACAAAAUCACGACUGUAAAAUUAUCGUAAUUCGGUAGAAAAAAUGUACACGAAAUUGCGUUAAUUUUCGGACAUUUUUCGACAAUAUUAUUAUUAUUAUUUUUUUUUUUUUGUAGUUUUUAGCAUUUGUGAAACUGAUACUUUGAUAAAUUAUCGUCGACGUUGUUACCGUAAAAAAACAAAAUAAUAAUAAUAAUAAAAAAAUACUUGCUUCUUUUCCAUUUUUCUUUUUUUCGUUGUUGUGUAUAAUGCAGUGUAGCGAAUUCGAAAUCGGUAAAUCGCCGCAUUUAUCUUUUUCAAUAUUAUAUUAUUGUUAUUGUAAUAUAUUUAUUCGAAAAUAUACAUUUACGUGUAAUAAAUAAUAAUACGUAAAAAAAAAAAAAAACUUCUGUGUGUUAAAUAUAAUAAUCGAUAGUCGUAUACGCGAUCUCGCUCGUAUUGAAAAACGACACCGAAAAUUACUAUUACGACUUAUUAUUUUUGUUUCUUUUUCUUUACUUAACGUUUAUCCGAACGUGUUUUUUUACAAUACAUAAUCGCUUUGGCCGCACGAUAAUAAUUGUGUUAUUAUACUUCGCGUUGCGUUUCAAUAAUACGAACAUUGCGCGUUUCGAUGCCCCGCAUGCCACAAAGAAUGUCCGCGCGGUCUUGUAUUCUCAGACGAGAUUCUAUUUUAUUUCGCAAGCAUUGUGUUACGAUUGUAUACGGGGUGUUCCAUUUAAACGGGUACAUUAGUCGUUAUCUCGGAAAGAAUAUUAUUAACGUUUUUUUCGGAAUUAGUUUUUGUAAAACGCGUUUAAGAAGAAACGAGCGGCUCCUACGGUUUUACACGUUUAUGUUAUUUUUUGUUACCCUUAUUUUCGGGGGUUAAACCGCUAUAUAUCUGAUUUUGAUAUUCAAACGGCGACCUAAGUUGAAAAUUCCACACACAAACGGGGUCGCAUUGGUGUUAAAAUAAAUUUGUAUUGUUGAAAUUUUGAUUUUCCGUCGAUCCGUUGACGAGAUAUUCCAUCACUUCUAAGUUUGGGUCGGAAGAGAGUAUAAUGGCGGCACGUUAUUAAAAAGCCGCCACACAAAUGACGUUGUACCUCUCUCCUCCGACCCAAACUGAAGAAGUGCAAUAUCUCAUCGACGGAUUGACAGAAAUCAAAAAUGUUAACACCGAAAUGUAUUUUAACUAAUAUAUGUAUAGGUACUCCGUCUGUUUUUGGAAUUUUUAAUACCUAUAAUACCACAGUAACUGAUAGUGGAUUUACUACAGAAUAUAAAGAUGAUUAAAACUAACAUAAAUGCAUAUAAUUGUAGAUCUGCAUGUUUCUUAUACAUGAUUUAAGAAACAAAUUCCGAAAAAAAGUCAACUUUCCGACAUAACGAGUGUACUGAAAUGAAACACUCUGUAUAUGAUAUAUAUAUAUAUAAAAGUAUGGUUAUUCAAGGAUGGGGAAUAACAAUUCAAAAAGCCGAUACCUAAAGUUAUAUAGUAUUAAAAGUCAAUUUUAAUUUUAAAUUAUUUAUGGUUAUGUUAGGUUAACCAUUUUUGCUGUUUUCAUAUAUAAAUCGCCAGUCUCAAAGAACAGUCGCGUUUGCGUUGUUUUCAAUACGAGCAAAUUAAAUUUCGAAAAUACAUAUACUCAUGCACUUAAACAAAAUAAAAAAUAAGAGCCGAUACUGGGGAUGGGGGCGGCCACUGUUGUAGAUUAGAAGUUGGGAAGGUAGAAUACAUAAGGUUAUUUCAUUUAUAUCUGUAAGUAACGAUUAACCAUUGCUUGACGAAAGACAAUUUCGAGCGCAGUUCAGUAAUACAUAAUUUGAAGUGCUAUAAUUUUUUUUUGCGAUUUUCAUUUAAAUCUGAUUUCAAAACACUUAUUAAAAAAAAAAAGUCGUCCGAUGAUUUCGUAAAUUUUACCACAUCUGGGUACGUCCAAUAUAAGUAUUAUUACCAACUUUCAAGUCUCUACGUGUAUUUAUAACUAAAUUACAGCAAAAAACUCCCAAAAAUUAAAAUUCGUUCAAAACUCAAAGAGGAAUCUUGUGAUUUUUUGAUUAAAUCAUUUUUUUCUGGUAGAAACGUCGUCAUUGUUUUUAUAAAGUAAUGAAAUCGUAAAAUUGUACGUUUUCCUAUGUUUUUUCCCAAUUAAUGCUUUUAUUUAAAAAAUGCCGUCGAAAAUCAAAAAAUGACCUUUUAAAGUACAAUCUAGACAACUUGAUAUUUCAUGAAUGUUGCUACACGUAAAAAUCGCAGCAAGUUUACUAGAAACAAACGUGUCCACAGACUAGAACAAAUAAAAGUAAAAAAUAAAAUAAAAAUAAACAUCUUAGUAAAACCAAUAUGCUCGAAAUCUAAAAAGAAAUUAACAACAUUUUAAAAACAAUAGCUCCAUCGCUACGUUCGAAUCUAAAAUUACAUAAGACAAAAUUAUAAGAAAAGAAAUAUUUCCGAAAAUUUAUAAAAGUCUUCCCCGGGAUCAACAAAAUAACGAGAUAAUUUCAACGCCGUAUUCAAUUUACAAUUUGCAAAUUUAAAUUAUUUUUAUAAAUUAUGUAUGGUUUUUUUUAUUGCACUCAAUAAUGGAUGUGGAGUUUAAAAAAAAAAAAAAAAUUACUAUUUGAUAUUCGCUGAACACUGAUCGUCCUUAUUUAAGAAAACAAAACAAUAACCGACUAUUGGUUUUAUAAUUUUCACUAUGAUGACAGUUACAAUUUUACACAAACAAAUUAACGUAAGUCAAUUAAAUUUUCCAAUUAACGUUUCGCUCGACUUAGAUAUUUAACGAAACAAUUAUUUAUAACUUGUUAACUUUUUUAUUUUUUUCAAUUUACUUAUAACAGAGUUAUUUUUUUCUUUUCCGUUAACUUGCCCAGCCUUGAUAAAUAUUUAUGAGUACGUGAAUUUUAGUAGUUUUGUUUUUUUUUAGUAAACGCGUUUGACGGUGCAAAUUUACAAAAACCGUUCAUCCGCAUAAAUUUGGUUGGAAAUAAUAACGCAUUCAGUAGAUUAUGUUAACAAAUAGUGUAAUUGCGCACUGUGUGCGUAUAAUAAUUUAUAUUGCAGUCUGAAAUAAUAAUUUCGAUUUGCGUUGAACUGAAAUAUAAUAUUAUUAUUAUCGGGUGUGUGGAGAGAUCGACCAGCACAAAAAAUCGAAAGGUCAACGCACAUAAUAGUAUUAUCAGCUAUACUCUUGAUAUAUUUGGUGUUAAUGUUUUGUAAGAAAAAAAAAAAAUGAAAAUUGCAUAAUCCUAACCUCUUAUCGUGUCUAAUUUAUGAACAGACUGUUAAAUCGUAGUGUCGCGUCGUUUUGAUACUAUACAGUGUUUGAAUUGGUAAAAACAAAAGAAUAUAGUCUGCAGAUUAUGAGAAUUAACAAAAAAAAAAUCAAUAGCAAUAAUAAUUGGCGAUCCUUUCGCGAUUAUCGAUAACCGAACUUUCCGACUAUACGCCCCCGCAGCCUCCUCGCACAAGUACAAUUAGUAAUUUACAAAAAACAACCGACCAAAAUCGAUUUUUAAUACACAAUAGGUACUUUUGUUGGCUAAGUUUUUGUGUACGUGUUUUUUGUUUUUUUUUAUUACGCAUAUGAUUUAGUAUACUGUAUAUUAGAACAUUAGACGUAAAUAACACAGUAUAGACGGCUCAUACAAUUGUUUAAUAUUCCGUUUGCUUUGUUAAGGUACGCAGUGAAAAAGAGUAGAAAUUAAUAAUAAUUUACGACAUGCGGACAACGAUGGGACGUCGGAGAACAUAAAAAUUACAAUUUAUCUAAUCCGAGUUGAUACGCGGUUUUUUUUUUUUUUUUUCUUUGAAAAUAUUCUUUACAAAAAGAUUCGUACCGUGUCCUCGGUCCGUGCAAUUGAAAUAACAUAAUAAGUGCGAGGGAACGGUAUAAUAAAAAAAUAAAAAAAAACCUACAGGAGCUCUGUUCGUUUGCGCCCCUCCCCAUUAAUUCGAGCAGCGCCGGUUUGGCCGUAUACAGGCGGUUUGGAUUUUCGUUUUCCCAAGUUCGAUUUUUCGCGGUUUUUUCGGUUAUAAAAAUAACGCUUAUUAUGCAGUAUAGAGGAAGUGUAUACCGUUAUAUUUUCGAUCUCGAGACGCUAAAUAAAUUAUGAACUGUAAUAUGUAUGCGUAGGUAUACACGCGGGGUGAUCAAGAAACAAGCUGCUCUGCAAUAUUGCAUUUAUGUUAUUUUUUGUCACCCUUAUUUUUUUAGGGGCGAAAUUGCUAUCUACUUUUGAUUUUCAAAUGGCAACCUGUAAUAAAAAUUCCAUAAAUUGAUGGAGUAUUUUUUAAAAUAAAUUUUUGUGUUGAAAUAUUAGAUUUCCGUUAAUCCAUCGACGAGAUAAUCCUCUUUUAAGUUUGGUUUAGAGGAGAGUAGUGGAGCAUCAUUUGUGUGGCGGUACGGCGCGUGGCGUGGUAAUAAUACACCGCCACUCUCUCUCCCAACUCAAACUUAAAAGUGGAAUAUCUCGUUAACGGAUUGACGGAAACCAACAAAUUUAACACCAAAAUUUAUUUUAAUUAAUACUUCAUCUAUUUAUUAAUUAAUAUAGGUUGAAAAAUGGUGGAAAGAGGUGGAAAAAUCGAAAGUAGGUGGUGGUUUUUACCCCCAAUAAUAAGGGUGACAAGAAAUAACAUAAAAUUGUGAACAGCUUGUUUCUUAAAUAUUCUAGAAAACACAUUCUGGAAAAAGUUAAUACUCUCCGAGAUAACGAGUGUCUUACGAUAGAUUGAUCACCCUGUAUGCGUAUAUUAUAUUAUAAUACGUACCGAAUAGCGGGUAGAAAUAUUAUACUUCGUAUCGCCUUUUUUUUAUUAUUAUUAUUUUUUUUUUUUUUUUAAACUUUAUAGCUGACUCUUAUAUAAUAUAUUAAAUAUAAGGGUAAUUUUGACCUAGUUUUGUGUUUCUCGUUUCCGUUUUUAGAUUUUCUAUUUCUCGUUUGCCCGGCGUACGCUAUACUCAUAUAUUAUUUCUACACGCGCGUAUUAAUAUAAUAGAUAGGUAUUAUAAUAUUGUAUUUCUGCGUUUUUUUUUUAUUUUCUUCUUGUGUACAGGUCGUAUAAUAUAGUAUAACCGUUUUAUCGUAUAAUUGAAUAGAUUUUGUUCUAAUAGCGAUAAACGUUCGUUUAGCAUUUUGUUAUACUGCAGGUCUCGUUUCAAAAUGAUUUUUUUUUUCGUCUCUGAACGUUCGUGUACGUUAAUGGGAAUUUUUACAUAAUAUACUUAAAACAAUCGCUUACCGUGUACCUAUAAUUACUUAUAACGUCGCAUUAAUACCUAUUUUUUUUUCUCAAAUUGUACCUAUAUACCUCCUGUGUAUAUUAUUAUAUUAUAAACGAAAAGCUUUUAUGGUACUCGGUCGCUCGUCGAGAUAUAAUAUUCGCUAAGAAUAAAAACGCACGCAAUUGUCGUCGUUCAAAAACGAUAAACUUAUUAAAUCUGAAUUUUUUUCAUCUUUACAUUCAUUUUUCUUUCUGUUUUUUUUUUCGUCAUAUAAGCGACAAAAGAUUAAAAUUGGAUUAAAGUCGAAUUCGAUUGUCUGAAAACUCGUCGUGAAAUGUGUAUAUAGCAACCCAAGUAUACGGCGUGUGAUCAAAAAAUACCGGUACUAUUUGAAUUGUGCGCCAACAGAGCGUCGAACAGCAGUAGGAUUGAUAUCACUGGCUUCUAUAUAACUUCUGAACACAUCCGUUUUCGUAAAUCACUAUAAUACAUAAUAUUAAUGUAUAAUAUAAUCUCUAUAAUCUUUUUAUAACCUUUUUAGUUUUGUUGUUUUUGUAAAAUUAUUUUUUGUUUUUUUAUCGAAUCCUAAAAAAUAUCAAUUUGACGAGCUUUUUUUUGUGGGGGGGGGUUGUUUGAUUGUAUUUUUCUCAUUUCGAUGACUACGUAAUGAUAAGGGUAAUGUUUAUUAUUAUUAUGAUAACGUUUCAACAAUUUUUAUGGUAUUACCAAACCAAAAAGUUACUGGCGAACCUAAACUUGAAUUUAUUCUUAAACCUUGACAUUUCUUCAACAUUCUCGGGACAAAACUCUGGACUCUUCUCCCCCUCCCAAAAAAAAUAAAAAUAACAAUAAUAAAAAUCUCCCUUAGAUCCUUAACAAAAUCGCCGACACGAAAAAACGUACUUAAUAAAAAAAGUCGGUUACAUUGAAACUAAGAAGUUUAUCGAGAAUCUACAAAACCUGUAUUGUAUAUUAUAUUAUGUUAUUGUAAUGCGUUCAAGAGAAGUAGUGGAAACCUGCAGUUAUGUCGAUCCGCUGCUCCGUUGCCCCGACAAUCAAACAGUCCCGGUAAAUAAAAUAAACGCGUAGCGAGAACCGUGUUUUCAGUGUCUUGGGUUUGAAAUGUCUUUCGGUAUUUCUUCAUCGAAUGUUCGGAUUCAAAUAAUACUACAGUGUAGUACCACCUAAUUUUGAUAUUCACAACAACGGGACAUUUAAUAAGUUGAUUAUAUAUUGUAUUUUCGUUAUCGAUUUUCUUUGAAGUUUGAAAUAAAAUUAGGACGGUUUUUAUUCCAAAAUUAUCAUUGCAUCAGUAACGUAAUAACCCAAAUACCCCUAGCCCCCCUAGGCGUUAUGGUAAGCGAGACCGACACGCGGGUCUCGCGUGGCCGCCAACGAAUUUAAAAAAAAAAACUAUAUACCUUCAUAAUAGUGGUGUCGUGAUCUAAUAUGUAAAUGCGAACGUUAUAUAGGAUGCCAGUUGACCAAAAAAUAUUGCGCCAUACGAAUCACGAAAACAAGCGUUAUUAUUAUUCUAAUACCUAUUAUAGCUGCUGUUGCUGCUGCUGCCACACAUUGUAGGAUCAAAUGUCAACAAUUGAUGAUUUGAUAACCGCGCGGUUUUAAAACAACAACAAUGCUUUAUGGUCUGUUUUCGUACAUACGAAUACCUAUAAUGUGUUAUUAUCACAGUAAUUAAUACAAUAAUUAUAAUGCACAAUCUAUCUAGAGUAUAUUAUGUUGUUAAUUUAAAAAAAAGCUGUGUACAGAGUGAUUUUUUCAAUCGUCGUGUUCCCGAAUAGCAAUUAAUUCCAUAUAUCGCUGGUACGUUGUAAAAAUACUUCGUUUUUAAACAUUAAUAUCGUGGCAAUAUGUUUCGCAGUGUAAUUUUAACUGUUGGAUAUAUUUCAAGAAUAUCCUUAGCAAAACCAAUAGCAGAACAAAUAACGUGUUCACAAUGUGGCCCAAUAUUUUUAAAAUUAAUACUUGUAAUAUAUUUUCUACAUGUUUUCGCAAAAUGUUUUAACUGAUACAUAUUGUUAGAGACAUGUAAAAAAACAUAUUGUGACAAUCAGUGGCACACACACAGCAGGAGGGGGGGGGGGUUAGGGCGUCGAACCCUCUCCCAAAAUGUCUUACUUAACUACAUUUUUUUAAUCAAUUUUUACAUUCAACAACAUAAUAUCUUAUAUCACAGAAUAAAACAAAAUUUAAUUUCAUACAAAAAUAAUUUUUUCAGUAACAAUAAUGAUAGUACUGUAUUUAUAAUAUAUGCUACCCCCCUCUAGGAAAUUACUAUAAACAGUACCCCUCUUGAAAAAAAAUCCUGCGUGUACUACUGGUGACAAUAUCAACAUGUUCUAAUUGCCAUUUGGGAUCCAGUGUGUUUUUCCCCGAAGACUUUAAAUGCAUACAUUCGAUUUCUGGUAAAUAUCACUCGUCGUAAAAUGUUCUCGUCCGGCUUUAUUAUGUUUCACUUCGAUAAUAUUUUCCCCUUUAAUUUUCACCCUCUAUCGAGCCCUCGUGUACUUUUCGUAAAACGGUAAUUGUUCCCAAUGAAGAAAUAAGGCUUAGUCGAUAUUUUUUUCAUAUAUACUUUUUUUUUUUUGUAAUUAUUUUCCUUAAAUUCCGUUAUUUUUUCCCCGUUUUUUUUUUUUUCUUGUAACUUUUACAUACUUGUUUUUUCACGAAAUUGCAAUCUUGAUCCUCGGUACCAAAGAUAUAUACAUAUAAUACCAUUCUGUACAACACUUCGCGCGUAUGUAUCGUUUUUAAAUCUAUUAUCUCGGCAAUUAUAAUUUAUAUUUAUACAACGAAUUCGAUUAUUUUACUCGUUUAUAAAAUGAAUACACUCUCCGUACAAUUUUCAGAUAUACACGCUAUUAUAAUAUUAUGAUACGAGUAUAUAGUGAUAAUACAGCGAUAUUUUAAUCGUUUAAAUAACGAUAAUUAUUAUUCUACAUUGGUUGUAAAUGAACUGUGAAUUUAUAUAAGAGACGCGAUAAUAUACAAGAAUAAAUCGUCGGUUAUUAUAUCAUUAUACAUUAUUGUUAUUAAGAAAAUCGAAACGUUCACGGGACAUUAAACGCUCGCGAACAAACAAAGAAACGAAAAACGGAAUAAUAUAAUAUUAUAUAAUUGAAAUCCAUUCCGAAUGUGAUAGGUAAUAAAUUUACGAGCGAACGAAAAAAAAAAAAAAAAUUAAAUAACAAAAACCACAAAUACAAAUCUCAGAUAACAAUAUUAUUACAUGGUAUUGUUCAACAUGGAAUAUUCGAACAACGAAAGCCAAACCUAUAAUAAUAAUAUAUAGUACAGGUUAGGUUAGGUACAGGGUGAUUUUUUUCAAUCACGGUCCAACUAUAUUUUUCUCGGACGAUUUAUAAAUCCGAUACCCGGUAUUGUUCGAAUCGUCGCGGGAUUUUCCAGUGGCAUUGAAAAUUCGAUACCGCGGUAUAUUAUUUUAUUUUUUGUUGUCUACAGCGUACUAAUGCAGCGCUGUCUGAUUGUCGAUAAAAACAGCCGUCGUGAUAGGACGUGUACGCGAUAUCGGUCGGACCAAAUUUCAAGAAACUGUAAAAUUUGAAAAUGUAUUUUUUUUUUUUAAAAACCGAAUAACGUAGACCUCCGACGGGAUCCCGUACACGUUUCGGUACAUCACUCUUAUUCGAAUUUGUUUUCGAGAUUCUUACCGCUUUACUAAAUACGCCGAUCGGUCUCAAUAAGGUAGGAAAAUCCGUCUAAAUCGCUAUAUUAUGUCGCGUCUAUAUACGUAGUUUGACAAAGAAAGACAAAAAUGUCGGUAUUCGCUAUCCAAAUCGCAUUCCCUAAUGCCUAUACUUUUUUACCCCUACUUCUUAUUAUUAUAUGUACCUAAAAAUAUUAUAAACUUUUGAUUUUAAAAUGGCAUUCCCUCCCGACGUCACACACCGCGCCGGGACCUUUGUCGAAAGUGGAAAUCAGAAAUGAUGCGCCGGAACUCUUUACGAUGCGGCGUUGCGUGUCGAACAUAAAGGCGUAUUAUUAUUUGCUAAAACUGUAAUAACCGCCCGCAUUGGCCACAGAACGAGAGAGUGGUGGGUGUGAGAGGAGAGAACGAGAAAUAUAACGCGUUUUAUAAAAGUUUAUUACGCGCCGGAGGCCGUUUUUUUAAUAAAAAUAAACGAAUUUCAUCGUAUACCAGUGAUGUUGGCUUUCUUUUCAACAUUCCGCUUAUUUUUAUAUAGCGGCAUUUUUUUCUUUUCUUUUUUUUUUUUGUAUAAACAACCACACAUAUGUAUAUAUACAUAAAGAAAAUACAAAUCGAAAGAAAUCCCGUGAAUUUCCUCACCAAAAAAUGCGUUUUUUCGGCAACAACAAUAUUUUGUUCGCGUUAUACUCGCAGGACGAUUCGCGAUUAUUAUUAUGUCGUAAAAACCAAAUCGCCCGGGAAAAUAAAAAUACGGUUUUUACGUUGUUAAACCGAGUUUUCAGCGCCAUGUGUAUAUUUCUUAUAUAAAAAAAAAAAAAAAAACGCGUCUAUAAAACCUCGGGCAAAAAAUUAAAACACGACUUGUUAAACCUUAUAAUGUUAUUAUUUUAUCCAUUUUAUACCCAAGCUCGGAAAAAUGGACGGAUAAAUGUUCAGUCUAUUGUCAACUAGAUUACUAGAACACUGCUGGAGGACAGAUGUUCUCUAUUACCGCGGAAUUAAACGUUUUCCGAUCCGGAGUCGGGGUUUUUCUUUCUUUUAUAAUUAAUUAGUUUUCUCCGUUUUACACUUUCUUUUUCGUUUUCUUUUUUUUUUCAACAUAAAUCGGUAGGUUUAACGGUAGGUUAUAUACAUAUAUAAUAGGAUGGCCCAUUUUCAUAGAUGAACGUUCCGCAAAGAUGUUGAAAAAUUACUAAAAAAAAAAAAAAAAACCCGAAAAAUACUCAAUAAAAUAUUUUUUAAUUAAAUUUUAAUAGUUUUUUUUUUUAGAGAUAUUUCAAAAUCCACUUCGGUCGUUAUUUCCGAUAAAAACCCACGACUCGGGGGACCAAAACUCAAAACCAAACCAAACAAAUAGUACAGAAUCGUCAUGAAAUAAUAAUAAUAAAAAAAAAAAAAAAACUGAAACAAUAAUGCUUAACAGUUCAUUUUUAUUUUAUUUUAUUUUAUACAUUUUUUUCGCCGGAAUAGUAAUCGUUCAUAAAUAACAUUGUGAUAGUAGACAAAGGUUAUUAUUAUUAGUUUUUGGUAAAUCGCAAAACCGAUUUGACCCGCGCUCGCCGAACCGCUUACAUUAUUAUUGUUGUUUCGUGUUCGGGAUAUUGUUCACUCGGAUAACUACGAUGAUGAUGAUAAUAAUAAUAAUAAUAAUAAUAUGUUGUGUACACUGUUACGGCCGCACUCUGUUAGAUACCGCGACGGUAGUAAAACCGCAAUUUGUCAACAGCUCGUUUCGCCGACAAUAAUUACUCUCCUCUUCCCCAGUGCGCAUAUUACGUUGUUUACGUUGUGUGCGUCGUGUUGUACGCGCGGUAUGCGGCAUGCGGUAUACGGUAUACACACGUAUAUGCGGUGCGUACAAUGUACACCGCGUUAUGAAACCGUGGCGCGUACCCGUGCGCAACGUAAUGACCAUUCCGUAACCCAUCAUUCGCCGUCGCGUCCAGUUUCGUUGAACGCCGGAAUCGGUAUUACGCGUACACCUGUAUAAUCGCGGAAACCGCGUCUCGAAUCCCGAAUGGACUUGACGGGCGACCGCGGCGCCAAGUCGGCUGCAACGUGUUCACACCGUGGACCGGAAAAACGUGGCGGAAAUCGUACGAGACGUUAUCACAAUCGCGCAUUGCAGAUUUACGCGCUAAACGUAAAAGCUUCGCGAGGACGGACGCAUGCGUCGCACGAUAGGCGGGCCACUGUUGUAGGGCGAGCCGUUGAGCGGAAUAGAGGGGAAUUCAAUGUGUGUAUCUAUGUCUGUACGCGACGAUUAAUCUUUGCUAACGAUCGUGAGCGGAAUUCGGUUAUACAUGUUCAAAAGGCCGUAAUAUCGUAAUAUAUUUACGAUUUCCGUCAAAAAUCGAUGGUAAAAUUCUCAUACAAAAAAAUAUAUAUUGCAUUAAACUUAACAUUUUCUUGUUGACCACUGUGUGUGCGACUCAAUACUAAUAUAAUGAAUCUCCUGUUAAACCGUCAAGCAUUUCUGUUUGGUCUGACAAUUUUAUCCACGGAGUACCUACCGAAUAAAUAUUACGUAAAAACCUUUUAAAAUUAAAAUGGCUUUUAGCUUAAAAAUGGCUCAAAUGGUUUAAACAUUUUAUCACGUCUAUAAAAGGCAAACUUAAAGUUUCUCUAAAAAUUGAAAAUAAUAAAUGCGUUGUUUUCGUAAAUUUGUCCGGUUUUUUCAUUUGUUGGGAAAAAUCCUGGGCAAAUAAAAAAACCACUUCACAAAAGUACGUACCUCCCCAGUUUGAUUUCCUAAAAAAAAUAUACAUCGUUGAAAUACCAAUUCAUUCCUCGCUCUGUUCAGUAUCUAAUAACAUUAAACUACGGAAAUAUAUUGGAAAUCGUGCAAAAAAUAAACAUUUUUGAACUAUCGUUAUCGCUCUGUCGUUAUUUUAAACGUCUUGCAAAACAUACGCGAACGCUAUUACCACGGAAUAAAUAACAUAGUCAAUUUGAGGCGGGUGCAGUUAAACACUUUUAAAAUCACGUCUACUCUUUUCCUUCGGUUUUAUUCCAACCAUUCGACUUUCCGCGAACCGAAAACCGAAUCUACUGCGAAUUACGAUUUUCUUACGGAAUUUUUUACAUUUUUUUCAGUCGGCUGCAGUGUUUCUUGCCGUUUAAUUUAAACUGUCCUAUAGUCCGUGUAUCGUACUACGCCAACCUCUUAGUGCUGUAAUCGUAAACCAUAUUAUGUGACAAAAAGUUUUUGAACCAAUUAUAUUUGCGUUGAUUAUUGUAUUUUCUGGCAUAAUUAGACAUUAAUAUUAUGUACACACGUGACAUAAUCGACGCGUUAUUAUCAAUUAAUAAUAUUAUUAAUGUACGCUUUUGUUAAUAAACUUGAUAUUAAACCGUUAACAACAAUAUUAUAUUGAUAUCAUCGUCGUCUGCGUACACAUUAUAAUGUCGUAACUACAUAUUAUUCGAUUUUGUGAAUAAUAUUAUUAUUCAUCACCGAACGGCAUGAUUUCGAUUGUUGAUUGUAUUAUACAACAAUAUUGUACUCCUAUAUAUAUUUCGUUUCGGACAUAGACUGUUUAUGAAAUGUAAAAAACAAAACGUGAUCAAUUGUCGUCUCUCAGUCCGUUUAAAAUGACCGUAUAUGAUUUACUAGAUAUAAGCGAGAUUUUUAUUGUCUACACAUAAUACGUGGGCGUUUUAUACGAGAGUAUAUUUGAUAUACAGUUAGAUUCUCUGAUCCCCGGCGAAGAUGUCGAGUAAAUUCCAUUUUUGGGGGUUUUUCGAUCAUCCGGAAUCGUCUUUAUCCAUAGAAUUAUUUAAAUAUUUAUUCAAUUUAGGGAUGGGUUAUUUGUGGCCCGAAGUUUUACAGUGGUGUUCUGCUAAGUGUAAAAUAAAAUUAGUUAAAAGAAACUAAAUUGACAAGAAAUAGGAAUGGCUGAAGUCGCAAGAUUCAUAAAAGGUCAAAGGUUACAAUAAUGGCUCGGGCACUUAAUGCGCGUGAAAAACCUAUUAAAGCGGUUAUGAACUAAAAAAUCGGGAGGAACGAAACCCCGAGUGAGAUCCAGGAAAAGGCGGUUAGACAUGGUUCAAAAUAUGAGUUUGGAAAAUUUCGGAGAAACGGUCGGGCGAAAUGGAAGGCUAGUAGUAGUGUUGUCCGCGAAAACUCUUAUACAGUUGGGUAUGUAUAAAAGCCAAAAAGGAAGAAAAAAAUGAGAUGGCUUACAAUUUAGAUAACGUUCCUAAAUGCGAUUAGAUUAUAUAGGUACGCGGUCUUCCGAAUUAUAUGUUACAGUUUUGAAAGUAGGUGCGUGUGAGUAAACAUCUAAUAAUUUAACAAUUGAAAAAUGUCUUUUUAAAAAGACAGGGGUAUCUCUCAAAAUCCAACUGUCGAUAAAAUUAGUUUUAUUUAUGACCGUGUUUCCCCAUGAAAUCAUUAUUUUUGUUUUUUUUUUUUUCAUUUUCACUGAAUUAGUUUUUCGUAAGAUGGUACAUUAAAAACAUUCGGACAAUUACAAAAUUCACUAUCUUUAUGUAGAUAUACCUAUAUUAUUUAUUCGCAUGGACCCACUGCAAGCCAAGAUUCUAGGCAAAUACUAUACGCCAUAUAUAAUUAUGAAUUCGGAAAAUCGGUUUGCUAAGAAACUACGACACAGUAUCUCUGAUGGUCAAUUUAUACUGUGGUUCUGUGAUAUCUCUAAUAUAGUAUUGCACGAAUUCUCGGUCGGUACGACAUUUUAAAAUCGAAUUUAGUUCAUAUGUCUAGCGUUGUAUUUACAGCUUUUCACCCGAACAAGAAAGGAAAAAACGCGCUCUCUUUUGAAAAUUGUACGUAUAUUUUAGAAGUAUUGCCCAUAAGCGCGUGAAAGAUACAUAGUGAAAGAGGUCGUGUGUUUUUUUUUUCUCAGUCAGUAACGAUACCUACCUUACUUAAAAUACGCAAGCGUAGUAAUUGCCACCAUUUUUUUCUAGUCAGCCAAUUAAAUGCGAUGAAAAUUCGUCUACAUUAAUAAUAUUAUAACUGUUUUCGCGUCAUCGAGAAUGACUACAAAAACAAUUACAGGGCGUUUCUCCUGUACAGUUUUAAUAGUAUAUAGUUUUCUCGUUACAAUUCAACAACUGCGAACAACGAGUAUAUUAUAUAUUAUUAUUGUAACUAUCAUUGCACGAACGAUAAAUACAGUAGAAUUUUUUUUUUUUUUUUUUUCCCGUAAAAUCUACUUGAACUCGAUAAAGUGUCGAAGCGUAAAAUAUUAUAUGUACCACCAUAUUAUAGUGAUUUGUGCGUACGCAAUUUUUCAAAACUUUCAACGUGGUCUUUUUCGCGUUCUUUCUUUCGCGGUGCCAAAAAAAUUAGCAACGAAAAAUACUAUAUAUAAUAGCGUUCGUCGUUAGAACGAAAAAAAAAUUGUAAAAGUAUUACCGAGCGUAACUCUUGAAGUUUUUGAAGUCUUCUGAACGCAUACGGAUUUUUUUCCUUCUCGAAAACUACCAUCAAAACACGAUGACGUUGUAAUCUAAGGAAAUCACGAACUUUCCCGAACCUGCCCCAAUCGGCGAUAGUUACAGAGAAUCGAAUUCGGCUAAGCUCCAUGAAAAAAUACAACGAAUCGGUUUGAUACCAAUUUGACUUGGAAAAAAAAUAAAAAAAAUAAUAUUAUUAUUAUAUUUUAUUCGUAAAGUCGUGACUUUUUAAUCUAAAUUUAAGUGCCUUAUGUUAAGGUAAUUUUAAAAAACUCGAAUUAUUUUUAUUAAAAUUAAAUUCUUCAACGCCUGUUCAAUUAUACAUACUCCAACACUGUGUUACUUUAUCGUUACUAAGCAGGCAUAUGCGUAGGAAAAUAUUUUAGAAAAAGAGGUGCAGUGUGUUUUUAAAACUUAUUAGUAUAUAGGUGUAGCAAUUUUUGUUUGAACAAUUAUAUGUGUGCGAUAGAAAAACAUUUUGGAUGUCUUGUUUCCUGAAAGUUUGAUUUUUUUUCAGAAACGCCCAUCAAUUUUUCAAUAAAUGUAGUCCCAUUCGAAGUUUUUUUCCACUUUAACCACUGCAUGAAAGGAUAUAUAAUGGGUUGGUACGCGAAUCGUUUGCGCCGAUUCUAUGGCCAAUAUAAGUGUACGUAAAAUACGAUGUGUUUUAUUUAGGUGCUAAUGCAUACGUAGGUACUUUAAACGAAAAUGCAUUUGCAGAGUAGAGCGAGGAAGUUUUCAUAUAGUUUUGUCGAGAUGGUUAGGUUCUCAAGGGAAAACACAUAUUCGGUUUGCUAAAAUUUCUCGCAACAUUUUCAUACAGCCGCAGUACUCGAAAAAAAAAACCACUGGAUUUCCUUCUGACGGUUUACUUUGUACGGAACGUUUUUCUAUAUAUAUAUAUACAGGGUGUACAUUGAGUGAUAUUUUCAAAUUGUAGUUACAUAUAAAAAUAUCAAAUAGUUCAGUUACACCCUGUUUAGGGUAUGUAUAUGUAUAUCUAAUAUAUUAUGAAAAGAUUUAGAAUUGUUUAACAAUUUUUAAAUCCAUUGUGAUACGUAUACCGCUUCUAAAUAAUAUUUCAUAGCACGGGCAAAGAUAUCUGAAAUAUUCAACCUAAACAAACGCGUUUAAUAAAACACUCUGAAUUGACGCAAUCAGAGGGGAUGUUAUCCAGGUCUGUACCAUUCCCCUUGAACGGUGUCGUACCUUUCUAUAACAAUAAUAAUGUUGAUCAAAAUUGAAUGAUUAUUGACUAAUGAUUAGAGAUUUGGUUUAUUAAGAUUAUUUUAUACUUUAAACCGAUGUUUAAUUUAGUAAUUAAGUAAUUUAACCGAUGUAAUUUAGUGAUAUGCACGAUUUAAUGAAGGUAUGUCGAGAUUAUUUCCGAUAAGAAAUAAUUUUUAUUUUAUACUACCUUAUACCAGAGUAGUUAAAUCGAUAAAUUAUCAUAAAAUUGAUAACCAAUUCACUUAAUCUCUAAUGAUUUUUCUAGAAUGGCAUUAUCGAGAAUACUAUUUUAAAGUCUUCUGUGAUAAGAUCAAUAAAGUUAAUUCGCGAUGCAUUUCUUUUUCAAGAAUAGGACCCCACAACGUGUCGAACUAUGGAUGGACAUAUUUUUUCGAUUUCUAGAUUCCCUAGGCUUUAAUAAGUUAUAGAUAUAAUAUCUUUUCGGAAUCGUUUUUAUACGUUUAACUGUGGCUUACCAAUGAUUACUGACGUAUGUUCGGUUUUUUUUGUUUUGUCAUGUUCCAUUAUUCAUCAAAUCGUUCGUUUUAGCGUUUCCUAUUGCUUCGAUAGUAUUUACUUUUGUAAUAUACGCACUGAAAUGUAUAAUUCAAAUACCAGUGUUUUUUUUUUUUUUUUUUUCCUGAGGCUUCUAUUGAAAACAAUACUACAUCAGUGCAGAUGGCGAUGGCAUUAAGCACUGCAAAUAUUUUCAACUCCUAUCAACGGGAUAACGAAAUUGAAACGUUAUUCGAAUGCGUCGAGUUAUAUUAUAAUAGUAUAUAAAGAAUAAGGAUGAAAAAGAUAGAAAGACGAACGCUCCGAAUAUACAUAUCUUUGAUACUAACAAAUGCAAGUACAAAAUUAAAUUCUCUGACUUGAUUUGGAAAUUUUGGAUUUUAGGGGUGUUCAAAGCUAAAAAUCACAUCAUCCUCUCGAAACAAAAUGGUGCAGUAAUUCAUAUUGUAAUUAAACCCUACUCUUAUUACGUUAAUCCGCUAAUAAUAAAAUUCUUGAGUUAAUAAUAAUUGAGCUCAAUUGGUCCAGAAGAAAAUAGGCCUUGAAUCAAUUUUAUACAGUUUUUAAUGCAAGAAAAUUGAAUUUGGAGAAUUAUUACUAAAUGGCUUGACUUGCAAAAAUUGGCCUUUUUGCCGAACAAAAAGCACACCGUAAUAUAGUGACAUUGUUAAUGUUUUGUAGAUGUGUUCAAAUGUAUCUACACGUAUUCAACUAUGCCAUUUUGCCCAAAAAAAUAAAAAGGACAAAUUUACGCAAAACAAAAUAAAUAAAAAAUAAACUUAAGUUCUCCUUCCCUGGGAACCAAAGAUAUACCAGCCACAAUAUAGUGAACAGUCCUUGUUUUCGUGGAAUAUCCAACAUCAAGUAAAUGUCAAAUAUAUCCCUUUAAAAAAACAGUUUAGCGUAAUUUUACACGGUAGAAACGUAUGCCGUAUGACUACAUGUAGUAAUAGAAUAGAUAUGUUAUUCAUGUCUGGUAAAAAAAAAAUUGUCUACGCCAAUCCAUAUCCGUGUAUAUUUAUAUCAUCCUAGAAAUAUUUUCGUUUCGUACCGGUUUUGAAUGGAAAACGAAUAAAUAGGCCAAUUGAUUUUAAAACGAAAACUCGGGUUUUUUUUUUUUUUUUCCAUCUAUGUCUGCGUCACAGAGUCUCGUCUGUUAAUUAUUAUUAUUAUUUGUUUUGUGUUUUUGUACCGCCAAGAGAGUGUGGGCGUUGCGAUGUCAUCGAUCUGUCGUCGUUGUAACCGCAAGUCAUUGUUCUUUAACCGUAUAUGAAUUUCUCGGUCCUUGAUAUAUACACGUAAAGCCGAGAAAAUACUGUUUCAACGUUAAAAUGGAAAAAAAAAAGAAGCAUAUUCGUCUCGUCGAAAUUAAUAUCAAAUGUGUGCGUGUAACAAAAAAAAAAAACUGUAUUUUGAAAGUGAAAUGUCUUAUUUUUUUAUUAUUUUUUUUUUAUAUAUAUUAAAAAUUCUAUACGUUGUUGUUGACGUAAAUAUUAUAUUCGUUUACCCGGUAUAAUUCAAUUAUAAUUUAACUUUAUUUCGUUUCGUUGUAAUUUUUUUUAUAUUAAAAAAAAAAAAACAGUUGAAAAACCAAUAAUACACAUUUAAAUACGUUUUCAUAAAAAUAACUAAUUUAAAUAUUUGAUGAAGGAAAAAAAAAUACCGAAAACAUUAAUCGAGUUCUGGUGGCGUAGUUUCCAUCCGGGGGAACACCGCCCAAAUUAAUUUCCAAACUGAUUUUAGACUUUGAAUUUUCUGUUAUACGUUUGAACUAUUUUUUUUCAUAUAUAUAUUUUAAUUGGUUAUUAAAAAUAGUUGUGGUGAAGGCUUUCACUCAAAAUUAAACGCUUAAACGCUUCGAUUCACUCGGAAUAUCCGAAUAUUUCUAUUAUUUUUGACAUUCUUGCAUAUAGUUAGUUACUACAAUACAUUCAAAACAUACUAAAUAAAGAUGCCGAAACAAGUAAACACAAAAAACAAACAAAAACCAGUGAAAAAAAAAAUUUGUUGUAGAUAUUAUGACCUAAUAAGAAAAUAUAGAAAUUUGCAAACGUUAGACAUUCAAAUGCAUUGUAUCAUAUAAAUUUCGUAGUAACAUUACAAUAAUUAAUGCACAUAGACAAAAUAUAUUAAAAUUUAAAAAAAACUUCUUUAAAAAUCUUUAAAUAGGUCCUUUCAAAAGUAUCUCGAAAACAAUCAUACACAUUUUUUGGGAGUCUAUUUUACAAUCACUCGUCCACAUCACGGUGCCUCCUACAGGAUAACGCUAUUGUUAGGCUGAAGGUUCUGAACCACCUACAAUGAUUUGUUAUUUGAUUAUUCGGGACUCGUUUCAAUAUUCCCGUCUGGGGAACAUUGACGGGACAGAUGAUAAAGCGACCAACGACGCGAAUAAAUAUCAUACUCAAUAAUUCGAAUUUGGAGGACAUGCGAAAAACUCUGUAUUAUUGGUAGUUGGUUGAUUUUUACUAGCGUGCGAUAUUUUACGUUUUUACAGCCUUUACGGAGGAGAAAAAAACGAUGCCUGCGCCGUUUUUAUUAUGCUUCGAGUAUAAAUAUUUCGUAAAAUGUCGAUCGUAUUUUUUUCCCCCAGUGAAAAUAAUAUUAUAUUUUGUUGAAUUCGUGUACUGGACAAUUCUCUACGCGGUGGCUAAUGGUGAAAUUAUAAAAGUCUCGCGGCGUCAAGAUUAUACUAAUCUGGUGAAAAACUUUGGCGAAGUCGGCGCGCUGCGACUGUGGCAAACGAUAAUAUCGUUGAACUUGUAAUCGUUAUUUGAAUAUAUAUCCCGAAAACACGCCCGCCACCAGCCGCCCGAAAAUGUAUUAUUAUUAUUAUUAUUAAUAUUAUUUUAAUGAAUUCGUAUUGUUCGUCGAAAAUUACUUUGUAACUGUAAUAUAAUCGUAUAGUGUUUUACGUAGGUGUACACACGUGUGCACAUCACGUGUAAGUACGUAGGUUACAAUGUUCUCGAAAUAAUUAUUAAAUACCCAGAAUGAUACAUUGUAUCAUUACAAAACAAGAGGCUUGGCAAGUGGAAGAGGAGGAGGAGGAGGAUAGCUGUUUUCACAAGACUGAUAAUUUCUCCCGUCUGGCGUUUAGAUAAGAGUGAUAUUCAUUAACUGGUCCAUUAUUAUUAUUUCCGAAAAUGUAAAAGUUUCACUUGUCACUUAAACGUAUGACGGGAACUGACAACGUUUCAACUGUCGGCCAACUACCUUUAAAAACGUAUUUCCUGUCGUGUGCAUCCCCUCGUCGCUAAAAUGUUAAACCGUCGUCAAAUCGUCCCCCGUAGUUUUUAACGUCGAACAGCGGUUUUUUCCCCUACGAAUUCCUGUCAGAGACUGACCACAAAUGUAUAAAACAAUAUUCCUUAGCGGAGUUCUUGAGAAAAUCUGAACUCUGAGGCUCGACUGCCUCAUACCACGGGAGACAAUUUGAUUGAUUGACCCGUGAUAUAUUCGUUUAGGCUAUGAAUUAUGUGAUUAUACGAAACAUAUUUGGCAUGAAUCGCAAAUCGUUUUCAUAUCAUCGCAAUAUCGCAUUAGUUAUGCGGGUUUAUCAAGUUGUCUAAAAUACAUGAGUGUCAGACUAAUAACUGUUUAAAAAAUUUUCCUUAAACUCUUGUCCAUAUUAUACGGGGUGAUCAAUCUAUUUUAAGACACUCGUUAUCUCGGAAAUUAUUAUUUUUUUCCGGAAUUUGUUUUCUAGAAUAUUUAAGAAGCAGUCUGCUCUACAAUUUUAUAUUCAUGUUAUUUUUUGUCACUUUUAUUUUUAGGAGUAAAACAACUAUCUACUUUUGCUUUUCAAAUGGAAACCUAUAUUAAUUAAUAAAUAGAUGAAGUAUAGAAAUAUUAGUUAAAAUAAAUUUUGGUGUUGAAAUUUUUGAUUUCCGUCAAUCCUUUAACGAGAUAUUCCACUUUUAAGUUUGAAUUGUGGGAGAGUGGUGGUGCAUUAUUAACAUGCCACGCGCCGUACGGUCACACAAAUGAUACUCCACUACUCUCCCCCAACCCAGACUUGAAUUUCUCCGAUUGAUAACAUCAAGCGUUACCCUUUUAUUUGCCUUUAUAUUACUAUACAUAAGGACACUUAACCAUGGCUGGUUGAUAAAUAUCCAAACAUGUAUUUACCAUUACAACUUAAUACCAAUGCAUUGACCCCCAUGAAUCAUAUUAAACAAAACUAUCGACUCUUCUAAGUCACAAUGUUACUUAUAGGUACCCGACGAGAUUUAUUUUUUGCCUCUACCUUUAUUUAUAUCCAAAAUGAUUUUAUAUUGUGGUUUACAUUUGGGGAAUUAACGUUUUUGGAGCAGUAUCCGAUUUGAAGUUUGGAUGAGAUUUAUAUGUUUAGAAGUUUGUGUAUCUGAAUCUAGAUUUUCCGACCGGUUUUUUUUUUCUUAACACCCGGAAACAAGUGUAGAAAAAUAUAUGUGUUACGGUAUUUUUACUUUUCUCGUGACAUAUGAAUAUUCAUUGUAUAUUACAUUCGUUACUCUAUGGUUUUAACAGACGAACGCUGUGUUUUUUUUUUUUUAUUGAAAUUCUAUAUUAAAAUUACUCAUCUCUCUAAUCCUUAUUUAAUCUAAACUCGGAUUUAAUUGUAAUAAAUUAUUAACCGUCGUCGUCGGUCCAAUAUUAAACUUAUUAUGUACCCACACGAUGUUCUACAGGAAAACGAUCUCUCAGAGAAUAUUUUAUAAUUACAAAAACCGUAUAUGUUGCCUGCAGUUUCCAUCAUAUAGCUUAAACCUAGUGUUCUGCUGCUAAAACGAGGUGAAAUUAUUUUGAAAAUUUUGUUUAAACAAACCUAAAAAAGGAUUUUACCGUUUUCAAAAUAUUAUAUAGCUAAAAUCUACAAACGACAAAACAUAAACUCGUUUUAAAUCCUUCACAUAAAACGUAUACAGGGUGUUUCACGAAAAGAUACAAAUUGCAAUAUCUCCUGAGAUAUUGAAGAUAAUCAAAUUCCAUUUUGUGUAAUAACAAUCUUUAUUAUUUAUAAAAAAAAAAAUAAGUUAGAACUUGAUUGUCUUCAUUAUCUCAGAAGGAACAACAAUGUUUUUUUCUCGGUGGGACCAAUGGUCAAAAUGGAAUGAAAUGGAGGCGAUGGAAUACCCCUUGUAAUAUAAAGUAAAAUUAUAAAUUCCCUUUAGUUUAAGCAUUUGAAGUCCGAGAGGACGCAUUCAUUAUUGUCACUGCAAUGUUUUUUAAUGAAAUUUUAAAAACUCGAAUUAGUUUUGUUUAAAAUAAAUUCUUUAAUACCUAUUUGAUUAUCGGACGCUGUGUUUUACUUUAUUUUUACUGAAUAGGCCUAUGUGUAAGAUAAUAAUUUAGGGAAAUGGGGUGCAGUUAAUGUUUGUACCUCUCGUAUAAUGUUCGUGUAAUAUUUGUAUCAACAAAUACGUGUGAGGAAAAUCAUUUUGGUAGUCUUGUCUUGAAAUUUUGGUUAGUUUGGUUAGUUCUCGGGAACGCCCCCGAAUUUUUGAAAAACAUAGCUCCCAUACGAAAUUUUCCCCGCUUUAACCACUUCGCAUGACACCCUGUAUACUAGCUGUUUUAUAAUAAUAAUAAUAAUAAUAAUUGGAGUAUAUUUUAUAUUUGCGUCAAACUGUCAGCUUAAAAUCGAUAUUUUUUAUCACUAAGAUUGUUGACAUCACCUGCCAUGUUUUCCCAUUAAAGAACGUUUUGGUUUUUUUUAUUCCAUUCUAUUCCUUUUGUCUUUUUUCAUUCUAUACAGUUUUAAACUCGCGAAAUCAAUCGACGGCGUUCUGUGCGAAAACUUAUUAUUCCCGAGUUUCUCGAAUUUUUCGGCACAGUAUCCGCUCGUUGUGUUCACUAACAUAUAACAUAUAAAACCCGAAACGAAAAAUCUUAAUUAAUUUUAAUUAAAAUAAUAUUUUAUAUUUCGUCGCGCAUAGUUGGCGUGAAUAAAUUUAUAAUAUAAUAUAAUAUAUAUUUAAAUUCAAAUUGGUUUUCGUCCCGUCAUUGUUUUAAUUAUUAUUAUUAUUAUAUUUUAUUUUUUUUUUUAAUUGAUUCGUGAUUGUACGGCUUAUCGCAAAACGCGUAUAACUACGUUUGUUUUUUUUUCGGAUACCAAGCGUAUUUUAAAUAAAAUUUUCCGUUCACGAUAUUUCUUUAGUUGACGUUUGCACUCGACACAGUAUUAUUUCAAUAAUCUCGAUAUUAACGUGAUGUUUCUUCAUACAUCUUUGAAAUAUCCCAGACGUGUGUAUAUUAUCCGCAGUAUAAACCAGUAUACACGAGUCUGUAUUAUCUUUGACUUAUAUUUAUUAUUGGUAAUUUAGAGUGGAAAAAAAAACACCCAGGAAUAUAUUCCGAAUAGUCUUCCAUUUUCGACUAUUUAUUCGCUGCAUCGACCUUUUCGGUUUUCUUUCUCUCUCUCUAGAAUUUUGAAAUCAAUCACACUUAUCGAACUCGUUUUUAUCCAUUUAUCCUCCUCGGCAAGAGCAUUCGCUUUAUGUGCAUAUACAUGUCCCGAUAUGCAGCUCAUACGAAUAAUAUCAUUAUACUAUAGCCUAUAAAAUAUAGUUUUUACUACUUUGUUGAAAUACUUCGAACGUUCCUAUACAUGUAAAAAAAAAAAAAUAAUAAUAAUAAUAAUAGUAGUGAGGAGGCUAAAUAAUAACGUGGAUAUUCAUUUUUCGCUCUCAAAAGGUCAAUUACUGCGUAUUAUUAUACUGCACACUUCAGCAACCGCUAACGCUGUUGCUCUGUUAAUUAUUAUCGUGUCCACUCGUUGAGUCUUCGUAUUAAUAGUAAUCAUUGACUUUACUUAGCCGAUCGUGUAUGUCGUGUUACCGCAUUUAUUCUGUUUGAUGGAGUCUUGAGAAAAUGACGUGGUGUACUGGUACUUCCAGAAUCGACGACGAUGGAAACCCCGUUGUAUAUAGGUUAGGUAGAUUAUUUUGACCAACCACUUUUUCUAACCCUGUACCCAAAAAAACUAUAUUUACAAAAAAUUGCGUAAAUGAAAUAAAUUUAAAGAGAAAAUUGAAAUUUGUGGCGAAGAAGCUAUUAGUUCUACUAAAAUAUGUGUUUUUUUUUUUUAUCGAAAAACAUUUUUUCGAUUAGUAAAAUAUUCUAAAUUAUUAGCAUUGUCAUUUGAAAGAUGUCGAUUUUUUCACUUGGUGGUGGUACAUGUAGCUGUCGAUAUAUAUGUUUUUUAUUUUUGUUGAUUUUUAAUGGGUUACAAGGCGAAAAUCACGACAAAUAUUUACUAUAACACUGUUCUGCUUAGAUUUGUUAAUUUCCUAUCGCAUAAUGCGGUGGCUCACCCUCAGUGCGAAAUACAUUCCUGGAUUUUCCGACAUAUUAUGCUUUUUCCGUAUGGGUUUUUAAUGUUCGCAAUGCUCUAAUUGUCGUUGUAACAUUAAAAAGUAAAAAAAUAAAAACCAAAAAUGUAUAAACACAAUAACAACAUUAUAUUAUACUAUAAAGUUUCGAUUUAACAACACAAUUAAUAAUAACCUAUCAACGUUGUGGCAUAGACAAAUAUAACGUUACUCGUAAAAGUUUCGAGGGUAAUAAUAAAUGUUACGUUUCGAGUGUAUUAUUUAGUACGUACUUGCGUACGGUUUUGGCGGUCAUUCAAUUCGUUCCAUAUCGAGAUUAUUAUAUGUCCUAUAUUUUAUUUUUAACGUAAUACACGCGUAUAAUAAAUGUAAGUUCGUUAAUUUCGGAUAUACAACGUCUAGAGAAAGACACGUUUAUAACACUCGAAUGUGUCUCUCGUCGACAAAUAAUUUUUAUUUAUUAUUGGAACGAAAGAAACCCACCCACCUACCAAUACACGAAAGACCGUACGUUUAUAUUGGAGGAAAACCCAAUUUUUUUAAAUUUUUGUAAACACCCCAGAUAGCAAAAUCUCAUUACAAUUAUAUUUCAAUACAAAUACAUAACAAAAAUAUUUUUAAAAUAUUAAAAAAAAAAAAUUACAACAAAACAGAGUCUUGGCGUUUUUUCUACAGUCGGGUAUCGAACGCGAGACCCUGUCUAAUUGCGUGCCGUGUUUAAUUAAUAAUAAUAAAAAAAUUAAGUGGCAUUUUCCUCCCCACUUUUGCAGACUUAAGACUGAUAGUAGACACUUAAUUGGUUAAAAAAAAUUUUUAUUUUUUAUUUUCAUGCUGUUAAUUAUUUUAAUAUUAUUUUACUAUUUUUAUCGGAUUUAUACAUAUAAUUUCGUAAAUGUAUUAUGAUCUAACGUCUUAUGUACAUAUUUAUUAUGUGUCAUGUGUUAUAUUUAUUUUGUUUUCGGCAACGCCAUAUAUGAUAACUUUUCUAUCUAUAUUUGUCUAUUAAUUUCAUUAUUUUGAAAUUGCGUUGUCACUGAAUUUAUAAAUUUUUCUUUUUCUCAUAUUCUUGACGUCUUUUAUUUAAAUUGGAAGAACUUAUUUUUACACAUACAUCACAUUGUUCUCAUAGACUAGUUGAAAUAUAUUAGGACUUGGAGAGUAAAACAUGCUAUUCAGUUUAGAAUGUAACGAUUCACAAACAUUGGUUUUACGCAUUGUAGAAUUAGAAAAUUCAGCCCAAGUAUAUUAUUUUCGUCGUUGUUAUGAAAAUUAUAUGUGACACGCAAUUCGAACAGACCUCGAUAAGAAAUGGCUUGCAAUUCAGACAAACUCCUUUAUAAGAUUGUCCGACUAACUCCUUGCUAACUCCUUUAUAAGAUAGCAUGCAAUUCGGAUGCACCGAACAAAAUAUAGUAACUUAUUUAAAAAUGAUAUAGUAAGAUUUCUAUUACACCGUUUUAAUAUUAUUAUCAUUACUAAUUUUCUAUCUGGGACGCGUAAAUUAAUCCAUCAAGUUUUCGGACGUGAGAAUGUUAAUUUCGAACAUUUAUCCGCAACACUAUAUUAUAACAGCCGCUGCAGACGCCGAGAAAUAUAUUGGUUAGCGUAUUGACACAUAGCCUGCAGUGUCGGGGAGUAACUUAACUCAAGUUACAAAUUAUGGUGACAAAAUUACUUUUUAAGUAAUUUGAUGUCAAUUUAAUUAAAUUUUGUGUAGUAAAAUUUCAAAAUUACUCGUUACUGUUAUCGUUGUUGAUUCUCAUUAUUUAUUAACGUUUUGUACCAUUUUCAUAUAUUCAUAUUAACAACAUCAUUAUUAAAAUUCAGUAAUAAUUUUGAGAAAAAAAAUUAACUUUUAUGAAGUUCCUUAAAAUUUAGAAUGGUCAUAUUUUAGAGUACGUAAUUUAAUGACCAACUUUUCUAUCAGCAAUUUUGCUCCAACUUUUAAUAAUAGCGAUGUUUCUAAAAGAAAAUUUCACUAGGAAAGUACUUUGGAGAGGUCUUUUUUUUUUUUUGAUUUUUCAAAGAGUUUUCCUAGCAAAUGUGAAAAACCGGUAUAAAACAUAGGGAAACCGGGAAAAUCGUAGGGAAACUGGAAAAAUCGAUACAAUAUUAAACAAAUUGUAUUAAAGAAAAUAUAUAAAUCAUAUUUAAUUAUUUUACUAUAAAAUUACAUAUAUAUUGUUGACAAAGCAUCACUAUCAACUGAACUCCUCCGCUAUAUUAUUGUCUAGCUGCAGAAAGAUAUAAUCCAAAUGUAUUUUAUUGUAGCCGCGUUGAAAGUGUGUUCAAAUUAAAGAAGAGUUAUACGGUUGACAGUGGCCCAACCCAGCGGUUUGAAGGUUUAUUCGACAUUUUAAAAUAAUUAGAUUUUUUUCAAUGAAUUCUACGUAAUAUUAUGUAGUUGCAUAAAGUUUGUAUUUCGAUUUCAGGCAUUUUCUUGUAGGUUCGAAUACAUGUACUCGUACAUCGUGUAAUAUUUAUAGAAAUAGUGCAAGAAAUACGCGCGCCAUUAUUAUGAUCAAAUUAUUCCCGUAUACUUUUACGGCUUUAGUUUUUUGUUUAUUUAUCGUGAUUGUUUUUUUACAGGUUGGCGAAGCUCGAAGAAACUCUGAAAGAUGAAAGUCUUUCGGAACAACAGAAACAGGAAAAACGCCAACAACACGCGCAAAAAGAAUCCGAAUUUCUCAGGCUCAAAAGAUCCAGGCUCGGCGUCGAAGAUUUCGAACCUCUAAAGGUCAUCGGCCGCGGUGCUUUCGGAGAGGUACCAUUAUUAUUUAUUGAUGCAUAUUUUGAACCUUACCAGUAUAAAAAAAAAAAAGUUUUUCUUUUCGGAAAUUACUCGGUAUGCGGUUAAUAUAAAUUAAAUUCAGUAUGCGUACAAUAUCAGCAGUAUCACGCGGCUUAUAGUGGCCGAUCGUAAAGUAUACGUAUAUCAUUAUUGGCUACUAUAUUUCAUUUAAAUAGGUUUUUCUUUGGGUUUUAAUCCGAUACAAUAUAUUAUUAUAUUGUACUAUUGCUUAUAAUUUAUAUAGUUGGACGUUGAAAAAAUCGGAGGUAAACCGUACAAUGUAAUUGGUUGGGAAAAGUUUGUAAUAUGUGUGUAUUCGAAUUAAUUAUAAAAAAACAAACGAAAUUGAGUUUUGUCAAAUAAAAUAUAAAAUAUUGUUUUUCUGCAAGCGCACAGUGGUUAAAAUAAACGAUAGCAAAUUUGAUAACUGUAUACUUACGUAUUUCGUGGCACCUCAAAAAGAAAACAAGCAUAUGACCCGGUUUUUGAUGUCCGAAACAUUGUAUGCAGACCAAGAUUAAGAUGGAAAGAAAUUGUAGAAAUAUUAAGACAGAAACUCGACGGAGAGGAGACAACAAUGGGUAGCGGGUGUGCGUAUUUAGUCUGGUAAAAAAAAAAAAAACGAUAAUAUACUCAAUAUCUAAAUUAUACUUUUCGGAUAAAUAACGUUAUAGUCUGUAAUAUCGGUAUAAUAUAUUGGCAUAUAGUGUUAUAAAUUACCUAAACGUUUCACGAUUUUCUUUCGGAAUUAUUAAAUUUAUUUUCAAUCGACGUAUAUUUAUUUUUAUCGAAUGUAUAAUAUUUUAUAUUUUUAUAACCGUUUUUUUAUGCGCUCACCGUACAGAUUGUACGAUUUAAAUACGAUUUACCGUCGCGUUCGAUAAUUUAAUAUUUUAUUGCAAAAUAAAUAUAAUAUUCAAUUUAGGACGUACCUAUACACACGUUUUUCUUGCGCGCGUUAUUAUUACGGUUGCCCGUUUUUAAGUUGGUACACAGCUCUCGAAAACGCAACGCAUAUUCAUAUUCACUACAGCUCUGUUAAACGUUUUAAAGUAUAAUUGAUAUAAUUACUUAUAUAAGUAUUGCACAUCAUGCACUGUAUAAAACUAUCUAUAAUAAUCAUCGUUAGAAAAUAACGUUUAUUUUAUACCUCAUGGCGGGUGGUAAAUACAUCGUUAAAAUCGACGAAAUAAUAUAAUCAAGACUGGGCAAGUUGACGAAUGACAUUAACGGAGUUAAUGAAGUUAAUUGAAGAAAAUUUAAUUGUUUUUAUUUGCUAAGUUAAGUUUUUUUUUUCUGCUUUUAUUGAAAUUGUCAUAGUGAAAACUGUCAAACCUAGAGUUUGCUGUCCUGUACUCGCGUAAAGAAUUGGUUACUCCCACUAUUCAUCCUAAAAUCAGAAAAAAUCAUCGGUAUUAUUUAUAAUGACGAAAAUAGAUAAAUCGUAAAUUUAAUAUCGUGUUAAAAUUAAAAAGAUAUACUGAAAUCAACCUCACUAUGUACUAUUGUUCGGAAUUAACUCGUUAUUUAUUAAGUUAAAUGCAAAACAAGUAAGUCGAGUUCACAAAAAAAAAAAUCAAUGGUUGUUGAAAUUGUCAUAAGUUAAAAGCUAAAACUAACUGAACUUUUGACUUUUCAACCCGUUAAGUCGUUAACGCCCACCCUUGAUUAUAUAAUACGUGUUUGCUAUAUAUUUAUGGUCUGAAACUCGUUUGGAUAUUCAUUUUUUUUUUAUCCGCUAUUUAGUUUUAAUAAAAUUUAUUAUAUCAGCGCGGGUUCUUGAUUUUUAAUAAAGUUUUAAAACGUUUCGUGAAAUAGUGUUAGCCAAAUGGCGUAAAAAAAAAAAAAAAAAUGAUUAUGCUAUCGUGCGUAUAAUACGUUCGUAUACGUUUGCGUCAAUAUUGUAAAUAAUAAAUAUUUUGUUUCGCGCAGUUAUUUAAAAAUAAAUGUUUAAGUUGCAGCAUUAACUAUUUUUCUUAAAAUUUUAUCCGUUUUAGAUCGCGGAGAAAAACUUUAUGCGUUUAAGUCUCAUUGUCUAAUUUGUCGUUUGUCAAACUCCGAGUUACGUCGUUAUAUACGCACACAAUUUUAUAUAGGUUACGUACAAUAAGAACAUGAAAAUUGUUGUUCAUACUUAGACUAUUACGCGGCAUACUGACUGUGCGUGUAUAUUAUGUAUACUAAGGUCAAGCGCUGUAUACAAAAAAUUUGGCAAUUGCCAGCAGCAUACGAUUUUCCAAAACGUACUGUAAUACAGUACCUACGUAAAUAGUGCUCCUGUAUGCGGUAUAAUAUGUUAUUUAUUUAAUUUUUUUUUUUUUUUUAGCUCGUACGAAAAACACUGCGUGACCGCGUUUGUAGGUACUAUUUGCCGUGCGGCCGUUUCGCCCGUUAUCAUGAUUCGACGCUUAUCGAAAACGAUAAGAUCGGGGGUUAAAGUGGGGAACGCUAGAAAGCCUCAGUCUCCCUGCCUCUGAUUGCGAUUUAAUAACAUGGUCCUCGUUUCUCUUUACCACACAUUCUUCAAAUGUACGGCGAGUAGGUAACGCUGUCGAAUCCCUUAAGUCGAAUCUAUUAUAUUAAAUACUAUGACUUAAAUUUUUUCUUAAACCAAAUCGUCGGCAACGGAGUUUUUCUAUGUCGUGAUAAUGAAAAAGCAUAUUCGCGAGUGGCAACAAUUUUAGAGUUUGAUAACAAAGCACUAUAAUAUUAAAAGUGUGAUUUCUGCUAGUAACCAAAAAAAUUCACUUUGACAAUUAUUUACCAGCUUAAAUAAUAAUAUACAAGAAAGAAUGAUGACUAUUCAGCCAUGCAUCGUUAAAUUAAGUUUAUAAUGAAUUUCAAAUAUUUAAUUAAAAAUCCAUUAGUCUUUAGAAAAUUAGUCUAAUAAUAUGAACAUUUAAUGUGGCGACGAAUGUAUUCACUGUUUAACUAACAUUUUGAUCAAUUUUCAAUAGUUUCAUCUGUCAGAGGUUUUUUUGACGUACGACAUGAUUUUUUUCUAUUUUUAAAAGAUACAGGUUCGAAAAGAGAAGAUUUUUGUCUAAAACAAAAUAAUAAACGAUUGAUAUUUUGAGAUCAGCGCGUCUAUUCAGACUGUAAAAAACCAAAAAAGCCCGUAAUAUAAAAAAUAUUACGUACGGUAUUACUACGUAUAAAAAAUACGGAUAAAAAAUCCGAAUCGUGAAAACCUUUAUACUUAUAAUACCUAUAUGUACAAUAAAAUAUCCAUCACGCGCGUCACAUCUUGCAGACACUAAUUCUUCUUAAAUGUAAUAUAUAUUAUAUAGUAAUAAACUGCAAGUAUGGUAUCAGAGUUUAUAUAUAUAUACACACAGGUGUCCCACGAAGAUAUAACCAUUUUAAUAUCUCCGGAGAUAAUACAGACAAUCAAAUUCUGUUUUUUUUUAUACAUAUAUAAAUAUAUAUAUUUUACUCACUGGGAGUAGGACUACAAAUGGUAUACUACAAAUUUAUAUUACAUUUAAUUGCUUAUAUGUUGAUAAAAAAAAAAAAAAAAUGUAAAAAAUAACUUUAUUUUAUUAUUUUUGAAAAAUUUGAGCAUAAUCAUUUUAUUUAGUUUAUUAUUCUGAACAUUUUGACGUAUCAGCUAUUUUCAUUAAAUUCGUGAUUUUUAAUCAUUUUUUUUAAGUUCAGAAAAAAGAAGUAUGCAGUCAAUCAAUCAAUGUGUCAAUCAAUCGAAAUGAUAAUAAUCAAUUAGAGAAUUCGAUUACAGCCUGUUGCAUAAAAUUAUAACUACUUUUCUCUGAACAUUAAACAAUUACUAAAAAUCACGAAUUUAAUGAAAUCAAAGUUAUUUGUUUUUUUUUUUUUCAGUUUUUUUUUGUCCAAGCAAAAUAAAAUUAACUGCAAUAUAUAAAAUAUAUUGCAGGGAUAACAUUUGUAGACCUUAUCCCUGUGAGUAAUAUAUUUAAAAAAAAAAAAAAACAGAAUUUGAUUAUCUUUAUUAUCUCCGAAUAUAUUACAAUGAGUAUAUCUUCGUAGGACACCCUGUAUUAUAUAUAUGUAUAUAUUUUCCCUCGACUUUUGAUUCGUCGCGGAAAGUAAAAACCGCUACCGCGGAAAAAAUAAAUAAUUCAAAUCUCUGUGUAGUAUAUUUUCGAAUUCGACCUAGCGGAAAAACUCGUUUAGAAAAUAUUAUAUAUUACGUUUUUUUCCUCAAACAUUUGAGAAUAUCUUCUAUAUGCUCGUAUUACGUGCAUUCGACUGUCUACUUUUUUUUUUUUUUAAGCUCCGAUGAAAAGUUUUUUUUUUUCAUUAGUAGGUAAGAAAACGUUAUUGCGUAUAUAAUAUGUGUAACAGCUGGUACAUUUUGGUUUACCGUUUCCGUUAAAAUAUUCUCCAUUCGCUUCGAAAUUUUUGUACGAAUUUUGAUCUGAUUUAACUUAACCUUUCGCUAUAGCGUAAACCGGUGUAAAAAUUGGAAUGUCCAAAUUGAUUCCCGAAUUUUUACGAAAUGUGUAUCCGAAUGAUUCCCUACAAAUUAUUAUAAAAGCAAUGUGAGUUUCGCUCAACGUUUCGGGCAACGUUGGUAAUGUACUAUACCGACUAACACGAAUACUUUUUCUAAUUCUACAUAAAUCUUGAGCAUCUAUGGUUUCAAUAUCUAAAUGAGUCAACUCGUAGAAAAUAAAUUUGCUGGACGCUCGUGUAAUAAUACUUCUUGAACUUUUUUGAACCGUUGCAGCUCGAUUUCUCUCUGUUAAAUUUUUUGCUAUCGUCUUUUUCAUGUUUAUGUAUUAUACUUUGAUCAACAAUUGAACUCAAAUUAUUUAUUUUCAAAUAAGACUUACAUUUUCUUUGUACACAUGUUCAACGUUCAAUGUUGCUUUCCGACUUUUUUUUUUUUGAAAACCAAAUUUAAAAUCCUCUAAUCCUCUAUACAUCAAAAUUAAAAUAAUUGUAUGUUUAUACAGGUGAGACUGGUUCAAAAGAAAGAUACCGGCCAUAUAUACGCUAUGAAGAUCCUACGCAAAGCCGACAUGCUCGAAAAGGAACAAGUAGCGCAUGUCCGGGCCGAAAGGGACGUCCUCGUAGAAGCCGAUCACCAGUGGGUCGUCAAAAUGUACUACAGUUUUCAGGUAUUUAUCCCUCGCCUUCUUGUUUGCGGAUGAAUAAUUAACAAUUUUAUAUACAAUAAAGCGCGCAAAAGACGAGACUUUGAUGUGAACAAAUAUUAUAGCGUGUACGAGACUCGCCGAACAAUCGUUUUAUUUAUUUAAAAAAAUGUGUUUUUUCUUCUUCUUUAUAUAACUUGACCACUUGACUUUUUUCGACUAGGAUCCAAUAAACCUUUACCUUAUAAUGGAAUUUUUGCCCGGCGGCGACAUGAUGACGUUGCUCAUGAAAAAGGACACUCUGAGCGAAGAGUGCACGCAGUUUUACAUCGCCGAAACCGCAUUGGCCAUAGAUUCCAUACACAAACUCGGAUUUAUACACAGGUUGAAAUUACGACUAAAUUACUACAGGGCUUGAAAGUUAUAGAACAUUAAAGAAAAAUAUUUAAUUUUUAGCGCUUCAAUAGGCACUGUAAAACAUAAAAAUAAUGCUAUGAAUAAUUCUUGAAACUGGAAAAUAUGCAAAAAAAAAAGAGAAAUUCAAUUUUGUUCAAAUGCUAUAAUAUAACUUCCGAGUUCUGUUAAUAACCAGACCUAACCGUCGAAUUUUCUUGUUGUACUUAUAUUGUUGUUCCUGCGUAUGUAUACUUACAGGGACAUAAAACCGGACAAUCUACUGUUGGACGCCAGAGGACACAUAAAACUUUCCGAUUUCGGACUGUGCACCGGUCUCAAAAAGUCGCAUCGAACCGAUUUCUACAGAGACCUGAGCCAGGCGAAACCGUCGGACUUCAGUGAGUGUAUACAAAUUGUAGUAACAUUAAAAUACAUAUCGUCAACCGCUAGUGCUGAGAGUCGCGUGUCACACUUACGUUUAGGUUUUUUCUGUUCGCCAGCGUCGAGUCCAAUGGACAGCAAAAGGCGUGCUGAGAGCUGGAAGAGGAAUCGUCGGGCGCUGGCCUACAGUACCGUCGGCACUCCGGAUUAUAUCGCCCCCGAAGUAUUCCUCCAGACCGGUUACGGGCCGGCUUGCGAUUGGUGGAGCGUCGGCGUCAUCAUGUACGAAAUGCUAAUCGGUACGAAAUAUAUUAUAUACUUAUUAAUAUUAUUAUCUCAUACUUGAUAAAAUACGUUCAAUUAUUCUCUCUAUACGACGGGUCUCUCGUUUUUCGUCCUUAUUUAUCAAUAAGUUAUUGACACAAAAUAUAUAUUGCUAACUAUUAUAAUAGGAUAUUUCCGUUUUUCGCUGUGUUUAUGGAAAUAUAGAUUUUAUGAUCUAAUUAUUAUAAUUAUAUCAGAUAUUUAUAAAAAAAAAAAAAAUAGUAUAAUAAGGUAUUAAGAUGAACGAUGAAAAUAAAAAGAGAGAGAAGGACUUACCACCAUAAUUUCCACAAAAAUGACUUCCAUCUAGUAAUCUAGUAUAUAAUAUAAUUUAUUAUACCUGCGGUUAUUAACGAAGAAAAUUAAGAUAAAAUUAAAACACGUAUAUCUUGAUAACAAAAAAACUAAAUAUUAACAAAAACUGUUGGUAUCCAUAGUCUUUUUUAUGAGAUAUGUAUUAUAAGUCUCUUUGUUCUCAGAGAAUCGCAAACGUGGAAAUGCGGAAUCCUUUAUUGUUGCAACACGAGUGAGACAGACCGAAAAAAAAUGUCUGCAACACCAAAUUAUUAUUUAUUAUUUAUUCGGACCAGCUAUCCACCGUCACUUCCGGUUUGGUUCACUUCCUAAAGCUUUCACGUGUUUUUUUUUUCUUUUUCCUGUGUAGUUACGUCUUGUCGACAAUUCUGUCCGUAGUGGCAGACGGGUUGGGUUUUGGUCUUGCCGAGAAAUCCUUCCCAAAAGUCUUUUGCCUAUCAAGUUCUGUUCCAAAGCUGCCCAUAAUAGCGGACGGUUUUGGUUUCGGUAUGAUAUGAUUAUUGUUACAGUCGAUUCUCGAUAGUUUAAACCCAGGUAAUAAUUCAAAACUCAGGAUAACACGAAUUUUCUGUGAUUUUUUUUCAACCUGCAGAUAUUGCGUGAACGUUUACAUGGGUAUAGUAAUAAUAAUUCGACCACCCGAUAUUAUAAUUCAUCGUUUUUCGUAUUGGUUUUUAAAAUAUUUCUAAGAAUAAUUGCGCUACACGUACACGAAUUUAUCUGCAACGUACCCCGGGGAACGACGAGUGCCGCAGUUUUCGGUUUCGUCGUCGAACUGUUUAUUUUUACCAGUAUUUUAAAAUUUCACGAAAUAUUUCAUUUAUACGAGAAAAAAAAAUAUAGUUUUUAUAUCCUUUCAUAAAUACUUUUUCGCUUUGAACAAGAGAACAUAUAUUUUAUAAUAAGUACCUACCUAUGUUUAUUCUUGUGUGAAACAAAGAGAAACUAUACAGGAUGUCACCGUGUUCGACAGAUUUUUGUAGAGCCUGUUAAUGUUCAAUUUUUUUAAAUAUUUACUUUAUUCCCCUAAUCAUUAAAAACAUAAUUAUAGCUUUAUAUUAUGUAUUCACUUUACUAAAUUUUGUGCCAUUUUGUGAAAGAUAUUAAUCUAAAAAUAUUAUUAUAUCGUACAUUCAUAUCCGAUCAAUAAUGUUUUAGUAAAAUCCCUUUUAAUUUCUAACGUUUUCUAACACAAUAAAGUUAUUCCCUAUUGUAUUACGUGCUAUAGUAUCGUUUUUCACACCCUUCCUCUAGAAAUAAAACUGGCCAAAAAACUAUUGAUCAGAUAUGAAUGUAUAAUACAUUACAAUUUUUAGAAAAUAUUUCACAGAAUAGCUAUUUUGAAAAUUGUGUAAAGUGAGUAAAUAAAGUUAUUUAUUUAUAUUUUUUUUCUUUAUUCAAAAAUUAAGGGGUGAAAAUAAAAAUUAAAUAUGAAGAGCUCAAGAAAAAUCUGUCAAACACCGUGGAACACUCUGUAUAUAAAAACAAUAAUUAUAUUAACGUAACUGUACAUAACCACAUACAGUCAUUAGCAUAACACCGCAACGCAUUUGAAAACUUAAACAAAAAAUGUUUGUUAUCAUUUACAAUAUUUCAAGUACCUAUUUGUUAUAUUAUUUAUUUACUUAAUAUUAUUUGAUAAGGUACAUACCUAUUCCAAAUUUGAAUAUAUAUUUUUAUAUAUAUAUAUAUACCUAUAUUGAAAUAGAGCAUUCUUUAGUUAUUAUAUUUUAUUGGUUUAUUUGUACUCAUCUAAGACUGUAUAGUUGUUCGUCCUAUGAACUAUACCUACUGGGUACACAAUACGCAAUAAAUUUAUACACAAAUUAUAACGCAUUAUACAGAGCUAAAGUACCCAAUUACAGAAAUGCGUGAUAAACUUACUAUAACCAAUAAAGGCGUAACAAUACUAAACAAGGUAUAGUAAUAAUUCCCGAACGCACAAAAGAAACGAAAAUGUUUUUCAUAAUUCCGUUGAUAUAUUUCGAGAAACGUACAAUGUUCGAUUUUUGAAAUGGAAUAAUUUCAAAUGAUAUAUCAUUGAAAUAUUCGGAUCCCUGUAACCUCCCUGUAUGACGUUUUAUUAUAAUAUUGUCCGAAAUUGAAUAAUAGCAAUGACGUGUCCGUUUUCGGUCCACAGGAUAUCCGCCGUUCUGCAGCGAAAACCCGCAGGAAACGUACAGGAAGGUGAUGAACUGGCGCGAGACGUUGAGUUUUCCGGCCGAGGUGCCUAUCAGCGAGGAAGCCCGGGACGCCAUCACCAGGUUCUGCUGCGAGUCGGACCGGCGUUUGGGGUCCAGCGGCCGGGGCAUCGACGAGCUCCGUUCGACGAUAGCGUUUUUCCGCGGCGUCGACUGGGAGCACAUCAGGGAGCGGCCGGCCGCCAUACCCGUUCAAGUCAAGUCCAUCGACGACACGUCCAACUUUGACGAUUUCCCGGACGUUAAACUCGAAAUACGUGAGUAUACAAACGUUCUUCUUCUUCUUUUUCUUUUUCUUCUUUCAUUUGAUUACCGAUCGUCGAUUGUAUUUGCAAUCUUAGCCUUCGCAUCUCUCUAUAAAUAUCUAACUGUCUGCAGAAAUAUAAAAAGGAUCAGAAAAAAAAAUUUUAUUGAUCCUUUUCUUGACGAGCAGUUUUUUCUUUUUUUAAAAAAAUACUCGAAAUAAAAUCUAUAUUCUCGAGAAAACAGUUGUUAACCAAGUAUGUAGCUUGCGAAGGAUUAAAGUGGGUUGAAUGUAAAACUCAUCAACAUCCUAUCUAUCUGUCGACAUCACCAUUUCGUCAUAAUCGUUAUACCCCCCUACCCCCCUCAAUAUAAUAUAACCCCUAACUACUUUUUCUUUGACCUAUUCUUCGGAAUCCAAUGGCAUCGCCAAUCUUUUCGAAUCUCGUUCAAUAAACGCAUCGCGUGCCUGUACCAUCCAAAUUUCAUCUUCUUCCACGUACAGAAUGCAAUUAGACGGACAAUCAAUAUUUUUAUAGUUAUACCACCCGUUGUUAAUUUUUUACUUUAAUUAUACUAUAAUCGCCUUCGAAACAGACCGGUUUAAUAAUAAUAAUAAAAAAAAAUCGCCUCUUAGGAUAUUUUAAUUUUACAAACAAAACAUUUUAUUUUUCGAAAGUCUUCCUGUUCCGAAUUAGUGGGGCGCGUUCAACACGUAAAUUGUAUCAUACAAUCCAAAAAUAUACGGGCAUAGUUCGCGCGAUGGGUGGGGGCCACCGUUGUAGGGGUGAAAUUUGGGAGGUAGAGUGGAAAUGUAAUGUAUAUCUGUACGCAAAGAAUAACCAUUGCUGACAAAAAACGAUUUCGGGCGGAGCUCGAUUAAUAGUGUAGCUUUGUCAUAUAUGUCAUACCUAUUAUCGUAAAAUAAUUACCUAUAUAUGCAUUAUAUAUUUUCUUUAAUAAUAUUUGGUUAAUAUUGUACCUAUUUUCUCUUUUUUCUUACUUUAUUUCCCUGAUUUUCCUUUUUUCCUAUUUAUUAUGAACACAACUGGAAAAAUGACCUCCCUAAAGUACUACCCCUGUCAAAUUUUCUUUCAAAAAAAGUGCUAUAUUCGAAAAUCCGAGCAUAAUUUCUGGUAGAAAAGUUGUUCACAGAUAAACAUCGUAGUAAAACCAAUACAUUACUCGCUCCACUCAAAAUCUAAAAUGUGAGAUGCCGAGAUUAAAAUUUCGUUAAAAAAACAAAUGUUUUUCGUAAUCUGGAUCGAUCGGAUAGAGUAGUGCAUUUCCGAAAGUUUUCGUCAGUAUUUCAGGAUUUUUCAUUUUAAUAUAGGUAAAGAUUUUCGCCCCGUUGCACCUUUCCACAUAACUUUUUCUGGGGCUACGGACUUUGAGGCCAACGAUUUAAACGUAUUGGAAUCCAAUUAUUAUGAUUCCACAGCCAGGCAGUGGUAAUUUAUACUUGGCUGUAUUUCCACCAAACCUUUUCCCAUACAUUGCAGUUUGUUUGUUGUUGUUUUUUCAUUUUGAUUUGUUCUUCCGCUCUUCCCGCGUUUGGGAGUCAUGGUAUGGGCAGUCGUAUAUCCUCCUUGAAAAUAACCCCCUGCCCUCUUAGUUUUAAUUCUCGUUUUAUAAAUUAUUAAAAUCGAACCAGCACUUAUCCAUUAAUCUGUUGUUUUGAAUCUUAUUCAAUACUAUCAUAUGCCUGAUACUAUUUACUAUUGUAUUUUGUGUAGUUAUGUGUGUUUUAUAGUUUAGUAUAGUUUAUAAGACUUUUAUUAUUAUUAUUAUUUUUUUUUUUUACAGCGUCUGCUCCGAUAUCGCAAGACGGCGAAGUGAUUUACAAAGACUGGGUGUUCAUCAACUAUACGUUCAAACGAUUCGAGGGACUCACUCAGCGGGGCAUAGCUACCAAAAAGUGAUUUGACACUGUUAACACGAUAUAGUGCAAUGUGAUAUUUUUAUCUAACCUCCUAUAUAUAUAUAUAAUACAUACGCUUUCCUCCUUCCUAUCACCGAUCGACCCCCAACUCGCCCUCCCCACCACAACACCAUCAACACUUCUUCUCCCUCCCACUACAAUACAAACACUCCUCCUCCACUCAAAUCACCACAAGUUGGCAUGUGCAGAUACGAUGAUCUCAAGAGGAAACAUUUAUAAUUAUUAUUAUUACUAUUAUUCUUUCCGCGGUGACGAAAACCAACCGAAGAUUCCAAAGACCAGGUGUUUUGUUUUGUUUUUUUUUUUUCAAAUCGAUUUGACCAUCGACUAAGAGACACAAUUGCUGUAGUUAUCGAUUAUAAUAUUAAUCACCAUCAAAUGUAUACAUCAUAUAAAAAUAAAAACAAGUGUAGCAGCAUCAAAUCUUAAUAUUAUUAUAAUAUUGUAUAUUAUAUAUUUUACCAUAAAUUAUAUUUUAUUUUUGCACACUAAAUUAUUAUAAUAAUAUCUCUUAUAUAAGCUUCGUACUAGUCAUUUCUUUCGAUUUUCGCUCGAACAAACAUAUUUUUUAAAAAAAACCGUGAUUAUUUAUUUAUUUAUAUGUAAUUAACACGUUCAAAAAAAAAAAUAUAUAUAUAUAUAUCAUUAGUUUUUAGUAAUAUUCUAUUAUAUAGUAAGUGUGUACAUAUACCAUAUUAUUUUCUUCUUGAGGAAAAAAAAAUUAAAAACUUAACAUUAAUACACAAAAAAUUAUUUAAAUGAGCAGCGCCUUAGAUUAUUAUAUUGUCUAUUAUUAUAAUAUUGUAGUGUUUUUGUAUAAUAUACGAAUAAGUUUUGUUUUGUGUUUUUUGUCCGAUUCACUGACUGCUGGUGGUGCUAGGGUACGGUAGGGCAGUUCUUGGAUUUGUCAGAAAACAGACAUGAACGUGUUAACAUGUAUAAAUAAUUAAUAAUUCAAAUAAUUAUAUAUAUAUAUAUAUAUAUAAAUACCAUCUUUAUGUGUGUAGGGUAAAACAAAAAUAUGUAUAUUUUAACACACAUAUAGGGAUAUCUUAAAUAUUUUUUUUUUCUUUUAUAUAGUAUAAACUAAAUCACAUUGACCGUGUAAAUUCUUGCCCUUGAUGAGUUCAUAAUAUAUAUUCAUAUAAAAAAGUUGAUUCUUACGCACUUAAGCAUGUUCCUAUAUGUAACUGUAGGUAGUGGUUAAUCCAAUAAAAAUAUUAAUUAUUAUAAUAAUAAUAAUAAUAAUAAUAAUAAUGUGAAUUGCUCGCUGUAUAUGUAUUUAUGUUAUUAGGCUGAAAGCGGUGUGAUUAUUAUUUUUUGAACGGACAGGAUAGGUUAGACAUAAAUAAGAUUAUUUGUUUUUAAUUAUUAUUAUUAUUAUUAUUAUUAUUAUUAUUAUUUUCGCGAUCUGAAUUGUAUUUUGUUCAUUUAUGCAAUUAUAGAAGUGGUUUUUUUUUUUUCUGUAGGUUUAACAGUUGUGAUAUUCGCAAAAUUAAUUAUUAUUAUUGUUUGUUUAUAUUAUUAUAAUUUUUUUUUUUUUUAUUAUUAUUAUUAUUAUUAUUAUUAUUAUUAUUAUUGCUAUUACUAUUAAUUAUUAUUAUUAUUAUUAUUAUUAUUAUAAUUAAUUAUUAUAUGUACAUGACGCUGUCUAUCAUUUGAAUUUUAUUGGUUUGUUUAAACAACUUCAAUAUAAAACUGUUGUCUACUCCACAUUAUAAAGACCGUAAUUAUAAUAUACUCUAAGAGUAUAAUCUAUUGCUGUCUCAUAGAUAAUAAAUAAUAUAUUUUAUAUAUUUUUUUGCGGUCUGUAAAUUAUACAUCAGUUUUUUUUUUUUACUUAUUAUUUUUGUUUUCUGUUCUCGAAGAAAUGUCGUUAAAUGUGUUUUUAAUUUUGUUUUUUUGUUUUUUCGCGUUUCCUGGUGUGUGCCUUUCGAUUUUAGGUAUAAGCACCAAACACAGGCAAAAAUAAUUAUAAUGUUAUGUACGUAAAAUACUAUUAUCAUUAUAACUUUUGCAUUGGACGACCAUAGUGCGGGUGUUAAUUAUUGAUUAUUGUAAUUGAUGUAAUUUAGUUAAAUACAUAUAUAGG